GCCCGCCUGCCCGGCGACGCGAGGGGCGCGGCCGGGGACGCGCGGGGCCCUUCCGCCGCCGGGCCGCGCAGCCGGGCAGGCAGCCGCGCCCCCGCCCCCCGCGCUGGUUCACAACUUCCCGGGGGCGGGGGUGUGCUCGGGAGCGGAGGGAAAGUUCAUCGUUCACGCCUCCCGGCGAGGGCUGGCGCGGACUCGGGCAGGUGGGUGGCACGAGCACCCGUCGCCCGGCCUCGUCCUUGUUAACACUAGAGCUCGGCAGACACGGCGCGCCUCGGAGCGCGUCCCACGGAGCGGGCCCGAGUGGGGUGUAGUUCAGGCGGCCGAGUGGGGGGCUGGGUGCGCCCCCCAGCCGGGGCGGGGGCGCAGCGCCGGUCGGUGACCCUGAAAGUCCUGCCUGUCGCUCGGGGCAGGGCGGGCAUGGAGCCGCAGACCUAGGGUGUCCCGAGUUACUUUUUAGUGGUGGCAAGUGAAUCAAUCUCUGAGAGCAGUGAAUGAAUUUAAGGAGAGCGUUUUGUAGGUGAGCUGUAGUGCGUGUGUGUGUGUGUGUGUGUGUGUGUGUGUGUGUGAGAGAGAGAGAGAGAGAGAGAGAGAGAGAGAGAGAGAGAGAGAGCGCGAGCAGGGUUUGAAAAGCUGUACUCUGGGAUGUUGGGUGUGAGUAUUUAAUUAGAAAUGGUUGUUUCACAAGUUCCAUAAUUUUUAUUCUCUUUUGAAACUCAUAGCAAUUAAGAGGGCUUUUUGUGUUCUCAGGGGAUAGUGAUUACUUUACAAUAGUACAUGAAAAUGGCUGUGAUUGCUUGAAAGACAAUGUAGGUUAGUGGGGAGAGACAAGCAGUGAGAUUAGGUUUUAAAAUGCCAUCUGGCUUGGGAUUCUUCACGUUGCCCGUUAAGAGCCCAGCUCAAGACUCUGUUGCUGUUGGCGUCCAGACGCAGGUGGUUUCUUUCAUAUCUGAGGGUUGAGGGAUGUUUUUCUAUUUUAUCUUUCUUCACUUCACUCUGGAAAUACAAAGAGCUUUUGAUUUAAAUACGCUUUUUCUACACUUUCUUCUACUGGGUUGACGGAACCCUACAAGACCUGAUAAUACACACAUCCAUUUAUCUCUUACAGAGAUAAAUAAGCUUUUUUUCCUAACCUAUUGAGGCAGAAAACCAAAACAAGUAAUUAAUGGAUCUUAAUCUCCUGACCACACCUUUCUACCUUUUCUCUAUAAAAUGCUGUACUAAAUUUUUUUUUUUUUUUUUUGGUAUCUGGAAUUGAACUCAUGACCUAGUCCUUGCCCUGAAGGUGCUAUAUCUGCAGUGCCCCACACUGUUUUCAGCUGAUCAGGAAUGUAACCCCACUUGAAUAUCUCUAAUGGGUUCCAGACCAUAUGGCAGAGCUGUGGUUUGUAUUUCACAGACCAAAACAAGUUUCAAAAAUCCUUUUAAAAUGGUACUCAUUAGAUGAGUGUAGUCCAGUUUGCUCCCGAGAGGCUGGCCCCAUACUUCCUCAUCCAUUUUUUUGUUCACCUAAUAAAACUUUCCAAGUCUUGGACUUAUUGAUACAAAAGCGAGCAAUGAUCUUUCUCCCUUCCUGUGAUUUCAAGGCCCAGAAUUUGACUCCACCCUGUCGAGCCACUGCCAAAGAUCACAUAAUGCACUGGAUAAGAGUAUUUGGCUGAAUCUCAGCCCCAUCACUCAUUCUCUGAUCUUGGGGAUGUGUGUCUUGCCUCAGUUUUCUCCCCUAGAGGGUGGGUAUAGUAAUGGCUACUUCAUAGAGCUGCAAUAAACUUAUUAAUCUUCUUCAAACAGGGCAUUUAAUUAAAGCUGACUGUUGUUCAGUAGACAGUGGCUCAUGGCCUCCAUGAGUUAAUAGCCAGCCACAUACCACGUCACUAACUUGGGUCAGUCAUCUUCAUGCUUCAGGCUUCAUUUUAAUCUAUGACACUGCCUCUCAGCUCCGAUCUGUGUGUGUCUUUGCUGUCAGACGUGAUCUGGGUCACCGGGGCAUGAGGCCUUAGGAAUAUGGGCGGCACUGGAUGGAUGCUCUGAGAGCAGGGCAAUGCAGGGGCAGUGCUCUUUGAAAUCUCUCACAGCAGUAACCUGCUGCCUUGCUUGUUGAAUAAAUGAGUGAACAAAAUGCUAAUUAGCUAAUUUAGACACGCUGAUAGUAACUUGAAGAUCCUUUUCAGAUUUUUAUACAGUAUGUAUUUUUUCACACAACACCUGACUUCAGAACUGAAAAUUCACAGCAGCUAAGGAGUUAUUUUAAGAUGCUCAUCACUGAUCUCUGCCUUCAGUUUCUUCACAUUCCACUGCAUUCUGCACUGUAGCCGGCUGGUAGUUUAGAACUCAGAUCUGAUCUUGUCCCUCCACUGACUAACACUCUUGAGGAGAUCCCGGUUGAGCUGGGCUCUGCCUGCCUUUCCAGCGUUAGUGUCAGCUCUAACCUCACACAAAGCAUCUCCCAGUGCUUGGUCCACGGCAGGUACUUUCAUACAAGUACUUCACGCUGGUUUUUUCCUGGACACACAUUUUCCCUUAUAUGGCACACACUCACUCACACCUUUCUUCCUGUUACCUGGCUGCCCCUUCUCAGCCUUUAGUUCUCACUUACCAUCAUUUUAUUAGCUAACAUUUUUGGGGUGCUUGCUAUUUGCCACAAACUGCCAAACCUCUGAUAAGUAUUUCACAAGUUUUUGAGUUCAAUACUAUCAUUACCCUUAUUUUAAAGUUGAUGAAACUGAGGCUUAAAGACAUGAAAUAAUUUGGCCAGUGUUACAGAACCAGUGAAACCAAGAUUUGAACUCAGGUUUGCUGGAUUUCAAAGUUCUGAUCCCACCUUCUGUGAUAUUAGACAUUAUCUUUCCAGUUCCAGUUGGUUCUUUAUGACCUCCUAAUAACCCUUCAUACUGUGUAUCUGUUUGUAUACCUCACUGUUAUGUCAACUGCUAGGACAUGUUUACAUUGUUCAACAUUUUGUUGGCAUACAGUAAACAUUUUGUUGAACAAAUGUUCCUACGACUUUAGGUCAACUGUGGUUCUCCCGCUGCAUAACAUAAUUUUUUCAUACAGGUAUUUUACAAUGGGUAGUGUUCCAGAAGUUCAAUUAUUAGCAGAGGUGGGUUGUAAUUCUCUUCAUUUUCAUGUCUCUGUCUCUUGUUGUUUUGUUUUUGUAACAAUCUUGAAAUGUUUCUUCUUAAUCAAAAUUCUAUUUAGUAAUUCUUUUCCCUAGAAGAAAGAAUCAAAUUUAAGAAAUUACUCCUGUAAGAGCCCAAUGUUUGCCCCAGUGCAACCUCUAGAGAUUUAUAAAACUCAGGCCCCCUGUGAAAGAGGCAUAAAUGAAGGAAUUUAUGCUCAGAAAAUCAGUAAAUCAGUGAUAAUGUUUGUUGUCUACUAUGAUUCCAGACUCAGGACUAUUAUUAUGUUUGAUGUUCUAAAGACAGAGUAACCUUGAGAAGUCUAUCAUAUUCUAAAUGAACGCAGGUUACUUUUUAGGGUUUAAAAAAACCAAUGUCUAAAUGCCCAGACUCUGUAAACAAGUUAUGUAUGAUAUGCAAUAGGACAAGGAUUAGGGUAUGCGGAUUGAGUUUAAAAAAAGAUUACAAUUUUUGUAUAGCUGACAAACACCUAGAGGACCAAAUCGAAAAGGUAUCGGAGAAUAUCCAGUGGAAGUCAGUUUCCCCCACCUCCGCUCCUACAGCGGCUCCCCUCCUUAAAAGCAGCCACUAAUCCUGUAUUCUUGAGUUCCUUCCAAAAGGAUUUUGGGACCUAGUAAAUGAUUAAGUGGCAAAAUCUGCUGAGACAAAAUUGUGAAAUGUAUUCUAUGUCCUUGUGCCCCUCUUUAAGAGUGCUUUUAUUUUUCCCAGGCACAAGGUAUUACUACGUGGGAUAAUUCUAUUUAGGAAAAAGAUCACACAAACACACUCUCACGAAGUGAUAAGAGCUUUAAUUCUUCCCUUGAUCAUUCUCAUUCUUAAGGAAGAAAACAGUGCUUAACACAUGGUAAUAAAUCCCAAAUGAGAUACAGGCAUCAAGUGGUGGAACAGAGACGUAAGUGAAAAAAAAUGAGCAGUGUAUGGUUAGGCAGAUUGUCCCCUUUUAUUAGAGUAACUGUUAGGACCUACAGAUUUUGUCUGUGAUUAGAAAUAAGCAUAAUGAUGUUGAUCCCAGAGGCAAGGUGAACAUCAAGAUCAUACCUAAUAGCAGUAGCUAACAAAUGCCAAGUUUUAAGAGUGUGUGACCCUAAAAGAUAUCAUUACUGUUGGCACUGUUUAAAAACUAAGGAGAGUGAGCAACUACAGUUAAGUGACUUGACCAAAGUCACACAAAAAUAAUAAGAUACAGAAAUGAGGUAUUCAAGAAAAGAUCAUUUUUUUGCUUGAAGUGUUUACUGUCAGUUGUAGUUAAUCUUAAGCAUUACAUAGAUCUAGAUUAACUACUUGAGUCCCACUUUACAUGUCAAUGAUAAAUAAUCUACAUGGGACAUUAACAAGCAUUUUAAUUCUUUUUUCUCACAAUGAGAAAUCAUUCUUGACAUAAUUUAAAAAUAUUCAGUCAUCACACAAACCUCCUAAAUUGGGCAGAGUUUGUGCAUCACUGUGUCUUAUUUCCUAGUGGAGUGGGUGUUAUCUUUUUAAAUGCACAUUUCGUCAAACUUCUGUUUAACUUCAAGUAAGGAUACUGCCCUAAAACAUAAUUAGAAAUCACACUGGCUGUCAGGGAGAUGGGAAGUGAUGUGCUGGAGGCUCUUUACAUGGCAGCAGAUUAAAGGUUCUGGAUAAAUUGUCACCUCCAACUGGUUGGAACAGCUGCUCCUUUUCAAGAUGUUUCUUUUUCAGCUUUUCUGCGUGGCCUUGACAAUAACAUUUGGAAAUUGAUAUGUCUCAGAAACUGGGAUGCAUCCAAUAAUGUAAUCUAUUGCUACACUUGAUCUUAAAAGCCUUGAAAAUAAAGAAUGAAAUGAUGAGCAGGGAGUGACUUCUAUUAGACACUAUUAACUGAAAAUGAGCUUUCUGUGGAGGUUCUUAGAAUCAUUAGAGAAUCAUUAUAAGACUAAGAAGACAGGUCUGGAUCCCUUAUAAUUGAGGUAUACUGGAAAAUUGCUUUUGCAUGUAUUUGAAUUCUUAUUAAGCUCAAAUUUCUUCAAAAUUACUUUUGUUAUAGGAAUGGUAAGUAUCCCUCCAUUAAUAUAAACCAGACUGCAGAAAAAUCUACUUGAGACUUUGGAAUAAACAGAUUUACCUUCCACUGCCUUUGUGUCAUAGAUAAAUAAUUAUAGUAUAUAUUUAUACCCUCAACAUAAAUUUGGGGAUGCACAUUUUAAAAAUGAGUGCUGGUUAUUGUAUAUUUUGUUAUUAAAAUCUGUAAUCACUUCAGAAAGCCUCAUUUUCUGCAUGGAGAUCUGGAUGCAGGGUAGUAUUCAUUCUCUCUUAUCAAUGACCAUCACAAUUACAGAUACAAUAACUAAAACCUUAACAACAGAGGAAGGUUUUGUUCUUACACAGAACACACAGUAUCAUUCACUCCAGGUCGUCUAUAAAUGUUUAUUUAGCAUAGCAGAAUCCUCUAGUGAUCCGUUAAAAUGCUCAUCUGACCUUUGGAGUUAGCUUUUUAAACUGAUAUUAGAUAUUAAAUCUGUCAGUGUCCUCAAGCUCCUUUUAUAACCAGACACUUUUCAUCCAAAUAGACAUGCAGGAGUAAGCUCAAACAACAAAUCGCAUUAAACUGUGUGCGUGUAAUGCCACCCUUGUUUACUUUGUCAUUGUCAAGUAAUUUAAUAAGGUCCAUUAUCUUCCUGAGCUCAGUGCUGAAGGAUUGGUAGCAUCUUAUAGAAAAAGAAUAAAUUUACGGACUUCAGGUUCCUUUUUUUAACUGUCUAGAACCUUCAAGCAAGUCAGCAUGGCAGACAGAGUACAAAGAUUAAAGCGCAAAUGAUUACAGAGUUGGUUUAAUUUUAACCAACAAAUCCAUGUGGGCUAGAACUUGACUCAAUUUAGGUUAGAAAAUUAAAGGGGAUGCAACAUUUAAGCUGCUUUUACAGCUGGAUGGGCUUGUAGAGAUAAGUUUUCCUCUCAAUAAAUAUACAAUAACAUUUUGAGUUAAAUAUGUCUACCUAAAUAAACCUUUGCUUUCGUUAAAAAUAUUUUUGUCUGGUUUUCUUUGUUCUUGUAUUGAUUAAGAAAUAUUAAAGUUUUCUAAUUUUGUGUGAUAGUAAUUACAAGUGUGAUGACUGCAUUAAAAUGACUUUUUAAAAACAAGGAGAGGGUAAUUGUAUCACUCAUAAAUGUUUGUAUAUUCAGCAAGUGUCUAUUAUGGACCAGACCCAGUGUUUGGUGCCUGGGGGAUCUAGAUGAAUUAUACACAUCUACUGCCCUCAGUGACCUUACAGUACAGCGAGGGAGGCAGACAAGUGUCAGACCCUGGCAGAACAAGGGGAUACGCAUACUGUGACAGGGCUUUGUUGAUACGGAAGCUCACAAAAUGUGUUUGUUUUGUGUCAGAGCUUCUAGAAGGAGUAAUUAUUUUAUGUGAAUUAACAAAAUCAAAGAGGGGCAGCCUUUCUAGAUAUGGAGAAUGCAGUGGAAUCAAAUGGGAGCAACUGUCCAGUGCAAAUGAAUUUUAUUAAUAUUGGGAAAGAUGCAGAAUUUUUAAAAAAAAACCCUGCUCUCUCAGAUCGCUUGAGAUUUUGAUUCUAGCUUCCCUGAGAGAACCACAUCCAUAUGAUAUUUCUGGUUUGGGGCCUAGCAUACUCCAUUUCUACAUGUACUUUCCUGUUUUACCCCCAUGCUCUGUAAGGAUUUGGUCAAGAUUUCUUUCAAGAUUCCUAACUAGCAUAGUUUGGUGGACUAUAUAGCUCCCCAUCCUAGAGUGGACCAAAGUCCAUUUCAAGACUGAGACUUAUUUUCUGAGGUUUCCAUUUAAAUUCUGGAAAGUUAUUUUUUUUAGUUCUGUAAAUUAUUGGUGCAUUCUUUGCUGGGCAAUCAUUUUUUGUUGUUGACCCAGGAUUUCCCACAUUAGAAAGCAUGGCAUGCCAUAGUGUAUACAACAUUUCCCAUGUCAGUGGCAAGUAAGAAGAAACUAAUUCCUGUUUGGUGAUGAAAUUUGUCUUUACUCAUAGACUCUUCAUCUUGACAGUAAAUUGGCAUUGACUCCCACAGUUAUAUAAAUUAAGGGCAGCCUAAGGUGAGUGUGCAUAUUUAAUCAUGGGAUGAACUUUUGCACGGCAUAGGAGGCAGUGUAAUGGCGGGUACAACACUACCUUGGAGGUCAGGAGAUGCUGGUUUUGAUUUUUGAAGUGAUGUUAAGGUAGAUAGUCGUCUCAGCAUGAAUAUAAGAACACUUUCAAAACUUUGGUUGUGCUGAGAUAGAAAAUGCAGGGUGGAAAAGGAUAAAGAGAGGGAAAAAUGUUUGGGGAGGUGAUGAGUGGGGACUGGAGCCUGAUGAAUACAGUACUGAGUUUUCCUCAACUCAAGAUAUUAUUGUUAUUAUACCUAACCAGUCAUAGAAACUCAUGUCUUACUAAUGAUAAUCCAUCAGGAGAGGAAGCUGGAUGUUCUAAAUGUAUUUUGAAAGUUCUGUUUACUCAACCAUUUAUGGCACAUUUGGUAAGUGUUUUCCUAUGGAAGACUUCAAAUAAAAGCCAUUGGAAUGGCAUAAAAUCUCUACAUCACUUGAUUUCUACCAUCACACAUCACUCUUGUCAGUGUCAACCAGUUGGUGUUUCUGUGGUUAAUGAAGUCAUUAGUCUAAAGAAAUGGAGAGCAAAGGGUAAUUAGAUACGUGCUUUAGGUUGAGCUUUCUCUUGUAACUAAAGUCUUUAUUUUCCCAUGCGGUUCUUUAUUCUAAACCUUCUAUAGAUGUCAUCCUGAUUUUAGGCUUUAACUUUUUUCUUCUAAACUUUUCUCUUCUAAAACUUCAUGAAUUUGUUUUUUCUCAGUGAAGACAAAAACGUGAAAGAUAUCCAUUUAAAUGUAGCUUUCUAUAAUUGGGCAUGUACAUAUUAAGAUUGUUAGUCCAGUGGGAUAUGGAUGUGCUUUUUUUAUGUGACGAUUCUCUUGUGGUUAGCCUACUCAUUUUUUGUCUGAAGUGAUUCAAAAACUGAAAUUAGCAAGUUUAUCUUGGUGAAGUUACAAAAUAAUAAACAUAGAAGACAAACACAUACAUUUUAUUCUUUUAAUUAUUACUUUUUGAGUCAUAAGGGAACCAUCACUUCUGGAAGGAAGAAUAACCUAACUGCAGUUUGAUUUUGAAUUGUGUCUUAAACCAUUUUUGAUGGUAAUUAUAUUUUCCAGUUCCAAAGCUUUGUGUGGAGACAUGUAAAGCUAGUGCCUUAUUUUAAAGGACCCAAGCUGUUUUUGGUCUUGCUUUUGGUGUUUUUCUAAUUUGUUGUCUGCUGUCUUAGUCCUGUAUCAAGGGUGCUAAUGGAUCCCAGCACCCCUUUCUCUGAAAAAUAAUAUUGGGAGGUGGAGGGACCCUAGUCAGAAAGGUCCAUGAUUACUUCAUUUUUCCCUAUGUUAUUCUCAAACAAAGUAUCUGUUAAGGCUUUAGGCUGUUCUAGUCUCCAAGUUUUCCCAAGCUACCUCAAAAAACAAAACAAAACAACAAACCAAACAAAAACAAUUUAUGAUGAGAGCACAGCUUCGAGGUAAGGCUUUUAUACCAUUUGUCUGUUUUCCCCCAAUGGUGCUUCUCCACCCACUGAUGGGUCAGUGAAGUCAAGUGAGUGGGUCAUGAGACCAUUUAUUUUUAUUGUAUUAGAAUUAAUAAAAAUACCAGCACGUAUUACAACAUAGCAAAGGUAUCGUUUCAUGAAAUUGGAUUCAUUUGCAUACAUUUUGUAUUUGUGUAUGUGCUGUUUCAGUAAAUGAAAUGUAUUUUUAAAUCUAUGUACUGGUGAGAAAAGAAAUGUGAAAAUCCAUUGCAUUGUCUUUCGGUCAGAUCAUAUGAUCAGCCUCUUCAUAGAAAUCGUGGAGGCUACAUCUGUUGACCUGGUAGGUUGGGGGAGCUCAUGGUCUCAGCACUGUUGCUUGUGCAUAUAAAGUCGUGUUUGAUUUCCACUCACUUGGAUUGGUUCCUUUCAGUGAUGGUUUCCUGGCUGUUUGGGCCCCUGACUGGUUUAGUAUCCCUAAUUCUGUCUGCCCUGUAUGAAUUCUUUCUUUCUUUCUUCCCUUACUUUCCCUUCCCUUUCUCUCUAUAUUUCUCCUUUUUCUUGUUCUUCCUCCCUCACCUCCCCCACUUCUUUCAGCUCCAGCAUGUCCAAACAGAAUGUGCUAAACAUUGUAAUUGUUAGGUGAUUCUCAGAUUAUGGGCCAGAAGCCUAGAAGUGGCCUUGAAAAUCAGUGGGUUUCACUGUUUUUCUUCAUACGCCUUCAACAUUAAAUAGGUGGAAAUCAGCCUUUAAUUAAGAGUGGCCAAAGGAAAAUUCAGUUUCUCCCUUAAGUAACUCAUUUUUACAAAAUUGGUUGGGGAGAAUGCCCUUUAAGUAUGAGACAUUGCACUAAAAUAUAGAUUGGAGUGUGUGUAGGUGAUUGUUUGGUGAUGAAUUAGUCUGUGACGAGAGGAAAUGGAGUAUCUGACUUUUCAGUGGUUACUCCUGUUUUCCAGCUGAGCAGCCUACUACUAGGAGCAGACUGUACUCCCUGGCAUAGCUCAUUAGUCCAUCCAAAAGGAGUGCUCCAAAGAUUUUGGUGAGAGAUACUGGUGAUCAAUGAAACAUGGCUAUGACUAGAGAAAUCGUGUGGCUGUAGAGAAAGCCCUGGAAUUGUUCAACUUGGAGCUGUGAUGACGUGAGAAAAAUGGGCAGUGUGAUUUUCAUGUUCAGGUCUGCAGUUUUCUUUGUGAGCUGGGCUGGAUAACUGAAGGCUGAAUACUUUGCAAGAAAAGUAAAGACUAAUAUUUCUAAACCAAGCCCCAAAGAACAUCCUUACUGAAGAGGUGGGGUAAUAUGAAUUUAGACUGUUUUCUUUUGAGACAAAGGUAGAAAAGCAUACCAGAGCCAGCCUGUUGGCCUCAAUACAGCUGAGGGUCAAUUACGAUUCAAUACGUGCUCCCUGAAGUACUCUCCGGCCUUGAGGUCAGCCUGAUGACUGGAAUUGCUACUGUGCUGUGGCCUGUUUCAACACACGCGCACACACAGCAUUCACACACAUUUUGAAUCAAGUAUAGAUAAAAUCAGUUUUUUAACAAUGCCUUGUUUGUGGGUAGUACUUAGUGGUAAUGUGGGUCAUCCAAACUGCUUAGAGGAAUUAUUGAAGUAUGUUAUUUUGGUGUUGCUCUAGACAGCAGAGAUUUUUUUUAAGACGAAAUAUGCUUUCUCACUGGGCUCUUUUAGCCUGUGAUGCCCUUUAUGCAGGUUCCCUUUCUCUUGGGAUGUGCUUUCUGGAGCUUUUCAUGGAGGAGAAAGAAUGCAUGCAAGUGCUGGAGUGUUUGGACUUUCCUUUGCCCUUCUUUUCUAGGGGAGUUUCCACAACAGUAUAGAUUGGUCCUUACAUUCUGUGUCUGGCUAGUGAUUUUCAGAUGACCAAUUUCAACUCAUAAAUUGAUCACAAAGUCACCCUAGUGGGUCACUCCUCUGCCUUUGUUGUAAAUGAGUCAGACUAAGUAGAAAAUAUCAGUGUCUGCGUACUCACGGUACAGCCAGGUGCUGUUUCCUGUAACCAGUAUUUAUACACAGACACGUAUAUAUUCGCUUGUAUGUUUGCAGAUCAUAAAGCAAAUGAAGUGUGUUUCUUCCUGUGGGUCAUUUUCAAGAGAUUGGACACAGUUACAAAAACAAAACAUAAAGCAAUACCAUCAUUUUAGUUCUCACUGCCAUUCUUUGCUGUUUAUAGAAACUGCAUGUGUCAAAGGCAUUUGAUCUCCAUUGAGUAAAUAGGCGUUUCUUUCUAAGGGCACUGGGAAUUUUAUUACCAAGGAGAAAGGUAAAGCCACUCAUCUAAAUGUAGCAAAAUGUAGAAGGUGGCAAGGAAGAAAAGAAAAACAGUGUAGGUGGAAAGUCGAACUAUUCCAAGUGCGUAGUUAUUUUCAUGUAUCAAGGACGCUGUCAUAUUAACCACAUUGAAUAUUUCCAUGCCUUACAAGUGGUGUCCAUUUGUAAAUUGAAUUAUAACCUUGUAAUAUUGUAGCCCAAUACAGCAAGUGUUCAGAAAACAUGGGAGCCCAGUACGUUUUCAUGUUUUGUUGACGUGAGUCUGAUUCUCACUUCUACUCCUCCUUGCUCCCUACUCUUCUGCCCACCUGCAUCUUCAGUCUGCCUCUUCCUCAGCCUCAUUUUCACUCGAGGAGCCAAAUCAGCACAGGUCCUCCAAUCCUCAUCACUGCCAGUGUCUCACCUCUCACACAACCCAGGUAUGGGGAGAUGCUGCUAAGCUGGCUCAGGUGGUAGGCUGCUUGAGCUGUGGCUUUCUCUGCUUUUUCAUGUACGUGAGUUCUGGAAGAAGACUGCUACAGAUUCAGAUUGUGGCUCCACUGAUGUAGCUAUGUGGCUUUCAGCAAGUCGAGCUUCACUUUCAUCAUCUCUAAGAGUCGGGGUGGUUUUGACUCAUAGCUUUAUACUGUGUAAGAUACCAAGCAGUACCAUUGCAAAGUACGUCUUCCAUCAGUGAUCAGUCCUUCCUCUUUCUGCUUUACCUUAACAGACGGUCAUUGAAGCCCCUCAGGACCGAAGCUCUGCUGUUCUCUUGCUGUUUUUUCUCCCUGCAAUCUAGAGACCUGCAUCCCUUAGGGCGUGUGUGGUCUGUCCAGACUGAGACUGUCCAGUAGUAGGAUUCACAGUGUUACAGGUUGGACCUGUACCAACCCCUCCUGAAUCAUACUAUGAAGCUGAAAAGACUACUGGGCACAUCUGCUAGAGCCUCAGCUGGCAGCGGGCAAAUUACUCAACACCCAAACUCUACCAGCCUCCACACCAGCUCAUAUUCUUAGAAGGAAUUAUCAACUGAAUUAAAAAAUGCUGCCCUCUCUGUAAUUCUUUGUCAUCAUUCUGCUGUUCUGAGUGAGUCAGUACUUAGGGAAUUUCUGCCAAAAACCACACGUACACACAGGCAUGUUAAAAAAAAAAAAAACUAGCAUUUGAUCUUGAACUUAUUGUAUAUGGACAUUUAGAUUUGAAUUCAUCAUUUGAAUUUUACACAUUAAAUUUGUUUUCCAUUUUUUAGUAUUUUUAAAUAUUCUCUUCUUUUACAAGAUAGAAUUCCACCUGGAAUUGAAUCUUGGUUCUACUUCUCAAUUACAUCAUCUCAAGCAAUUCACAAGUUUCAGUUUCCUGUAAAAUAUCUUUCUGUCUUCUUCUCAAGGAUGUUGAAGAUCAAAGUGUCCUGAUUAUUGUGCUGUGCAGAGGUGAUUACAGUGGUAACAUUGUUAUGAGUGUUAUGUUAUACAUAAUGGUAAUAGUAACAUGAUUCAUACCCUGGGGGAAACCAGGGUAUUCUUAACAAUAUUUCUGAGGAACUAGAUUUGACCAAUGACCCUUGCACAGUAUACUAUGAGAGCAAUCUCUGACAGCCAUGGGAGCAGGUUUCUGUUGGAAAGUUUCUAUCGACCAUUUCUGAUAUAGCACUUACUAACAAGGAAACUUGUGUGAAAACAUUUUGGUUCAGUUGUAUUAUUCCUGUAAAUUACUUCUAUUUCUUUCACAGUAAUUGUUGAGUGCCUGCUCAAUGUAAACUGAUAAAAAAAAAUUACGAUCCCUAUUCUGGAGAAACCUAUAGUCUUCGGUGUAGGAGGGGUAAAUGUAAAUAAUCACAAAUUAUGUACAUUUGUGGUAAGCAUUGCAGAGAAAAAGGACAGUUUGUCGCUUAAAGCUGUAAAAAAAUUAAGAGAGAAAAGUAUAUUAAGAGGUUUACCUUCAAAGGGCCUGAGAAUCAGCUUUUAUAUGAGACCUCUUACAAAAAUGUGUAUUGACCAAAUGAUAAAUAACUGAUAUAAUGUGUUACAGAAACUUUCCCCAGGCAAUAAAUAAAUGAGUGGCAUCAACCAACUGCUUCACUGAAAGUCUUGAAAGCUCUUCCUUAAGUGCUGUGCGGCUGAGGGCUAGCCAGUGACCAUUGCGAGCUCAGUAAAUUGGAGGCAAUGCUGCACCCAGUUAGCCUCUAUUGCUGCAGUUUAAAUGAAGAAAUGAGAGUGAAGAUAGUCUUGGUGCAGGGCCUGGUGCAGGUCUUAAGUAGCUGUGCUUCUGAAUGUGCCUGGAUUCCCCCCACCCUGUUCUAAGGAGCUAGUUGGCAAAGGAGACCCAGGAGGAAAGCCUUGUAGCUAGGAGAGACACAGAAGAAUAAACUGUAGCCAGAAUAUCUCCACUACAGGCAGAAUUUGGGAGUUAGUUGGAUUCCAAGCAGAUACAUGACUACCAUUUAUUGUGUUCUCUGUUUUCUGCUUUGUGUACUCUCCUUUAUCUCUGCACUGCAAUAACCCCAGGUUAUGACAGGAAAACAGAGGAGAGGCUACAAUGCCUUACUUAAGGUCAAGUAAUUAGUAAGCAGUUGUAUUAAGCCAUUGUGUGUUGCUAUAACAAAACUCUGGGUAACUUACAAAGUAAGAGAUUUGUGUUCUGGUGGCUGGAGGGUCCAGACAUCACUGGUGCCAGCAUCCUGGUAAGGCACCCUCGCUGUGUCAUACUAUGGAAUGCAAGUGUAACCAACUUGCAGAAAGGGCACAGUGUAAGCAAGGAAUUGAGAACCCAAAGAAGACUCCAGCCUACUCAACAUAAAAGCCCACUGUCUGGGGAGUUAAUUCUAUCAUAUGUGAUUCCCUUGAGACAUCAUUAAUCCAUUCUUGAGGGUAAUUGUGACCCACUCACCUCCCAUUAGGAUUGACCUCUUCUUAAAGGUUCUGUCAUCUCUUGGCACCAUCACACUGGGACCCAGCUUCCAGAACAUGAACCUGUGGGGGACGUACUCAAGCCAUACACCAUAACCAUACCAGGACUGAAGCGAAGUGAACAACAAGUGAUCCUGACUCCAAAGCCAUUUUCCCACUAUGCCAGAGAGAAAGCAUGAACCAUCAUGCCAGUCAGAGAAUUUGCAUUAGUGAGACUCCCUGAUAAACAUACCAUAGCUACAGGCUUGAUGCUCCCCAGGGGCAGCCAUCCAUCUGUCAGUGAAGAUUGAGAGGGAAAGGGUUCUCUUGCUAAAGACAGCGUUUCAGCUCAGUGACUACCCGUCUCACUGUCUCUCAUCCAUAGGUCUCGAUCAGAAACCUCCACCCGGGAGAACCACAGAAGGGCUGACACUGUCUCUACCCGUGCUUUUUAGUCCAGGCUUAAUAUUUACUGGGAGAGGUCUGUUUCAAAUAAUUAGCCAACUUAUGGAGAGAGCCUUGAUCUUAAGCAGUAAGCACAGGACAGCGUGGUGGAGAAAGAUCUGAACAGGAAUGGUGGGACUGUUUCAGCUUCAGGAAGGAGCCUGCCCUAACAAUAUGGAGUAAAAAGCAAGGGUUAAUUCUGUCUUCACAUCCACACUAACUCUUGCUGCAUCUCCCCUCAUAGCUGAUCAAAGAGAAACUUACAUGAAAGCCAAAUGAAAGUUGAGACACAAAUUGUCACUAUUCUGGAAACAUAUUACCCUAACCCUGUGUUUCUUAGUAAUACAGGCUCUUAGUCAGCUAUACACAUAGUAACACAAACCACAAUGCAAGCAAGCUAUACCUUACUAAUUUUUGUGCCCCCUAGUCUUGGUUGAGGAAGCAGGGAAGCACACAGAGGUGUGGUUGCUGUCCCUGAAUGUGAGGGGAGGGGCUAGAUGACAUGCUUUGCUUCAGGUCCCAGUCUCCCUUAGUCCCACACCUGAGACACCUCAGUUUUGUGAUGGCUUGGGUAAGCCUUUGGCUCCUGACCCUUUUCUCUUCAGUCCUGCUCUUGGCUUGGGACCAAUGUUACCUGUGCUCAGCAAAAACUGUGAAUGGAUUACUCGUGAUGUUGCUCCUGUUUGUGUGUCUCUGAUUUUGUUCUUAUGUAUAUUCCAUCUCUCUCCUGGAUUUUCGGCCCUAUAGGUACUGCCUCUGGCCAGCUUCACCUUCCGGGCUCUGCAGUCUGUCUUUCUCUAGCACCACCACAUUUCUUCUCAACCUUCUAGCUUUACCUCCAACUUGUUCCUAAUCCAUGCUUUCCAGAGAUUCAGCCCUACCUGCUCGGACUUCCAGCAAUAAAAUAUGCAUCUUUCUUGUACUUGGUUGCAGUUUUCAGGUUCAUAGAUCCCCUCUAAUGUGAACCACCUCCUCACAGUUAAUUUUUUAAAAUUCACAAUAAACAGUAACAUUAUCAUUUAUGAUGUACAGUUUGUUUGCACCAGCACUGUAAAUCCAUCAUCCUUAACCAGCUGUCUUGGCCCUAUUCCAAGCUCAGGAAACAGUCUGGCUAUUAGCAAAGGAAAUAAGGGCCCCUCUGGCCGGUAGGUUAGUUGAUCAGCUUCAUCAUUUCUGCUGUUGACUCUGCCCCAGUAUGACCCUUGCUCAUUUCAUAUUCUCAAAUUGUGCCCGUGGUUCCACUAAUUGGGUUUACACCUUGACCUGCUUUGCUGAUUUCCUGCCUAGAUCUUUCACACAAGAUCCCAAGACUGACUCCUACUCCUUGCAGGAGAGAAUCAUCGAAAUUUCCUGCCAGGACCUCUGGUGCCACAAUCUGCCAGCCUUCUCAGACAUCUGCUUGGUGAACGUUUUGGGCCAAACACUAACCUGCUUCGUACUGAGCUGUGCGUACCAUCCAGGCCCCAUCUACUGGAGCCUCUUAAUUGCCAGCUGCCAUUCUUCCCACAAUUAGAACCACCCCUGGUGACUGGUCCUCUGUGGGUGGACCAUUCUACUGAUUAGACUCAGAUCCCGCAUGUGCUUUCAUUUUUUCAAGUAUGUAUUUGGUUCAUUCUGUUAGGAAGUUUGGGGAAAGGUGAUUCGACGAAAGCAUAACCUUAAUUUUCCUUCUUUCUCGUCUCUGAUAGCUGUCAAUUAAAAGAUGCUUUUAUGGUUCACUGUAAUGAAGAAAUUGUUCUUGGAACUCUCACUAAACUGACUUUUGUGUAAUUUAGUACAAUGGAAUUUGCUGGGUAGAAAAGUGAUUUUACUGUGUUUAAAUAAGUUAAAAGAUGGUAAUCUCUGUUGUCUAAAAUGUUUUCGCGGCUUUCCUGUGUUUUACGUUAUUUUCUGCAAAAGAAAAAUUAUUCACAUUAUUGUCAUUCAUACAGUGCAGAAUUGAACAAAGGAAGUGAUACAAAUCCUUGAGCAGAAAGGUCAGUAAAAUCACUGGUGAGUCCUGGGCUGUAGUAGAGUGAGGAGCCACUGUGGGUGCUGAGCACAUUUCUUCAGAGGAGACACCAGUCACCCGUGUGGAAUUUUUCUUCUGAAUAUUUUGAUGUAGAGAGCAAUGGAAGGAUAUUUUGAAUAUUUUGAUGGUAGAGAGCAAUGGAAGGAUAUUCACUUAUAAACAAAGGCAGGGGUACAAGGAGGAAAUGAAUACUUCAGAGUACUUCACAGAACUCUAACCAGAUUCUCAGAACUGUUCACUUUCCAUAAUAAUUCCUGCCAUUCUUUGUCUUUUAGAACAGAGGUAAUUGAGAGAAUUAAAGAACAUGUUAGGAGGCUAAAAAUACAAAUUCUGAUUGGUGAUCCCGAUAACAAGUUACAAGAGUAAUAGACCUUGAUGUUCCAACAAAAAAGGAUAAUGACAGUUCUGGCUUCCAAUUAGAAUUGGUGGAUAUUAACUGCUGAACAUAAGGCACUGUAGAAGUCUCCCACAUCUUCCUCAGGUUAAUUAAAAUAAGUGACAACUACAGGAACACAGCCGUCUCCUUGUUGAUUGAGUGUGAAGGAAGAAGGUAGUUUUUGCAAAGGAGAAAUCAUUCCCAUGCUUCCAUCAAGGAUUCUCCUAUUGAUGAGAAAAUUCAGAGAGCAAAGGCCAGUCUAACUUUUGGUUAACAUUUUGCAUAACUCAGAAUGAUUAACUCUGCAAUUCCUGGUAAUUCAGUUCCUGGUGGCUGAAUUUGAAUCUUUGGCAAGUCUUGAAAUAAGAUUUGCCUCCAAGCUAAGACUAGCUGUCAUAUUACUAGGUCAGUGAUUUUACAUUCUAGUCAGAUUUUUUUUUUUUAGGUUACAAAUAACCAAGAACUAUCUGUGCCUGCUGCAAAGAAAAGGAGGAAAGUUACACAGUGAGACUUAAAUUGAAACAGCAAAACCAAGAAGACCAUGGAGUUUCUCUCAUGCUGUCUCUUCUUUUUAUGUGUCUCCAUUUUGUUUCCUCAUUCAUAAUGUAAGCUUCCUUUUGGCCUACUCAGGGUCACAUGGGCCUAUAUUGAUUUUUUUUUACCCAAGUGUUCAAGUCAAAGGCAGCCAGUCAGCGUGUAAAUACACUUGUUUUAGGUCAGGGGCAAACCCUGAUUCAGUAAGCUUAACUUCAGGGUCCAUCAGACAUAGUAGGUUUGCUUAGAGUAGCGGAGUCUGUAGCUGGUCAUGUAUGUAUAUAUAUAUAUAUAUAUAUAUAUAUAUUUUUUUUUUGCAUUUAAAUAAGCAAAAAGUGGUGUCUCCUAGGUAAAUGACCUCCUCCUGUUAGUAGGUGAAUCCAAACACAGAACUUUUGAGAAAGAAAAUGUAUCAUAGGUGCAGAGACCACAGUCUAGUUUUUUUUAUCUUGCAAUUCAGUGAUGACCUUGUACCUCUCCCUGCUGUUGAAAGGUGGCCUGUCCUAUAUUCUACACUUCUCUCCUGCCCCCAGGUGAAAAUUAAUAUCUUGAGCAGUGAGAGUGAAUACCAAGAUGAGAGAGCCUGAGUAGACAGAAGAAAAAGAAAACUGGCUAGAAAUGAAAUCCCCACUUUUCCCCCAGAAAUUUGAUCCAUGUUCAUCUAUCUAAGCCAGAAGCUAGAAGAUUGGAAGCUGAGAUGGUGAGGAGUAAGGGAGUGAGGGAUAGAGAAAGGCAGCAUUGAAACACAGAGAGGGCAAAGAACAAGAAAAAAAGAUUUUGGAUAUUCGGCCCUACCAGGUGGAAAUUCCACCUUGGUGUCUGACAUGAUGUUGCCAGAGAAGACUGCAAAAUGUGGACCUGCAGUGGAGAUGACCAGCAGGGCCUGGCUAUCUUUCAUCUUUCUGUUUUCUUGAAAGCACGCCAGUAGACAGGCCCAUGAGCAACGGCAGGGGCAGGACAGCUCAGCAUGAGUGUCUUAACUUCUAACCAGCCUUGGUCAGAGGUCCACCAGAAACCAAUUCUCUGCUGUUCCAGAUAUCCUUAGUGGGCUGUAAUGCUUUGAAUUUUCCAUUCUAACAAAUGAUCAGGUUGCAGAUGGCAUUUAGCUGUUGGAAUAAAUUCAUUUGGCUUUGAAAUACAACAUGAUCUUUUCAUUGAGCAUGUACCCUUUAAGAAGGGCAGAAGGUCUUCUUCAUUCUUUUAUCUUAUUUGCUUUUAACAUUAACCAUCUCUCCCAAUUUGAUGCCAUAGAUUCUGGCCAGCAGAUCUGUAUAUAUAUCAAAGUUUCCAAAUAUUUAGUCUUGGGCCUAGUGCUAAAAGUAAAGGACAAAUCACUAGUCCUUUACUUUUCUUGCUUGACAAUUAAAAAAAAAAAAACUACUUGCUAAACUACUGAAUUCAUCUUACUAAUCCUAGCUCAGAUGUUCUCCCUUGAUGCUUUAAUAGCCUGCCCAAGUCGUGGCCCAUCUGCUUUGGUGAUGCUACUCUGAAGGUAGUCACUUAUGUGUAUGAUGGUCUCCUGCACUCCUGCGUUAUCUCCUUUCUGCAGCAUUUGUGACAUUUUCACUUCCAAGCCUUCAGCACUGAGCACCCUGAGAGGCUCUCAGCAAAUGUUAGUUGAACUGAGUCUACCAUUCAGUGCAGUUUAGCAUUAAGCAUAUUUGUAGGUCCUAUUCUCCGGGUCAUUUUUAAGCAGCAGCUUUAGAGUAGUGGGAAAAGUACAGGACUGGGGGUCAGGAUGUCUCCUGCUUUUUAAAACCAAGCUUUGUUCUUUAUAAGUGUUUGACUUUGGCCAUAUCUCCCUGAGCCUUGAUUUUUUUUCAUAUGUAAAACAGGAUAAAAAUUCCUGCUUCUCAAACUUUUCAUGAAGAUGAAAUGAAAAAAAAAAUGUGAGCAGUCUUUCAUAUAAUAUUAAAAGUGAAAUUUUAAAGCAAAACAUCAUCAAAACCAUCCUUUUGGAAUUUCAGAAAGCAGUCUUCCUUAGAUGUGAUCCAAGACAGACCUUUCUUCUAGUGAAUCCUGUUCUGUAGCAAACAUGUCAUAGAGUUGAAAGCUAUGCUAUUGGUAGAAAAAUCAAUAUGAAAUAUCUGGUAUAGCGCAGAGUACAGUGCCUCAGCAUGUGACAGCUGCCAUUCCUGUUUUUACCCCUACCAUUAUUAUUAGGGUAAUGUCGCAUUUUCUCAGCUGACUUAGAGGAAAGCAGUUGGGUAGUCUGAAGUAUAUCUUCAACCUCAUGCCAUUUCUGUAAUCUUCUGGCCCUGAACAAGCAACUGAUUUCUUACCUGCUUUCUCUAAUCAUUACAUGUGUGCUGUGAAGAUGACUUUGAGUUCAGAAAAGUGAUAUAAAAAUCAGGUAAGUGUUGCUCUCCUGAGCAGGUGCUUGAACUCUCCUUAUUACCUGUGUCUGACAGUGGAACCUCUGCUGAGGAUGAUGGGGCUCUAAAAACGUCUGUGUUUAUCUGCAGAGUGGAUGCUACUUUAUUUGGAAGUUGGGGUGGAAAGUAAAACCUUUCAAGUACUUGAUGCCGUUGAGCCUUUGUUAAUUUGUGAAAGGCCCCUCUCUCUUCUUUCUUCCUUGUCUUUCUACCAUUCUUAAUUUUCCAACCCUGAUUUUUGUUGGCUUCAAAUAUGCUCACCAGAGUCCUGCCAGCUUUAGUUGGAAGGAAUAUAUUUCCGAGCUUAGUUGGACAUCAGUUGUUUUUGGGCCCUGCCCAGACUUUGGACAGAGAAGGUAGUGUUAAGGGGUUGAUGGUGUCUAGACAGUAAAAUCAGAAACUGUGUAAUUUAUGGUGUAUUACAGACAUCCACUUCCCGGAUUGGAAAAGGGAAACAGGCUUUUAUCUAAGGAAGUUACACUAAAAACCAAAACCCCUGGGUACUUCUGACCUAUGAACAUUUAAACCUUGAAUAUUUUUACAUAAUAUUUCUCUGUUCCUUCAAAGACAGGAAUUAUUGCAUGUAGCCCUGUGUAGGGAUUAGAACUAGAGAUGAGAAAUAAAUGCCCAGGGUUCAGGAGACAAUUCACAAAGCUGUCUAGCAGUCCUUCCCAGCCCCCGCCUGUCACUAGACCCCUGUGAGCUCACAAGGCAAUUUGAGCAUGGUCCUUCAGUUUCAGAGGGACACUGGAAAGUUGGAGAGGAGAGAGCCUAUCAGCAGGAGGAUGGAGUUAUUUAGAACUCAAAAGAAGACUGAAGAUAUGACUGAAAAACAGGAAACAAAAUGAUCACCACCACCAAAAAAAACCCCUUAAACCCAAAUUUUAUCCCAAAUAAAAGGCAUACUUUUGAUUAGGAAUAAAAAUAAUAAAAAUAAAAUGACCCCAGCUAUACAACAUUUUGUGUUUCUUUUUAGGCUAUUAAUCCUCAUAAUCACAUAUGCAGUACUUAAAACUGUAUAAAAUAAUGAAAGAUAAAACCCUAGGCAAAAUUUAUGUGAAACUAAAUAUUUUUUCAAGCCUGUAACAGUGUUUAUUUUAUUUUUAUUUUCCAGGUGUUCAAUCAGAUCUCUUGAGUUUCUUUUAAAAAAAUACAACUCCUCUGAGACAUCAUCUUGAAGGCUACUAUCUGAACUGUUUUAGAAUAUAUGUAUUUAAAAUGCUGUUGUCUUAGAGUUAGGAAUUUUAUUUGUGUUUUUCUAUCUUUAAAAAUUAUUAAUAUCUCUUAAAAUAUGAAAAUCAUUCAACUUAAUUCAUUACUAAGGAGUUGCCUUGUGAUUCUUACCUGAUACUAAUUAUUCUGCUACAUUCAAAUUUUGACUUACUACUUUUCAGCAAAUUUUUCCUGCUUCCUAAUAGGCAUUCAAUGGGUGUUAGUUAAAAUUGUAUAUUGAAAUUUUACAUGGAAAACACUUUAUAUUGGGUAGCAAUAGACAGUUAAAAUUUAUGUUAACGGAUAGUUCCCAAUCUUAGGAACUAGGUAUGAGUGCAAUGUAUAGUGUAAUUGUUGCUAAAUACUCAUACCGUAUUCAGGAAUUUCUGUAGCACCCAAGGAUUGCAACAGAACCCUUUUCCAUGGCUUUGUAGCCCUUUGGCAGGAGGAUUUGAAAUCAGAAGUGCGUCAGACACUUGGAAAACUGAAGUUGCUUACUCACACAUCUGUCGAGUUUAGGAUGUUUAGAUAGUUGACUUCCCAGAAUGAUCUGCUUUUCUAUAGUUUUGUAUUUCAAGCACAAUGCCAAAACUGUAGAGUACUGUUGGGAAUUCUCUGUUCAUUCAUAGACAAUAUGUAUAGGAUGCAUUUCUAACCUGUAGGAGUGAAAGCAUUAGAGUUCCACCACUGCUAAUUAUGUUACAACAGAAAGAUGGGAAAACAGCAGAAAUGAGAAUGACUGAUAGUGAUUGUAGUAAUGAUGUAAAUUAAGCACUAUCAGCUCACUUCAUCUCUACAACCAUAUGAAUGUCUAAUGAGAAAAAUUAAACUACAGGGAAGCAACUUGGCUAAGAUCACAAACUCAGUGAAGUCUGGAAUAAUUUAGAUUUAGGAGCCGGGCGUGGUAGCUCACGCCUGUAAUCCCAGCAUUUGGGAGGUUGAGGCAGGAAAAUUGUUGAGAGUCCACAACCAGGGCUACAUAGUAAACUCAAGGCCAGCUUGAACUGCAUAGUGAGACCCUGUCUCAAAAAGGCAAAAAACAAAACAAAACAGAUUUAGGUUUGGUCUGUCUUGAAUCCAAAAUCUAUCCCUUUAGUUAUCAUCCUGUUGUAAAACUUUUUUAUUCAGUUUCACUGCUAGUUUCUUACAUGCUCAACCUCCUGUUCAAUGAAAUUCUCCAGGUCUUAACACAUCAUACCUAAACCAGAGCCUACAGUAGAACCAUCUGCCUUGAACAUCUAUUCAUGUGAUUGGCAAUGUCAGCAGUUUUACGAGUAUUCAAAGAAAGGAUCAGAUUGCUUCUUGUCAUUUCUAUAGUCUAUUAAGGUUCAGAAUGAAUAGCAAGGAGUUACCCAUUAGAGUUACUCUUAACAAAAACUCUUAAUCAUCUUUAUAUGUCUUAUUUCCACAACAGUACCUGCUUACUUUAAGAAAAUUAUAGAAACGUAUGACACUAAAAAUUUAACAAAAAAAUAAAUAAAUAAAUAAACCUCUGUGGCCCUUUGAAAAGAGACCUUUCUCCACCACCGUUUGGUCCCUGUUUUGGUUAUUUUAUCCUGUUUAACAAAUUAUCCAAAAUUUAGUGACUUAAAGCAAUGACAAUACAUAAUCUGCUCAUGAAUUUGUGAUUUCAGCAGAACUUAAUGAGGACAGCGUGUCUUUCCUUUGCUUGGUGUCAGCUGGGGUGACUCAAAAAGAAGUAGAAUAAUUAUUUACAUGCCUGGCAGUUGAUCCUGGGAAAACUCAAGUAGCUGGAGGCUGGCUCAACUGAGUCUUCCAGCCUCGCUCUCCAGCUCUCUGGACUCUCUGUGUGGUCUCUCCAGAGCUGCCAGGCUCCCUGCAUGUGGGCUCACAGUACCUCGCAUGUAGAGGGGAGGAAGCUGCAGUGCCUCUUCUCAGCAGCAUUAGAAAUCAUGCAGCAUCGUUUCCAUCCAUUUUGUUUUCAAAGUGACCCAUAAAGACUGGCUCAUAUUCAAGGAAAGGGAAUUACUAGUCUUUUAGCCUUUGUGGGAAGAAUAUCAAAGAAUUUGUGAAUGUGUAUCAAAACUACCAUGAUGCCUGUGAACCUUGAUUGAGUUGCUGCUCUCCUGACAUCUUUGUCAACACUGCUUUUGUUUUUGUUUGUUUAUUUUGUUUUUUUAGACUGUGAUGUCUAGAACUCAUGAGCUCAAGAGAUCUUCUUGUCUCAGUCUCUUCACUGAGACUGCAGGCAGGCAUCACCAUGCCCAGCUGAUUCCAUCUCAGCUUUUGAUGAUAGCACUGGACCCAGGAAGAAAUGUGCAAGAAAUGAGAGUUGGCAGUGAUACCCACUCCUCCACAACUGUGACCCUUGCCACUACUACGGCCUGCCUUCUUCCUACUGCCACAGAGCCUCUCCACUCUCAAAUUCAUAGUAUUUCAGCUCUCUCAUUGAACACCCCUCCUCUCCGCACUGUAAUAUUUGUGCAGCCAGUUAACCUAGGGCAGUGCAUCAGAGAGAUACGGGUGCUAUUUCCAGUGCAGCUGGUGCAGCUCCUCCAGGCAGCAGCACCCAGUGCCUGAGCCGGCUCCGACCACGGCUUGCGGUGAGUGUGCCAGCACUGCCGCAGUGCUUCCUUCACCAUGCACUGCUUUCCCAUGUUUGCGUCAGUCACAUCCUAGCUGAGUUUCAUGAUCUGCUUCAGUAUUCCUCACUCUCAAGUUCUGUGAAAUGCUCAGUCAACAUGAGUGGCAUUAAUAAAAGAUAUUAGUUGUAGUAUGGAAACCACAAGGCAAGGGCAAAGAAAAGAAGCGGAUUCAUCUUCUUGGGAAGAAUAAUACAGUGGCAGCUAGUUGGCACAAAUCAAAAUUUUCUUUCUUGGACUCACCUGAUGACCCCAGCACAGUGAGAAAUAAAGUCUAGAACCUCAGAAUUCUCUAAGUCUUCUUGCUGCAUAUCUUUCUCUGUGAAAAUACUUUGUAGGAGAUAAAACUUAAAUGAAGCUUCUUAGAUCUUUGAGAAAUGAUAGGAAAUACUAUUUUAUGGACUAAUAAAGGCAAUUAUUUUAGUUUUAUUUGAAAUGUCCAGUCUUAUUGCCCAAACAUAUUUCCAUUGCAUUCUUGAAGUUGAAAUGAUCUGCAGGAUUUACAUUGUGAAGACCAGUGCUUCUACACUUAUUUUAAAUCAUGUUUUAAAUCACAAUGUUCUGUGAAGAAGUCAACCAAAUCAAUACAUGAUUUUAAAAUAAGGCACUUGAUUUGGGCAGUGUGGACGUAACGCCUGACUCCUAAUUCUGAACCACUUCAGCAGGGAGCCUGAUACUAGUUAGUCUUACUUUCUGAAGCAACUGUGCCUGCUCCAGGAAUCCUGAUGAAUUACCAUGGUGCUGGUUAUAAAGCUGAGUUCAGACACAUCUGCAUCUGUGACUGUGAACACUUACGGAGGGUUUAGUGUGUCAAGCAAUUUAUGCAUGUUAUCAUUUACAAGGAGCAAAACUGAGGCUUGAAGAGAUUAAGUAAUUUGCCUAUGAUUGAACACCGUAUGUGAUGAAAUUCUUUUUAAGCUUGGUUUUCUUAUUUCCAGCAUCUUCUUUUAAGCCUCACACUGUCCUAGAACCAUUGUCCUCCAUUCUUUCACCCCCUGCACUAUCUUACAAUACAAAAAACCCCCAGUUGUUAGACAGUGUUUUUUCUUUCAAGUGAUAUUUCCAGGAGAUAAAUCCUUGUCUGGUAUGGUGAGGUAGCACGUACAAUAAAAAUCCCAGUAGAAGUCUGAGUGUUUGUAGUAUUUCUGUUGGCAUGCGACUCAAGAGAAACCUCCUAGGACUCAGGAUAUUCUGUUGAUACGGAACAGAUAGCUUUUUAUAACUGCACUGAACUCAUGGGAAACAUUGGAAUUAAUGAUCAGGCCCAGAUCGUGAGUGCAGACCCAGUAGGAAGGACUCAGGCUGCCUCCCACUGCCUUGUGUUAAUUCAAACUAUUUCAUGAGCAAGCCAGCAGGGAAAUUGUGCCGAGUUCAGUGAGAUGAUAAACUGUGAGAAACUGAAAGAGUAACAAUGCUAGGCAGAAAUGCCAUUAAAAAUUAUAAAUUUGGUGGUGGCGAACGGAUAAAGUGCUCAACAGUUAAAUAUGUAUGCAUAACAUAACGCAACCUACUGGCUUUGACAUUUCAUUGGUUUGAAGUAUAGAAGCUUUACCUUCUUUUUACAUUACUUCAUUUACAAUAUAAUUGUAUUACAUGUUUCCUCUACGAACAUUUGGAAUCUCAUUAGAAAGUAGUACAGUUUUUGCUUCAGAUGCCACAGAUUAUUUAGAAAACUCAAAAGGAGAGUGAAAACACACUGAACCAGGCCUGAGGGUAUAAUCCAGUAUGCUGGGAGUGUGAGGUAGGAGGGUUGCAAAUUUCCACCCAUCCUGGGCAAUUUAAUGACUAAACAAGACCUUGUCUCCAAGUUUCCAAAUUAAAAAAGCUGGAGAUGAAGCUCGGUGCAAAGACACUGAGUUCAGUAGACAGCGAUUUUAAAAAGUGAUUUAUCCACAAUUUUAUUGUCAGUUGUUCUUUCUUCUUUUCUGAUGUUCCAGAGAACAAUUUCCUUGCAUUAUUUUAUUUCCUUACAUUAUUAUUUUCCUGGUUGAUUUCUUUUUAGGUGAGUGCUUUACCAUCAAGCCACAUCCUCAGCCCCUUGUUCCUUUUGAAAAAUUUCACUUGUUUUGGUUUUGGUUUGGCUAGGCCUUCUGGCAAAAACUUCUCUUAUUUUCCUUCAUCUGAAUGUCUUAAUUUUCUCCCCAUCCUUGAAAGAUGUUUUCAUGAAGAUACAUAUGUGACUUUCCUUCUGGCUCCCAUAGUUUCUAUUGAGAAAUCUGCUGCUAUUGAAUUGUUUCUCCUCUGUAGUUAAAGUUGUCCUUUCUCUCUCGCUGCUUCCAAGUCUUUUUUUUGGUCUUUGUAGUUUUCAGAAGUUUGACAAUGAUGUGUUUUAGUGUGGAUUCCUUUGAGUUUGUCCUACUUGGAUUUCACUCAGCUUUUUGAAUGCAUAGGUUUAUAUCUUUUGACAAAUUGGAGAGUGCUUAGCCAUUAUCUCUUCCAGUGUUUUGAAGCUUUGCCCUCUUAUCUGUCUCCACCUAUGCUUCUGAUGCUACAAAUGUUUCUUUUGUUAUAGUUCAGUGGGCUCAUGUUGUCUCUCUCUCUCUCUCUCUCUCUCUCUCUCUCUCUCUCUCUCUCUCCUCUCUCGCUUUAACUUACUAUUUUGUUUGCUUGUUUGUUUCGGCUAUGUUUAUAAUUGUCUACUGAAGCAUUUUUAUAAUGACUGCUUUCAAAUCUUUGGCAUAUAAUUCUAACAUCUCUGUCAUCUCAGUAUUGGCAUCUGUUGAUUGUCUUUUUAAAAUUCAAAUUGUGGUUUCCCUUAUUCUUGGCUGAUUCUUAAUUGAAACCUGAAUAUGUUAGAUAGCCUAUUAUGAGAUUCUGGAUCUCAUUUAAGCCAUCUGUUUUAGCUGGCUUCUUCCAACAGAACUCUGAUGGGGAAACAGUGGGCCAUUGCUUAUUACUGCCAGGUAAAAGAUUUUGUAUCUGGCUUCUUUUGCUCAGACUAAUGUCUUGAAAUUCCUUUAUGUUGGUGCCAGUAUGAAUAUGUCAUUCAUUUUUAUCUGAGUAAUAUUCUAUAGUAUACAGAACAUUCCUGAGCACAAAUGAAAAUUUUUGCAAUAUUUUAUUCUUUUAUCCACUGAGUUUACCUAUUAUACUGGAUCUAUAAAACCAUUUGUGGAGAAUGACAUCAUAAUAUUUGAGUCAUAUAAAGAAGACCCAAUAUUUACUUGGUCUUAAUGCUUUUCUGCAGUGUUUUAUUGUUUUCUAGUUUGCUGAAGUAAUGAAUAUUUUUAGUGCCAUUACAGAUUACAGGUGUUAUUUUUAAAAAUUUACCUUGUUCCUCACUAUUACAGUAUAUAGAAAUAUAAUUGGCUAAAUUUUGUAUAGUGCCUUUCUAUCUGCAAACUUGCUAGAUUCACAUAUAGUUUUAGUAAGUUUUGUUGUCGUUGUUCUUUUGUUUUCUGUUUUUUGAGUCAGGGUCUUGAUAUGCAGUAAACUUUUCAGGCUGGCCUCGGAGUCAUUAUGUAGCCUAGGCUGGCCUUGAACUCACACAAUCCUCCCGUCUCCACCUCUCAAAUGCUGGGAAUACAGGCAAGUAACACCACACCCAAUUUGGUAUUAGUAAAUUCUUAUGGACUGUGUAAUAUUUUCUACAUACCUAAUCAUGUCAUCUGAAUAUAAAAAAAUUUAUUUUGUCCUCCAUAAAUGGUAUAACUGUGCUUUUCUUUUCUUUUUUUAAUUAAUUGCUCUAACUAGAACCUUAAUAUGGUGUUGAAAGCUGUGAGUGACCAUCCCAGUCUGCUUCACAUCUUACAGGGAAAGCACUCACUUUUCACCAUGAAACAGGUUGUUAACUAUAUAGUUUUCAUAGCUGCCCUUAUUAUCUGAGAAAGUUUCCUUUGAUUCCUAGUUCACUUAGAAUUUUCAUGAACUUCAUGCAUGGGUAGUGUUUCACGUGGCUUUUCUGUGUUCAUUGAGAUGAUCAUGUGAUUCUUUAUUCUCUUGGUGUAAUGAAUCAACAUAUGAUUUUUAAAAUUUAACUAUUUAAACCAACAAUCAACAUAAAAAUAUUCUUUAUAAAAAAGGUCACAAGGUAAGGAGAUUGGCUUUCACCCUUAUCUAAUGCGAUUCUUGAAUUUCUGGCUAAUGCAAUGAAAUAAAAUGGAAGUAAGCGGCCUGCCACAGUCGGAUGGCCCGGUACUUCACAUGCUUUUCUGUCCUGUCCUCAUGCCUCCGUGGCCACUACCUAGAAACUCCUUCCCUAGCAUUGCGUGCUACUCGUUCCUUCUGUUGCCUUUGGCAUUCCUCCUUUCUCACACAUACAUACAGCUCAUGCCCUCUCUUUCUUCCAGCCUUUGCUCGGAGUUCUGCACAGACCACUUCAUUUCAUAUUGCAAAGCCCUCUAUCUUCUGCCCCGUACUCCGCUCUGUUUUUCACAGCAUUUAAUCACCUUCUCAAACAUUGUAUGUAUUGAUUGUAUUUCCUUUUUUUUUUUUUUUUUUUUUUUAACCUUGCUAGUAAGUUGCCUUAGGUGGGGAGUUGUGUAUGCAUUACACACACUUUUGUGUUGUCUGUGAUCAUGCCUAGAAUACAAUAGAUUCUCAGUACAUAUUUAUUGAGUGAAUGAAUAACUAUGAGAAGAGACCAAAAUUAUCUUGCUAAGUCAUCUAGUUAGAAACUCCAAAGCCAUCAAGUAGAAAAAUAGUAAAACUAAUGGACAAAUCAAUUGGAAAAUCAAUUGCUAUGAUGUAUCAUAUCAAUAAUAUAUUAGUAAAUAUGUUUUUAAAGUCCUAUGCAAUUAAAAAUGUACUGGGAGAAAUUUCAUUAAAAAUGUUAAGAAGCCACACAGGGAAAAUUGUAAUAAUUACUUAGAGAUACAGAAUAAUAUAAAAAGAUAUGUUUUAGAAGGCAGUUAUAUAUCUAAUGUCUGUCUAUAUGUAUGUUAUGGGGAUUUCACAUUUCCUAUAUUAAUUUAUAUCUUUAUUAAAGUUAUUUGAUAUUAUUACUAGUUAUUCAGUUAAGUCCCCAGUGGAUUGUUUCAGUUAAGUCCCCAAAGGAUGUUAUGCCUUGAAAAUUGAAUUAAAGUUGCCUAGAUUCAAAAAUAACUAAGAGCAUUUUAUAGGAAGGGAAAGUUUGGUCAAGAAAUUUCUUCUGUUUUAGAAUAGCAAAACAUAAUUUUGUACAACAAUUUUUGUAAUGAUGAAAGUAGUACUAGUGCCAUAGAUGAACAUGAAAGUUAAGGAAACAAUAGUCUAGGAAUGACUCAAAUGUUCCUAAGAAUGUAGCAGUGAUGAAUCAAUGAGGAAGGACAAUUAAUUGUCUUUCACUGGCAUACAAUAUACCAUCAAAACAAGCACUCCAGAACUGCUUCUGAAGGUAGUAAGAAUGAUGGGGAUACACGUGUUUGAAGUAAGGGGCAGUAUCUUGGCAAUGUGUCUCUUACUGUAACUUUUUAAAUGUAAACAUUCACUAUAAUUUUUAUUAUACCUCAUAUACCUGUAUCUACCGAGAGGGAGUGAGCCUGGUCCAGAACCAGUUUUUUUACAUGGACAAACCAGUUUUUUCAUUUACUUGUUUUUUUACAUGGAUUGGUAGUAUAAAUACCACUGUGAUCGUACAAAAUACAUGAUUUGUAGUUAAUCCUCUUGGAAUCAAAAAAUUUAAAUCAAAACAUAUAAGAAUAAUAAAGUUUAAGGUAUUGCUUUGUUCAUUUUGAUUUGUGGGAAUCUGUUCAAAUCUUGAUCACUACAUGCCCUUAAUUUUGCUUUUAGGACUCACUGUGCCUUCAAAAUAUUGAAGUAUCAAAGUUAAAAGUAAAAAACAUUCUGUUGCUUUCCUAGGUGCUUAAAUACUAAACAUUUGAAUUAGCAUUCAUUUAUUGAACAUUUGAAGGUGGAACAGAUAAAUCAUCAACUAGUCAUGUAUAUUUGUUUCUGGACUAUGUCAUGUGAUAUUUUCCUGGGAAAGUUUACAUUUUUAAUUACGUUUAGUUUACAAUAAUAUUAAAAUAACUGCAUUUCCUGAGUGCAAUUCAAUUGUACCAUUAAGGGAUGUUAUGUUCUUAUAUCAUUCCAGGCAGAGUGGAACCCAAAGAAAAUAAAAAUUGGCCACAAAUAACCCAUACAAAAAUAAAACAGAUUUGACUAUGUGUAAAAGCACCUGUAAUAAGCCAUCGCUUUUUUGUUUCUUAGCUGUCUUAGAGUCUCGGCUUUGAGGAAAUAGGAGGUUCCUUCCAUUGAUUUAGCUUGGUUUAGUUGAGGAACCACCUUAUAUUUUGCACUUACUGGCCCAUGCUGAAAGUACAAUGGAUAGUGAAGAGGUGACACCCUCAUCCCCACAUGGUGGUGCUCAACCUAGCUUUCUUGAACUCGCAUUCAUUUUAUUUGAAGGAAGUCUCUUAAAGCCAUGGAGCUUGGGUGAGAGUACAUCCCACACAGUCUGCAAAACUUUCUAAAUCUGCAGAGUCACCUCACAUUUCCCAAAGCUCUUCUAAAAAUACUUUUUAUUGUACUUAGGGAUGAGUAUAUUUAUUAAACUCUGAAGCUCCUUACACUUAGUUUAAAGCAGAUCGUGCCCCUGGGAAUGCUGGCACAGAUCCAUUGCCUGAGGCUGUGACAUAGUACUUACUGUACAUGCUCUGAGGGCCUUGCAUCCCUGUACUGAUUCCAAAAGAAGCUAGUGGCCAAGAAAUGGAGGGUUGCUCUCAGGUCAUCUGCUUCACCUACUUUGACUAUUGUGCCUUUUGGAUGGGCUACAAGUAAAUGUACUUAAUAUUUGCUAAGUCUUGAAGUAAUCAGUUUGAUCUGGAUAGCAGUGUUGAUCACCCAUAACAAAUCAAGGGGCACUUAACAGUGUCAAGUAUGUUGCUGCCUAUGGGGUCUACAGAACUGUUUCUAAACACAAGUAGAGCUUUGUGGAAGAGGGGGGGUCCUGGCACAGAAGAUCUUCUGGCUGUAGAGCUAGGAGGUUUUUAACUUAAGAUUUCAGCUUAGUCCCCUUUGAUCCCUGGAACUUUUAUCUUCUGUCAAAUAAGGAGACCUGUUUGAUGUAGCACUCUUGUCUUUAGAAGGACUGAAAAGCCUCCUUCCUAUCUUCACCAGGCCUCGCCAUUUUCCUAGCCUUCUUAUCUAGAGGUCUAUCUAGACUACCAACUGUUGACUUCAUUGCCUGUUUCAUUUCCCCAUGUUGCUAUCUCUAGCCAUAUGGACAGAGACUCUCAUCUUUAUCGUACGUAUGCAAGAGGAAAAGCCUUUACCAGUAAAUUGUCGUCCAGCAGGGUUAUCAUCUGGAACUAAAACGCAUGAUCAUCCAGAAUAAACCAUUGCUUUCUUUGCUGUUCAGGCAAGCAGGAGUAAACAGGCACCCUGCUGACUGUGUUGUCUGGAGUUACUGUCUUGAGUCCGCUGCAGGAAGUUGGACAACGGGUCAUUUCCACUACCUUCUCAGAUGUCAGUUCCCUGACUUUGGCCAGUCUUCACUUGUUAACCAGCGUCCUUCUCCGAACAAACCUCUGCACAUGCAAUAAUAGCCCUCUCUUGAGCCUUAAUUCUAAGAGGUCUGGAAAGGCAGAUGUAAAACCCAGAGGAUCCUGAGUAACACAAACUACUUGAGUUUCUAAACAAUUUAGCGGACAUUAGCUGUGAUGCUGUGAGAUAACAUGAUAGCCAUCUGUUACCUUCUCUAACCAGUGAGACUGGAAUAUGGGCUGGCGCAAUGAAUGUAAGGGUUGGGUUUCAGCACCUCUGAUUAUACUUUUUCAGCUAUGUUCAGCUCUUAAUGUUAGAGGAGAUGCUUGACACCUGAAGAAAUAGCCCCUUUUCUACCCCCUCUCACCUACAAAACUGAAAAAUAUACAACUGUUGAUGAGAUGGGAGGGGUACAAAAAUAUGCUCAAAUAUAUAUUUUUUAAAUUUCUUCUACUUUUUCUUGCUCUUCCUUCUGUCACAACCUUAGAGACAAAGAAAAUAUUUACAUUGUUUGUUUUCCCAGAGAGGUAGAUAUCAUGUCCACAUACCCAGUUUAAUGAUUAAGAAAGAAGAUAACUAUUCCUGUCUGCCUCUUUGAUCUGGCUCUGCAUAGACUGGCAAGACACAAGCAUUUCAAACGUGCCAUUUUUAUAUAGAGAGCUCAGAACUGUAAAAAUCUUCCUUACUUCAAAUUGCCGUAUAAACCAGCUGGAAUAAAAACCUUCCACAAAGCUCUGUAACUAGCUUGUUCCUUCCACAUAGGUACCUUGACAGAAAUCUGAAGCUCCACAUAAAAAAAAUUUUAGGAAAAUGAACAGAUUUUCAGACACAGCACCAAACAAAAUACUUUCUUCUUCAGUCUGCUUUCCAUGAUCUCCUACAUUUCUUUAAGAUCACAUAGGGGAAAAGAAACCCAGAACACGAAAAUGACAGGCUCUGUAUACACUGCAUGACUGAGUACAGGGUUUAAACUAGUCUUUGAGACCUGUAAUCUGUUUUCUGUGUGAAGGUAUGGUAAGUGCAUGCUUGUCUUGGGUUAUGGGUGAAGUGGAAACUGGUGUUGACAUUUACUGUGAUCCUCAGGAAGUUGCAUCACUUCUCUGAACCUUAUUUGCCUCAGCUGUAAAAUAUGAAACUUGAAAUAAGAUCAUCUUUAAGCUAAUAAGGAGGCUUGAAAGAUUUAGCCCAAGUUGAUGUGCCAGGGAAAUGUCAUGGUUUCCAAUACUUCAGAUAUCUCCUUUGAUUUAUUGAUAGGCAAUAUUAAAUCAGCACAAAUUAAGUAAACUGGUAGCUAGUUCCCUACUUACAACAUUUAGUGUGUUGGAUUCCAACUAUUAUUGGGUUGUUUCAAUAGUAGUUGUGCAAUUUAUUUGUCACAAAACAUUUAAUUAAAUUAACAUGUAUUGAGGAACUUCUUGAGUGUGGGGAUUUAUGCCAAGUGCUGUAUUAGGACAUCUUUAAUCUGUGUCACACUAAUUUAACAGAGCAUUUUAUAUAAUUUCAUUUGAUUUUCAUGCCCACACAGUUAGUGUGCUGGCAAGAACAACCAUUUUAUAGAUAACAAAUUUGAAUCUCAGGAGUGUCACAUAGAAUACUGUAAUUUGUAACUUCAGUCUAGAUUCCAAAGAGACAAGAAACGGAAAAAACACAGCAAGAAAACUUUUUAAUGAAGAUUAAAUACCCAGCAAUAAAGGUGAAAAUGAUGAUGACGGCAACUAACUUUUAAUGAACUUUUCAUUUUAUUUUAAAGAGAAUAAAACCAAGCAAAAUAAAACAGAAUAAAGCCAGUCAAAACAAGACAAUGUAAGUAACACAGGAUUUCAAAACAAGAUAAUAGAAAAUCAACAAUGAUUACCAUAACGCCUCCUGUCAUCCUCAAAACAGCUGCAAAUACCUUUAGACACUGUAAAAUCAAACAGAACAGAACCAAUAAAAACAAAACAAUAAAUGCAAUACAGGACCUCAAAACAGGACAAUACUAAAUCCAAAAUGACUACCAUAAUACAGCUUGCAAUCUUCGACAGUUUCCCAUGCCAUCAGACAUAAAAUCAGACAAGAUAAAACAUAAUAAAACCCAGCCAAACAAUACAAUGAGAAUGAUACAAGAUUUCAAAACAAGAAUAGGGAAUUAACAAUGGCUACCAUCUUCAAAAGGAGAUUCCCCAUAGAUGCUGCAUUGCCUAUUGUUAUCCUCCAAAUGGAUGAUAGGACUACCAGCUCAGGCCUGCAAAGUCAGUGAAACACUAAACACUGCAAGCACUCAGCUGUAUUUUACCUCAUUAGCUACCAUCAUAGCUUGUGUUUCUCUGGGUCAGCUGGUUGCUUACGGGGGUUGGGGGGGGGGAUGUUGGCUCUUCUUGUCUCCCUGCCCAUGUAUGGAAGGGGCUGGCUUCUGGCUCUCCUCAAGUCAGCCCACACAAGGUGCAGACUCAUAGAUCUUAGUUUCUUGUUGACUUCUCCUCCCCCACAGUCGGCGAAUGGCACCGACUCUCAGGAGAGUCCUCUAGCAGUUCUUCAGUCAGCCCAGGUGUGUGCCAACCGCACAGGAGGUCUUAGCUUCUUCCUGACCUCUUAUUCUCCUCCCCCACAGUCUGCAAAUGACCUUUCAAUGGGUUUUAUGGUGUGCCUUCAGAAUGCUUCAUAUGUACCAAUUCACACAACAGUCUUAGGAGCCAGAUACUGAAAUUAUUCCUACUGGUAAUAAAUGUAACUUCCACCAGAACAGGAUAUUUUAAGAUCUUAUUUCGAUAUUCAGUUCCUGACAGAGUAGUAUAUAACACAAAAUAAACUCUCCAUAAAUACUUUUUCCUGUUUUACAGACAAACUGAUACUCAAGAUAACUAAGUUACUGUGCUUAAUCAAGGUAAUUCAGCUAAUACGGGCUCAUAUAAGAUUUGAAUGUAGGGAGCCUAAUCUGUAAUUCUUAAGACAUUCAAGCUAUAUUUUUAUUAAAAAUGAAAACAGCCCAGUAAUCAAAACUAAGUGUAUGUAUCAUGAAGGGAAAUUUUAAACUAAUCUUAGAAAAUUGUAACUUUUCUUAUCAUGGGAAUUAAAUUCUUGCAGAAAAAACACCCACAUUUAAUUGAUGGAAAUUCUUCAACUGAAUAUGUAAUCAUUAUGAAUUAAUAAUGAUCAAGCUUGGGAAACAGUUAUUUAGCUGAUUAUUCUAACGCUUCUGUAUAACAGUGCAUUCUCUUGAUGUGUUUGAUAAUUUAUGUUCUUCUUACCCAGGUUGCUUCUUACAAACUAGGAAAGUAAGUAUAGCACAAAUUUCUAAAUGUCUGAGGGACACUGUCACUCAGGUUGUAGAAACUGGGAGUGGGCUUGGAGGGAAGAAUGCAGAUUUGCGUCAGUCAAAAAUGAAAUAUUUAAGAAAAACCAUCAUCAGAAAGUUUUUUUCUUUUGUGAUGAGGAUAGAAUCCCAGGGCCUCACAUGUGCUAAGCACACACUCUACCACUGGCUACACCCUGAGCCCCAAGAAAGAGUCUGACUUGCACAAUGCAUGAGUGAACAUCCAGAAAGAAAAGUAAGAAGUGAUAGAUUGUCGUUGAAAAUGCAAAUCUAAAGCCACAGUCUUGAAGUGGGAUUUUUGGUUUCGACAUGAAAAAACUAGAAUGUGAAAUGUAAUGCCUAAUUUCACCCAGGAGUUAACAUGAAAUGACAGCUCACCUGAAAAUGAACUGCAAAUAAAUACUUAAUAUAAAAAUGGCAUUGCAUGAUCUCAAUAACUGAAAUACUGCAUGAUUUUUAGCAUAGCAUAAGUAAAUAUUUCAGUAAGAAGUUAUAUUCUCUAAUAUAAAGAGCCUGUGUUUAUAUUUACUUCUUGCUUUACAUUUAUAGUCUAGAAAGGAAGGCCAAAAGUGCAUAAUUCUUUAUUUUAUAACCUUUGUAUAGUUAUACAACUAAUAAGUACACAUUCCUUAGAGGGUAUAUAGAAAAUAUAAAUUUUUAAAAAUUAAUAUUUUUCUGCUGUGUGAAUAAGCACCUAUGUGAAGUCAUUAGGAAGUAAAAAAGUCAGUGUCUUCUAAUUGUAUCCCCAUGAAAUAAAAAAAAUAACAAAAUAAUUAUAUAUAGUUCUGUAUUUAAGGAAAUAGAUAUGCUGGCUAAGGCAUGAAAAUAAAUAAAUGGAUGUUAAAAGCAUGCUCAUUAGGCUGUAUCUGUGUCUACCUUGAGCUCCUCUUCUAUACUUAGUAUGUUAUGCAAAAAAUGGGUAAAGAUAUGUCAAGUUGCAUGUUUCAUACUACAGGUUAGUUUCAUAGUCUCUAUGUCAUCUCAAUUCUGAUAAAAUAACUAAAAAAAAUAGUACUAGGCCCAGUUGAUUUCUUUGGUAAAUUUUACCACACAAUUUAAAAAAAAAAUGACACCAAUUCUAUCUCAUCUUUUCCAGAAAAUAGAAGUAGAAAGACUUCUUAACUCAUUCGAUGAGGUCAGUAUUAUUCUCAUGCUGAAGCAAGAUAAAGGCAUUAAAAGAAAGAGAUAUCUGCCAAUAAUUCUUAUGAGCAUAUAUUAAAAUUUCUCAACAAGAAAUUCACAAACAAUGAUAUGUAAAAGAAUUCUACUAUGACCAGGUGGCAUUCAUUCCAGGUAUGCAAAGCUUACUCAGCAUUUGAAAAUCAGAAUAAUCCCCCACAUCAGUUGGUUAAAAAAAUUACGUGAUUGUGUCAAUACGUGCAAAUAAAAUGUUUGACCAAGCACCCAUUCAUGAUUAAAAUUUCAAAAAACAAAUAUCAGUAAAUGAAGAAUACAAGGAACUUCCUUGAAUUCAUAAAAAAAACCAUCUACCAAAAACUUAUAGCUAACACAUACUAAUAAGUAGCAAGCUAAAUGUCUGCCCUUUAAGUUAAGGAACAAGACACUGCAACUCAAACCUUAUACUGAAAGUGCAGUUAGAGCACAAAAGGAAAUAAAAGGGGUUUAGGUUGGAAAAGAAGAAAUUUAACUGCUUUUUGUUUGCAAAUGAGAUGAUUUUCUCCAUACAUAAAUCUCAAAGAUUGACAAAAAGUAAUUUGUAGAACUAAUGAGAUAUAGCAAAGUUUCACUGCACAAUAUUAAUCUACAAAAGUAGGUUGCUUUCUUAUAUACCAGUAAUAAAUAUCUGGAAUUUGAAAUUAAAUGCACAAUUUAUAAGGACACCCCUCCCCCCAAAAAAGAUAGAAUGGAAAGGAGGAAGGGAGAAAAUACCUAGAUACAAAUACAAAAAUAAGUCCAAUCUGUAUAUGUGAAAAACUGUAAAACUGAUGAAAGAAUUAAAAUCUAACUAUGUGGAAAGACUACAUGUUCAUGGGUUAGAAGACUCUAUAUUGUUAAAAGGUUAAUUGUCUACUUGACUUAUAGAUUGGUUAAUUGAAGAGGCAAAAACCAAGAAUUGCCAGUGGAAUCCUGAAGAACAACAAAGCUGGGAGACUUGUACAAUCUUAUUUCAAGACUUCUUACAGAGCCACAGUAGUCACUGCAGUGUAGUACUGGUAAAAGAAUAGGCACGCAGGUCAGUGGAAGCUGGAAAUCUGAGGUCAUGAUGCCCGCAUGGUUUGUUUCUGGUAAGGACUGUCUUCCUGCCUUGCAGAGAGCUGCCUCCUUACUGUGUGUCACGUAGCAUGUUCUUGCUUCAUAUGCAUGGAGAAAACGAGGUAGGGAAUGAACAGUGGGGAAGGAAAGAGAUAUCUCAGUGUGCCUUCUUACAAGGCACAAAUCCGCUCAUAAGAGGGACCCUCCAUGGCUUCAUCUAAACCUAAUUAUCUCCAAAGACCCCAUCUCUAAUACUACUGUAUUGGAACUAGGACAUCAAAUGUGUAUUUUGCAGGGUACACUUCAAUCCAUGACACCAUUCAAUGAAGAAAGGAUAAUUUUAUCUACAAAUCAUUCUAGAACAAUGGAAUAUUCAUAAGCAAAAAAUAAAACUACAGACCUUUCACUUUUCAUAAAUACCAACUCAAAAUGGAUCAUAGACAAAAUGUAAUAUGCAAAACUAUAAAACUUCUUGAAGAAAGCAUAGGAGAAAAUCUAAAUGGCUGUGGGAUUUGGCAACCAGUUUUUGUAUGCAACACCAAAAGCAGGAUUCAUGAAAGAAAAAUGUGAUAAUCUGGACUUUAUUAAAACUAAAAGCUUCUGCUCUUUAAAAGAAACUGUUAAAUGAAUAAAAGACAAGCCACAGGUUGGGAGAAAAUACUUUGAAAACACAUAUCUGUUAGGGAACUUGUAACCAAAAUAUCCAAAGAACUCGUAAAACUGAGCAACAAGAAAACAAUCCAGUUAGUAAACAGACAAAGAAUCUGAACAGACCCACCAACUAAGCUUUGCAGAUGUAAAUAAAUAUAUAAAAAGAUACUCAACAUUCAUGGUUAAGGAUUUGCACAUUAAAAUGAGGUACCAUCAUUCACCUAUUAAAAUGGCUGAAAUAAAAAAAUCUGUCAGGGUCGUUGCACGGCAAGGACAGGAACUCUCGCUCAUUGCUAGUAGGAAUGUAAAAUGGCACAGCUAUUUUGGCAGUUUCUCUCAAACUAACACAAUCUUACCAUAGAAUCUGGCAGUUAUGCUCCUAAUUACCCCAAAUAAAUUGAAAACCAUGUUCCCACAAAAACCUACAUAUACAUGUGUCUUGCAUCUAUAUACUUGUGAGCAAAACCAGAAAGCAAUCAAAAUGUUAUUCUUCAGGUCAAUGGAUAAAAAGGAAGCUAUGGUAUAUUUAUAUAAGAAUAUUAUUCAGCAGUAAGAAGAAAGAAAAGUCAAUUUAUAAAACAUCUGAAUAAAUCUACUUUCAUGUUUUUAAGUGGAAGAAACCAGUUUAAAAAGACUAUAUUACUGUAUAAUGCCAGUUACAUGACAUUCUAGAAAAGACAAACCGAGCUUUCCAAAAAAAGAUCAGUGGUUGCCUUUGAUUUAGGGAGAGAAUACGGCUGGAUUAGUGAAGUAGAGAAGCUUUCGUGGGACAGUGAAGCUAUUCUGAAUGAUACUGUAAUUAUAGAUAGAUGACAUCGUGGAUUUUUCAACACCCAUUUAUACUCUUCGCUGUGCAAAAAAAAAAUUUAAUUUAUGCACAUAAACAACAGCAACAACAACAUCAACAAAAUCACUGGGGAGAUUGGGAGUUGGAGAUUGGAAAGCAAAAUCUGAUAAAAACACUAACUUCAUUGCAUGGAAGAGGGUGAGGGAGGGAGCUGCUGAUCUAAGUAAUUUUAGAAAUGAAUGUGUUAGAUUAAAAGCAAAAGAAACUAUGUAUGAACACUGCAGUGUAGCUGAUAAAAUUGUUUCCCUUGGAAAUACAAGCUGGCAAUUCCAAAAACGGCCAUAAUGUGUACUGGAAUUGAACAGUUAAGUAAAUGGAUGGCAGAUGGUAAAGCUUAGGCUGUCACCCUGGACUGGAAGUUUACAGAUAAGCAAGGAAAACUAGCGUGAUCCAUAUGGUACUGAACUAGAAUUGGAGGGAGCAGUACGCAUUUAAGUUUAGCUUAAUAUAGCUACAGAUGGUUACACACAGAAAUAUGGAUGUAUAUGUAUGUUUUGAUGCAUGAGAACAGCUGAGAGGGUUUAUAAGUAACAAUACCCAGAAGCAGCAAGAAACCUAGUUCCAGAGCUUGGUUUCUAAUACCACUCUCUAAUAAAAAAGCCAGGGCCCUUUAGAGAACUGGCUUUUUUAAAGACAGGAAAAUAUGCGAGAAGCCUGGCAUGCUUAUAGUGGUAGAAAGUAAGCAAGUGCUAAACGAAACAAACAAAAACCACACACCAUGAUGCAAUAUGUCAGAGACGUCUGUGAGAGCCAAAGGAAGAACUCCCAGUGGCCAAAGGUGAAAUAAUUUGAGCAAGGAAGUAAAAUCCUAUUGCAUUGUAACCUAAAAUAUAAAAUAAGUAUCUUGAGUCAGUCUUGAUGUAAACAAAUGACUGAGUAAGUGCAGGCUGGAGAAAAGGCAACUUUCUUAUGUGAUACUCACGUGGAUACUCUGCCCUCAGAGAACAAAAUUGCUCAAACCCAAGUGUGGGCUGCACACAGUGACUUGUCUUCCAAAGGUAGAGUGUGGAAAAGGGAGCAGGGGAGGGGGAGGGACAAGCCUGACAAACACUGUCAUAACCAAGUGCUCAAGGUCACUAUCAGCAGGAAUAACCCACGUAGAUAAUGUGGUGUGUUCUUGGUACAAUGUGAUAAAAAUGACUCUUUACCUUAUGGUCUCCUCUUCCAAGCAAAAAACAUAAACCUAAAACAUAAACCCAGGAGGCAAACGGGAAACCCAAAGAAGUGAUUUGGGGAAGAAAAUGAAAGAAAGACAAGAAAAAAGAAAAAGAAAGAAAGAAAGACAAGAAGAAAGAGAGAGAGAGAGAGAGAGAGAGAAAGAAAGAAAGAAAGAAAGAAAGAAAGAAAGAAAGAAAGAAAGGAGGAGGGAGGGGAGAGGAGAGGAGAGAAGAAAUAUAUAUGUACUCCUCAAAACUGUCAGACUGUCAAGGUUAUCAAAAAUAAGAGAAGUUUAAAAAGUUAUAGACAGAGGAGCCUAGGGAGUCAUGAGGACUCAACUCAGUGUGGUAGCCUAGAUUUAUUUCUCCUUUUCCUAACAAUGUACCAAUAGUUGUUAAUGUACCAUACUAAUGAAAAUGUCAAUACUAGGAAAACUGGCUACAAGUAUGCAAGGGAACUCUCUGUACUAGCUUCAUGAUUUUUCUGUAAAUCCAAAACUAUCCUAAAACUAAGCUUUAUUUUAAAAAUGUUACCCAGACUUCUUGUCUAAGGGCUGCUACUUUACACAACCACAGGACACAGUGAUGUAAAACUCAGUGAGAAUAAUCUCCUAGGGAAACUCUGAUUGACAAACCCUGCCUCACAGGUUUGCUCAGGAGGGAGGGCUGGGCUGCUGCAGGCUUUCUGACAGGAAUGAAAGGCACUUUUGCCUCUUGUUGAUUGGCCUCAGCCCAACUGCAUAGGAACAGAGGGCACAGCCAGAGCCAGGUUAGGAAGACCUGACUGGCUUCUCCUGUCCUGGCCCAUGAUCUGUACUUCAAGCCCUUGUGCCCCAGUGACCAUGAUGGCCUUGGUGCUUCAGCCUCCUGCAUCAGGAGCCAAUUCCAGUGGGCCAGGGAAGUCCAGGGAUAUGGGCAUUGCCUUGAUAGGAGCAGCAUCAGCAUUCCUGAGUGCUGAGGAGAACAUUUCCCAGAUCUGAAGAGAUGCUACGUUUGCCUCUUUGCUUGCACAAGAGACUAAAAGAUAAAACAUUUGUUGGCUUUUUAAAAAAUUUGGACAUUCAACCAAAAUAUGUAAAUGAAAUAUUAAAUCCUCAUAAAUUAUGAGACCUUCUCUUUGGUAUUCGGUUCAUAAAUUAUGUUCCACCAGAGUUUUAGAUCAUAAAACUCCCCUGUUCUGAGCCAAACUAAUGGUCUUUCACUUUCUGUUCUAUAAAUUAUAAACCCCAGAUGUGUCAAAUUAUGUAAUGAAAACUGUAUAAAAUUUGUUUUUUUAAGAAACUUCAUAAAUUUCUUGUUUUAUUGAAGUCUAUUGGUCUUAUUUUAAUGGAACAGAAGAAAAAUUAACCUUUCAUGUUUUCAGGCUUUUUUUCCCACAUUACAGAGAACCCUAAAUUGUUAGAACGGAAAAGGAAAGUGCUUUUUGAGAUCCAGUUAUUUGACUAGAGUAGAUGCAGAUGCUGAGAUAAACCACUUGCUGAAACAAAUGUAUGUUUUUGUGUUCGGUCUUGAAUCUUAUCUGCCUGCAGCAGCAGCAGCAAACUUAAUAACAAACGAGGUUCAAAGAGAUGCAGCGGCUAUUUCAGCCUCUUACCUAAUGUUUUCACAGGGCUCUGUAGAUUUGGUCAUUAUGCCCAUUCCCUAAUCAAACUCGAAAGGCUUAUCCUCUGCUUCCUACAGCCUUUCCACAAAGCAUGGCUUAUAAUCAUUAGUAAAACAGUAAAUGUGUGUAAAUAUGUGUAAUAGUCAUAUUUCUGAGACAUUCUUGAAGUACAUAUUUUAAAGGCUCUCCACUUGCCUGUGAAUUGUUUUUGCAUUUUCAAGUUGCUAUAUUUUGCAAUGACUUCUCAUUGAUUUCCAAAAUUUACUCUUCAGCUCAUGAGAGAUACAGUUUUUACAGUGAAAGUAAGUCAAAUAGAUGCCAUUUGAGGGUCAUUGAUGUCAGUUAGACAUUGUUUUAUUCUCUUUGUGCAGGAUAAUACUGCAGGAGACAGUACCAAUUACAGGAGGACUAUGUCUAAGGAUGCUGAUAAAGAGGGAUAUUUUUAAGGCUCUCAAAUUUCCCUAGGAUGAGGUGGAAUUCAGAGACCUUGGUUUUCUUCAAAGGACCUGGUCCUUAAAUUGUCAGAAAAUGUGACUGGACUGCUCUAUCAGCUGAGCUAGGAGGGGGCCUGUUAGUAUUCGAGGGGGUGGGGAGGGGCCGGUGGAGCCUAGCGUGAUGCGGAAGGUGGGACCAACACUCCUAGAAUGCCUGUUGAACCCACUUGUCUGCGUGAAUCGGGCUCCUGACCACUGCCGGUCUUGGCUUUUCUCCCCUCUCUGCCUCUUCCCCAGCAGCGCAGACUGCUCCAGCCCCCACCAGGAGGCCAGGUUCUUGGCCAGAGCCAGCUUCUGCCUGCUUGCUGUGCUCCACCAAUGCAGUUGGCCUUCCCAGCCAGCUUGACCGCGGGGACCUACAUCUCCUCCCCAGGUGCCCAGAGUCCCUUCACUAGAAUCGGAUCUUUUUCACCUUGUAAUUGGAUCAUUGCAUAGUGGGUUUCAUCCACAAUAAGUGUUUUCUAAAAAAUAAAAUUCAGUGUUAUCUUUCAGGACGUUACAUGUAGGAACAUUUACCCAGCAAAAACUGCCAAGAUAACAUUAGUAACUGAUUAGAAAAAAAACAGUAAAGGCGUCUAACUCUCCACAUUUGAUCAUACCAUUUUAAAUUCUUUUCGCAGAAACUGCAGGCAUCCAUUUUUACUUUUUUUUUUUUUUCUUUUUUGAGACAAGGCCUCACCCUUCAGUUCAGAUUGGCCUUGAACCCACUAUGGAGCCCAGGCUGGCCUUGAACUCAUAGCUCAAAACUAUCUUCCUGCCUCAGCCUUGGGGAUUACAAGUGUGGGUCACUGCCCAGGGCUGAGACAUCUGUUUUUGAAAAGAAGUAUCAAAUGUUAUUAACUUCAUAAUCAUUUCUCUGCAGAUAAUCAAACUAAUCAAAUACUAUUUGCUAAAGGAAGCUAAAACCACAGUCAAAAAGAUUGUGAUGAUGUGAUCAAUGUUCUUAAGUAACAGAUCUGAAAAAAAUAUAUAUAGUUUCUUCAUAACUUGAAGUAAAUAAUAUACCAGUACAUUCUUAUAUAAACAAAAUCAAAAUUUAAAAAUGCAAAUUUCAACAUAAAUAAAUUAGAGGACUAUUUUACUUGUCAUAUUGUGACUUUCCUGAUAUAAUUUAGAUAAAUAGAUAAUUCCUGUGGCAAGAUUCAGGAAGAAUUUAAUUCUUUUACAAAUAUGGCUUGUAUUUGAUUUUUUAAAAAUGUUUUAAAAGUAUUGAAGAUGGAUUGAAGAUGGAGCUUAGUGAGAGAGAGCUUACCUAGCAUGUACAAAGAUCCCCAGCACCGCAAUGACAACAAAAGAAAAAAAAAAGUAUUUUCAGCAUGGAGAAGUAUUAUAUAACACAUGUGAACAGUUUAAAGAAAAACAGUAGGAAUAUUUCUCUGCUUACUGCACAGGUUAAGGAUGCAAAAUUUGGUGCCUGUGAAUCUCUCCUAAAUCACAUUCCUCUGCACAGAGAAAGCUACUCAUCCGAAUUUUAUGUUAGCUUAUUUGCUUAUUUUUCAUUGUAAUUUAUCCACUUUCUCCUAAAAUAGUACAGUGUUUAGUCUUUUCUGGUUUGGAAUUUUAUGUAAAUAGAAUCAUAUUUCGUAUAUUUGUACAUGAUCUUUAACAUUGUACUGUAUUCCAGUCUAUGAAUAUAUACAGUUUAUCCAUCCUACAGCUGACUUAGAUUUGGGUUGUUUCUGGUUUCCUGCUAUGAUGACCAGUCCUAUAUUUAAUAGUUUCUUUGACAUAGGCUACACAGGUAGAUAUUGAGAAGUGGCACCAGACUAUAAUGUGUACAAGAUUUUGAGCUAUAGUAAAGAAUGCCAAAAUUUUCCACAAAUUUUCCCGUUUCUGUUCCCACAGGCAAUGGAUGAGAGUGCCCAAUGCACUGCAUCCUCUCCAGGAUUCCAAAUUUAUUUGAGCUUAGUUUUUCUAGAGUAGCAACUAUGAAAUGGUAUCCAAUUGUGGCUUCCAUGUUUCUUUCUCCAAUUAGGUAUCUUCUCAUGUGUUUAUGGGCUAUUUAUGUUUUCAUUCACCCUACAAAUAUUGUUUGGGUAUCUCCCAUGUGCCAGGCACUUCAGGUCUCUCCUUUGCUUCUUUGCAAUGGGUGAAUCAAUUGCCUAUUUUUCUAUUGGACUGUUGUUCUUUACCAAGGAGUUCUGUAUGUGUUCUGGGAAACCCCUUCAUUGAUAACAAAUGUGCUGCAAAUAUAGUCUCCAAGUUUGUGGCUCUGCUAGAGCUCUUUUGUUUUACAUGAUCAGGUCCUUUUCUGAUACUGUCUUCUAAAAGGUUUAGAAUUUUACCUUUCACAUUUAAGACCUUACUUCCUGGAAUAUACUCUUACAUCAUAUGAAAAAUAAAUCCAAUUUCUUUUUGCCCACAUGCCGAACUGACUUUCCAGCCACCAUUAUUAAGUGGUCUGUCCUUUGCCUGCUGAUCUACAAUGCCCCCUUUGACCUGAGUUAUGUCCCUGAUGGGUAUGUGUGGAUCUGUUUGUGCCUUCUUCUGUUUCAUUGUUCUGUUUCUUUCCCUUUCUCUAUUGCAGAUCUCCUAUUUCCCUGUACUAAUUACUCAUAAAAAUAAAAGAAUAAUAAUUACUGUUUUGAAAGAUAAAUGUACAGUGUCUGAUACAUACUCCGCACUUUAGUAGGGGACACAUUUUAAUAUGUUUUAAAAACAAUAUAAAAUUUUUUAGAGAAUUAUACAUUCAAUAGACACAACCACUUUUUCUGUUGAUCAGUUACUAUGACCUAGAAAAGUCACUUUUGGACUGGGGAUUGGCUCAGUGGUAGAACUCUUGCCUGGCAUGCAUAUGGCCCUGGGUUUCAUUCUCAGCACCAUAAAGAAAACGUCAUCCUUCCUUCUCCCUUGAAGACUGUCAUUCCAGAGGGGUCCUGCCCCAUAUCCGGGAGGAAGGCAUGCUGCACAAAAGUCAAGAACAAUGUGGACAAACCUUGCUUCCCUGUCCACUUCAUAAACUCUUUGGGAGAAUUUAGGAGAAGAUGAAACUUCAGGUUCUUUUCUCGUCCUCAGUUAACAGACUUUUAGGAAGGUUAAGUGAAGAAGGUGUGGCUUUGAUAGUUUGUUUCCUUUUUCAGAUUUGAGUUUUCAAAGAGAAAGUGAUGCUGAAAGAGUAAAGAAAUAUAUUUGGAAAAGAUACUCGGUCAUAAAUAUCUAGAGCAUCUAGAUUUUUAUAUAUUACUUUUGGGCAUAUCUUAGUAUAAACCAUCUCAGCUUCCUUAUAAAAGACCCCAAUUUUUUUUAUGAAGGAUAAGGAAGUACUGUAUUUUAACUAUUAAUGAAAGAAAUGUUCUUUGCUCUGUUGGUCUUGGACUUUCACAAAAUACUUGAUUCCAGAUGUCAAAUUGUUUUUUCAGAAGCCUUGUUAGAGUGCCAGAGCAUUAGAUUUUUGAAGGCAUUUCCAAACCCCAGCUGAUUAUCACAACACGCAGGAAUCCUAACUUUCAAAGCUUAGCUUUGGCCCUAAAGUGUAUCAGCAGCUGCAAAAAAUAUGUGCGAAGGCACAGGUUCACCAGACUGGGACCUAGUGUCCUUACAUGGUAAAUCUGUGAGUAAAUUUCCUUUUCUUCUUUGUUAUCAGAGAUACGGUUCUGUUGUUUAAAGAAUGCUAAAUUUCCUUGAUUCUAUCAAAAAUAGCUGGAGCUUGAUAAGCUCCAUAACGCAAGCUAGUUUAUACAUUCCAUUACAUAACAUUGCAUAUUUUAACAAUUGUUUAUUUUUAUUAAUUCUUGUAUUAAGUAAUGAAUUCAUCUUACAUUUUGUAUUAGCUCUAUAUUCCUAGACUGCAUUAACAAAGUAACCUUUCCUAAAAAUAUUUCAUACAUAAAAUUGGUACUCUUUUGGAGAGAUUACAUUAUUUCCUAGGGAACUGACUGUGCUUUUCCAAGGAUGGAGACAAAGUCCCCUCAAUACAUACCUUUACCAUGAUGAGGACAGGAGGGAAUUAGGGGGAAGCAAAGAAAAAUUUCUGAGCCAUAUCACCUCAGGUAAGAGGGGAAAUCUUCAGUGAGAAAUAAUCAAGCUCAGGCAAAGACAGCAAAGACCAGAGACUAUAGUCACAGGAAGAUGUGCUUGUCCACAGUGGAAGGGACAUUGUAAUUUGUCAUGAGGGACUAGCUAUAAGAACCAGGUAAACAAGUGGUAGAAGACCCCCCGAAAGAUAAAACUCAGUAUUUCCACCAGCAGACUCAAUAUUUCUAUCUUCAUUUGUGUCAUUUAGCCAAUUGUGCUGAACAUCUCAUAUAGCAUAGCAGACUCUACACUCAACAAAUGCUUGCUGUCAGAUGGAGUGGAAUUAUAAUGACAGUCUAUAGUAAAUGGGAUACCAUCCCAGGCUUAGAACCUUUCAAAUGUUUUAAAUUAAUUUUUUUAAAGACACAUUUUAUUUCCUACUGUUGGCCUUAUGCCUAGAAUUUGAUACACGUAGGAAUUUGAAAACCAGUCCUCUUUCUCUUCCCAGUUGUGCAAGCACAUUCUACAGUGGUGGAAUAAUUCGGAAGGAAGCCCUAAUGAUAUUAUUGCAGAGCAGGCCUGGGUAAACUGGGGGUUCUGCUUUCAUCAGUUUUUAAAUCCUUUUCCAGCUAUUGAUUGAGGCUGCGGUUCAGCUGACCUUUCUGUAGUUGCUUAAGAUUCUUGCCUUUCAGAGCAGAAGCCAGCAUGACCAGAAUAGUUCUGAGGAGACCUCAGCAGCAGCCCUCUGUGGAAACCUCAAAAAGAUAGUGAGACACAGUGCUUACCCUCAAAUGGCACGGCAGUUGUCAUCAAGGCAGCUAUCAGGAGCUUCAGAUGUCUCUUUCACUGCGUUUAUAUUUAAGACCCAAUACAAUUAAUUGUCUGCUGUCCUGGCUUCUGGAUAAAGACAGAUGUAUAUUCCAUGGACACUUUGGUAAGGGCUGGUGAUCCAGAAAUGCCAUUUAGUGAAAGAGACUGACAGGGACUGCACAGCAAGGUAGUAAACACAGCAUCAAUCCCCCCUUCAGGGUCACCAUUUACUUUGUCAACCAAAUAAGCCUCCUACUUCAGGCAGGCCUGUUAGCAUUCUAAUUGUUUUUCCAGGUAUAUGAAUUUUUCUUUAUUAUACCUGACCUCAACAUUUUUAGUUUGGUUUUUAAAUCAUACUCUAAGUUACAUACUGAGAUUUCUUCCCUCAGAUGUUUAAUUUAUUUAACCCAAUGAGUUAAUAGCAAGUUAUUGGUUUUUUUUUUUUUUUUUUAAUUUUAUUUAUUUUUUUUUAAGUUAUUGGUAUUUCUUUAGACUUCGGCCUCCCUAUCAGAAUGUUCUUGGUUUGCUUCAUCAUGCCCUGAAGUGUCUGUUGUAAGGCUGUGAAAAUCUGUGGGCCACACCAAAACUGGCUGCUGUGGGUCCCUGCCAAGGCGCUCAGGUAGUGAUCUACAAAGCAUGUGCUUGAGAGUAGAGCUGGCUCUUAAGACAUUAUCUUGUCCCCCACAGACGAACCACCCUCUCUACAGCAAUCCAGGCCCCCUCUGAUGAUAGCUGUACCCUUUCAGAGAUUCUCCCUCCGUCCUUCCCACCGCCAUACUUCCAGUCCAUGCUCCUUGUUAGUUCUUGUUCCCCAAGGUUGCUACACCAGAAGGAAAGGGAUGUUUCUCACUGGCUUGGAACAGUGUUAAAUGCUAAUAUAGAAAUGAAUGCCAACUGCUCUGGGAGCCUAGAAAGAACUACACACCUGCUGUGGAAGUUAACCCUUCACUACAGAGGCAAUGUUAAUCUGGAUCCAGAACUAUAUGUAGGAGAUCCAGGCAGACAAAGAUGAAAGAUAUUUUAGGUGUAUAUAUAAAAAGCACAGAGGUGUAACAGAAAAAUCUCCACAGAACACUAGGAUGUUUAAUGUAGCCAGAACUUAAAGUGACAGGAGGAAAAUUAGGCUAGAGUCUAAUACCAGGCGGCAAUGAUAAAUGAUUAUGGGUCAUGUAUUAUAGUUUUAGAAAAAAGUAAUGAAGGUGUUUCAUUCAGGCUGUGCUAUGACCAGGUCUUGCUCUUUGGGAAAAUCUCUACUGUAGAUUGGAAAGACAAAACACUGGACUCAGAGCUCCUGGAAUAGUUCACACUAGAAACCCUGGGCCUGGACUAACAGUGACCAUAGGAAUGGAGAGGCAAGAUGAGGUUGGAGGGCACUCGGCAUCGGCCUGUGUGUUCUGUCUGCCUUCUGUUGGGAUCUCCAAGUUGACAUGGCUUCUUUCUUCCAAGAUUUCCAUCCUCCCACCUUCCUAUCCUUUUUGCACUGUUCCAUAUAAGAAGCCCCUAUUCCUUGCUUCCACUGCUGUUGGAUUUACAGAAUUGCCAUAAAGGAAGUAAACAAAAAAUUAAAUGUUCUCAUUUAUUUGUAAUUUUCUAUGCACCAUUUCAUUCGGUUUGCCCAUUCAUGCAUAUCCAACCUGCAGCUUGUGAGUUGAAACACCUGGCUUGCCUGGUUCACAUUAAAGAAAGGGAAAUUAUCUUGGACUGUGUAGUAAAUAUGUAAUAGAAUGAAUGUGUAUAAGUAACAAAACUUCCCUUAUCCUUUAAGAUUUUCUGUUAUAAGAGGAGCAUAUCCAACCCAUGGGCAACAGCUUAGACAUGAAUAAGAUAUGCAUGUCAGUGGAUGUAAUUUGCUCUACUUCAAAAUAAUAAGCGGCAUAUAAUGAAAUUUGCUUUUUACCAAUUUUUAAAAUGAAUUACAUUUAUAUGUACUAAAACAAUAAGAUUCCCAGGAAGUGAUUUUUUCAAAAAAGCAAUAGAAUCCAUGACAAUAUAUACAACAAAGAAAAACACAAAUCAAAAUUGCAUACUUCAUGCAUAUAAUUAUGUAAAUGUCAGGAAAGUGGUUAACCUUGUUUGAAUACUUUACCAAAAAAGCAAGAAGGAGACAGGGAGAGGAAGGAAAAAGAGGAAAUGAAAUAAAGCAGCCAAAAGCAGAGAUUUUUUCAAGGUAAAAAAUUCCUCUUUCAUUCAUACGUUGUCAAGGGCAAAGGAAAUUAGUAAGUAUGUCUUUGUAAUACUGCAAAAGAAGGAUUUAGUUUCAUGGAUUAUUUUUAUUACAACUUCUGAAAUUAUUUGUGACAAAGAAAUGCAAUGGAUCUAAUACCACAUUUUAAACAAGAAAAUCCGUAUUAUAAGCCUGUAUCUGUCUUGGAAUGGCUGCAAGCUCAAAUUUGUCAGUUUAAAAUCCCAUGGUUAUCCAGUUUUAAAACAAAAGUAGUAAUACCCCAAAAAUGGGUGUUGCAGGAAACAAAUGACAGAUUUAAAUAAAAAGAACUGAACUCUUUUGAAUUUUAAAUAUAGAAUUUCCUGAUAUAAUCUCUACUAUGUACAUACAGACAGAUACAAAUUAUGUAAUGUUUGUUAAUUUUAAGUGUGCAAAUUAUUAUAAAAUCCCUGGAUCAAUAUUACAAAAAGCCAACCAUCAGUUCUUUCACUUUCAGAUUUCAAAAAGCCUCUUUUCAUCUUUAAAUUGAAUAGACAACCUUUAUAUUUAGUGCUGAAACAUACAGUGGUGUCCCUUUGAAAUCUCUGAUUAGUAGCAACCAUUGUCUAAUUAGAUGAAAACGAUAAUCUAAGAAAGCCUAUCAGUUGUUAUAGAAGCAGAUAUUAUAAUUCAAGCAUAUUUGCAGAUGCCCGCGAAUUGCUGGAAAGCUGCAAGUUUAACUUUCCGCUCUGAUAGAGUUUUAAAAGAGGUCAGGGUACGUUGUACCAUAGUGUCUAGCAGUGUGAGUUUAUUCAGACCUUUUGGCAGACAUUGCUGCACACUCAAGCUAAAUCAAUGAAUCAUCCAUUGUUGGCCAGCUCCGCUCUCAGUUGCUAAGAGAUUUUUCAAGCAUACUAAGGUUUUAUUCUCGAUGGCCUGUAGAAAGGGCUAAAUAUAUUGUCUUAAAAUGUCUCAUUUUUCCUAAAUUAGUAAUUAAAACUUUGCCUGGAACUUUAAUUUGGGGGCAAUAGGAAAGUCUGUGUGUAGCUGGAGUUCUUUCUGCUGGGAAAAUACAGAACAUACCUUGCCUAUAAUUCCAAAAUAUGUGGGUGAAGGAAGUGGAAAUGUUUGAAAAGCAAACAUAGAUAUCAAACACAAAAACUCAGAGAGAAGUCUAAACUCUGAAAAAAUAAAGUGUGUGUGUGUUUAUAAAGAAGAUUUUCCUUAAUUUUUAUUAAAUAUGCUCUAAUUUUCCUUGUUUCUCUUUGACUCACAAAGACCUUUUGUAAUGUUGCAUAUUAUUUCAAGGCUCUGAUGUAAUCAUUUUUAAAAAUGUAAAAAUUAAAAACUACUACAAUAUAAAAGUAUGUAAUUUUAGCUUGUUUUUUAUGAAUGUUUAAAGUAUAGUCUAUUCUUUAUAUUAAUGACAAUAUAUUAAAUAGUUAUAAAUAACUAAAAGUAGAUUUUAGACAUUCUCAUCACAGAUAUGUGAAAAAUAUAUGUGGUUAUAUAUAUAUAUAUUAAUUAGCUUGAUUUGGUAAUUCCAUUAUAUAUAUUUAUUGCAGAAUGAUGUAAUAUGUCACAAACAUAAUUUUCGUCCAUUGAAAAUAAUUUUUAAAUGUUUAUUAUGCUUACACAUAUUUUAUAUGUAUGUCAUUUCUGAAUACUUUGAGUUUUAAAAUAUUUGAUAGUUAUUUUAUUUCUGUUCAUUUUUACUUGGUAACAAUUUGACCUUGAGAUUCACAUAAUUUAUCAUGGAGGCUAAUAUUUUAAUAAGAGAAAAGGGAUAAUUGGGACUGUAUAUUUUAAAAGAGACUAUAAUGAGCUUAAAAACAAGCUAUUUUAAGCUUAUUGGAUUUAGAUCUAAUGAUGAGGUAAUCUUCUCUCUUGGUUCCCCAAGAUGAAAUCGUAUUUCAUAAAUGCCCCAUGAUGACUACAUCAACUAUUUUUAAAGGAACUUUUGGGAUGGAACAUGGACUUUGGAGUCAAACAGACCUGGUCUGUCCAAGCUCUGUAUUGUGUGACCGUGACCAAGUUACUCAACCAGUUUGGGCCCUAACUUUUCUAUCUAUAGUGAAAGCACAAUGCAUGUCACACCAGGUUCUUACUGUAAAGAUUCAAACCAGGAAACAGCUCUGACACAUAAGGUCUCCUAGAUAAAUGCCAGUUCUCAGUUAGCUAAUAUCAAUAUGCUCUUAAAAGCUCACAGCCAAACACUGUUUUAAGUAGACAACAUGUUUUGUUUUAUUUCUGAUUUCAAUGGGAAUAUAUUCAGGUGGGUGGGUGAAAAUAUUCCAGGGCCUUGGGAUAAGAAGACAUGGAGGAGCCAUGCAUCUUGGCUUCUUGGAGAGAAGCAAAACAUAUACAGAGCUUGCCCUUCCACUCUAUCUGAGGUCCCCCAUUUCUCACAGAGGAGCUUACCUUCUCCCAAGACUUCGGUUCCCAUGUGGCAUUUCCAAUUUGCCAUGUACCACUGCAGAGCAGGGCUGUCUGGAAGGCACACGAGGUCAGCUGUGCCGCAGGAAAUGGGCCAUCUCUUGGUACGAUCCCUGCUACUGUUGACCCAGAACAUUACUUUUUAAAGACUUUACACCCAGCUUACCGAAUGUAAGGAAUGACCCCAUUUAUAUGCGCAAGCUUCCUGACACCUGUGUUUAAAGACAACAUCUCCAUAUCUGUACUAACAACCUGAUGAUGUAUGGCCUUUUCAGGACCUAGUACCAUAUUUUCAUAAUGAGUUUUUCAGGUAUCAAGAAAAACAAUACUCUUCCUCAGGUAUUUGGCUGUUUCCUUCUGUAAUCUUAGAUAUAAUUUAAACCCUAUUUCUUUUAGGUAAUCUUUGUUAUGUUAGACAGUUGGUCAAACUGAAUCAGAGUCAUACCCAUUUGGAUUGCCUAAUUAAACUGAAAAGAACUGCUAGCAUGUUGCUCUAAGGAUUGUAUGAAAUGGCAGCUAUACAGAACUGAUAAAUUAUCAGAAAGCAACUGCAUAAAAAAGGGAAGGCCUCAAAGAACUUGACACCAGCAAAAGAAACGUAUUUGUUCUUCUCCAGAGAAAGUUGAAGAUGGUAGAAGGAGAAUGUAGCACAUGUGAAUUGCAGCGCUGACCUGGAUUUUCUAAAUUUGUGUGUGUGAAUGUGUGUUGUGUGUGUGUGACAGAGAGAGAGAGAGAGAGAGAGAGAGUAUGAGAGUUACAAUGUGUAAUUCUUAAAGGAAAGUUCCACAAACUGUGUAUGUGUGCACAUGCAUGCAGGCAGGCGCACUGAAAAAUAUUUUAAGAACUUGUCAAAAAGUGGUUAUAGUACGAUUUCUUAACCUAAUAAAACUAGCAGAAGCGGGAACAUAGUUGUGAUCUAAAAUACAAUGUAGAUAUGUUGUAUUAACUAAUGAAUUUUAUUGUUAGCAAUUAUAUUGUCAGGCUCCUCUAGAACAGAUGAGUAGUAGUCACUUGCUGACAAAAAUGAGGCAAAACAAAACCUAAAGAAAAGAAGUCCAGGUUUAAUGUCUAACAACAGAAUGUACUCCCAUAUAAAAAAAAAAUCAGCAUAAACUGACUUCGUUUGCAGAAAUGGGGUUCAAAGAAACCCCUACAUGGAACAACCCCUCUGGUUUUCUGUUCAAGUUUCACUUUGCAAUUAUAACUUGUAUAAGUCAGUUUGAGAGAAAGAGAAAAAAAAACUGGGAGAGACAAUUUUCCUCACUUGCUAAAUCAUGGCUCAGAAACGUGUUAUAAAACACCAAGAACGGAAAAGCCAUUACAUAGAAUAUAAAGAAAUACUUGAGUCUACAAUGCCAUUGAACGCUUGGAUUCAGUUUCAGCAGACAUGCUCUGUAUUCCCACAAGAGUCUGGAAAAUUAACUCCUAUUUUUUUCUGUCUGGGGUAGCAGUUCGUGUUAUUAUUUGCUCCAUGGCUCAAUCUGGGUCAGACCAUUCUACAGUAACACAGGUAGAUGCUGAAACAGAAUCUGUUGAAAAGAUUGCAGAGGAACUGCUCCCCUAAAGCCAUUUUGAAUGGCAGUCAGCUAUGGUAAGCACAGAUGAAACUCAGCAGUACCCUUUCGAACAUGGUCAUGCAAUUUGUCAGCUGCAAUCCUGCAGCAGAAGUUCCAUUUAUAAUGGCUCAUUAGGAACUGGUAGUAUCCUCUAAGAAAUGAAUAUCACUGGACGCAUAGUACUUGUCAGCUGUGGUAAUGUAGAUUUGCACUUUAUGGAUUAGCUUAAUUUUACAAUAUGUAGUUCUAAAAAGAAAAUUCCAUAAACUAGUGGGGAGAGGCCUUGGACUUAAAGCAUUCUAAUUUAUUUGAAACUAGUUAUAGAAAGAUUUCUUAACCUAUUAAAUGUAGCAGGAUCAGGGAUGUAUAGCUCAGCAACACAGUGCUGCCUGGCAAGCAUGUGUAAGAACUGGAGUUGAUUCCCAAUAUCAGAAGAAAAGAAAGAAAACAAUAGUAGCAGAAGGAGGGAAACAGUUAUGAUUUAAGAUAUAUACAAUGUUUUGUACUAACAAAUGUAUUUUAUUGUCAACAACUACAUUGUUAAAAUAUAACAAAUAAACUUGCCAAGAGUACAACAUGUAUCCAUUUGUUAAUCAUUGCACAGGGGAAACUAUUUUACACUUCCUACCCUUGGAAUUAUUUUUCUGGUAAACAACUAGACAUAAAAUAGGCUGAACCAUCCAUUUAUUUUAAUAGCUAUUUAAAAUUACAGAAUAAUGGUCCAAAAUAAAAUUUGAACUGAUUUAAUACGUAAUUCAGCAUGAGGGAAAAAAAUAGAUCUUUUUCCAACCGGAGAGAGAUGUAAUUUUUUUCCUUUGAGAAUAAGUUAUUUUCCCCUUAAUAAGUUUAGGACUUGCCUGAACUAUAGCCAGCCUUAAGAAUCCUUUGUUCAGAAAUUCUAAUGUUACGUCGUCUAAGGAGCAACUGGAGGGUUGAAAAAUAGAUCAGUAUUUCAGUUUCUGACUCUAGGCUGUUUUUAAAGUAAAGCGCUGAGAGUUCCAAUUGAAAAACUGCAAAUGCUCCAAGACACUGUGCCUGGAAAUAAGAUUCCUAAAGAGUAGAGCUUAGGGAUGUUUAGGAGGCGCUUACAGAAAUGAGCCUUCAAGUACAUGUAAAGUACGGUGUGUCUUGCACGUUUUGAAUGGUUCUUCUCAGAUUUUUCUUGGAUGUAACCAAUGUAUUUCAUUUUGCUUUCUUCUGUCAUUCUUUUUGGUAAACCAAGCAGUUUAAAUAUCCAAGGACAAAAUUCUCACAAAUGUUCUUUCAUGGCUCACCGGAUCAAACACUAUCAGGCCCUCAGGGAGGGUCUCAGCCCACAGCCAACACGGACCGAUCCCUUCUUAUCACGGGAAACAGGCGCUCCUCUGUGGGUACGCACUCAGCUCUCUCAAGAGGACCUGGAUCAGCAAGGUUAAAUUAAUAUUUUUGGAGCAAAAAUGAGAAUUCUAAGAAGAUUUUUUAUGGCAAAUUGUAUUUUCUAGAAAUGAAACUUUAGGCCAGUUGUAAAUUAUCAGAAAAUUCAUAAAGCACACUACAUUUGUAACUGAAAUUAAAGAAUUCAGAAAGAAAAAACGAUCACACUAACCUCUGACUACAACAGUAUAGGAAAGUGUUGUGUGCUGUCUUUUUAAACUGUGUGAAAGACUUUUGACUGAGGAAAAGCUCACGUUUUUCCUUGGCUGAAGAGAGACAUGGAUUUUUUUUAAGGCUACACUUUCAGAACACACUUAAAAAGAACUAGGUGCAAAAGAGUUUAUGAAAAUGUUUACUUUUAAAUAAGAUAGUAAUAAUGCUUCUUAUUUUUGAAAUGUACAUGUAAUCAAAUAUCUGAUUCCAGUUAAACAAGUCUUUCCUUUUCUUUUAUGGUACCUGGGGUUAAACUCACAAUCUUGCACUUGUCAGGCAGGCAUUUAUACAGCUGAGCCAAAUCUCUGGCCCCUUUUUAAAAAUUGUAUUUUAAGGAGAAAAAAAACACAGAAAAGGAAAACAAAAAACAAGAGACAUACAAGCAACAACUACAAGAACAAUAAAAAACGCAAAGCAAUAACAAUGUAAGUUUUCAAAACAAGAUGAUAGGACUUCAACAAUUGUAAUAAUGCAUAUUGUUAUCUUCAAAAGAGUUGCUUAAAUUAGCAGAUACAGACAUGCAAAAUUGAUCUAAUCAUAUGAAUAUUAACGUGAAUAAGUAUUUUAACACCACUAAAAAGCUGCCUCUUUUAAAAUUCAAGGUAAUAUUUCCUUCAUUUCAGCUAUUUCAGCUUCAUUGCUGUUCUUUUCCCUUAAGAAUACCAUGUAAGAAAAAAGUAACUUGUCUGUCCUCUCUCCAGGUUAUUCUGGUAGCAUUUUAUCUAUCUGUGAGACUUAAGAGGCGGUCACUGCUUUCACAAGGGUAAAGGAUAGAAUGCACUCAAGAAAGUAAAAGGGGGAAAGAACCCCAGGGGGUGGAGAGAGUGGUAGGAUGUGGUUGGUGGAGGGGAGGUGGGGUAUGUGAUUGCCUGGAAAGGAGAGAGUGUGAAGCGGGUGACUGAAGUCCUGAAAACAGAGAUCACAAAGUUGCAGAGGUCACAAUUUGGAGCAGAUACAGGUUGGGGCCCUGGGUGGUUUGUAGGCUCCACCCUUUACAAAGAUUAUAAAAGCCUACGAUUCUGCGAGAGUACUGAGCAAUGCUGAGGACCUGAAGAAAAUUUACUGCCUGCCUGAAAAAAAGACAUUUUGCAAGUUUUGUUCUCUGAGGGUGGUGGCUCUCAAACCCCACCCCAGCUAUCUUCCUAGGACUUGAAUUAGGACCAUGGAGACACACAAGGUGACCCUGUCUCUGGUCUUUGCCAUCAGUAUUGCUGCAAUUGGCUCUUUCCAGUUUGGCUACAACACUGGAGUCAUCAAUGCUCCUGAGACGAUCAUAAGAGACUUUCUCAACUACACCUUGUCAGAGAAGUUAGGUAAGCCUCCCAGUAAAGGGCUGCUUACAACCCUCUGGUCCUUGUCUGUGGCCAUCUUCUCUGUGGGUGGAAUGCUUGGCUCCUUUUCCAUUGGACUCUUUGUCAACCGCUUUGGCAGGCGCAGUUCAAUGCUCAUGGUCAACCUUUUGGCCAUCACUGGUGGCUUCCUUAUGGGUUUUUGCAAGAUGGCUGAGUCUGUGGAGAUGCUGAUACUGGGCCGCUUGGUCAUUGGUGUCUUCUGUGGACUCUGCACAGGUUUUGUGCCCAUGUACAUUGGAGAGGUGUCUCCCACUGCUUUUCGGGGUGCCUUCGGCACCCUCCACCAGCUAGCCAUCGUCAUCGGGAUUCUGGUGGCUCAGAUCUUUGGCUUAAGAUCCAUCUUGGGUACUGAAAGGGACUGGCCUGUGCUGUUGGGCCUUCCCAUCAUUCCAGCCGUCUUACAAAGUGUAGCCCUUCCGUUUUGCCCUGAGAGUCCAAGAUUCUUGCUCUUUAACAGAAAGGAAGAGGCGAAUGCUACAGAGAUCCUCCGGCAGCUGUGGGGCACCCUGGAUGUGUCCCGGAGCAUCCAGGAGAUGAAAGAGGAGAGUGUUAGGAUGAGCCAGGAAAAGAAAGUCACUGUGCUGGAGCUCUUUAGGUCCCGCAGCUACCAACAGCCCAUUAUCAUCUCCAUUGUGCUCCAGCUAUCCCAGCAGCUCUCUGGGAUCAAUGCUGUAUUCUAUUACUCAACAGGAAUCUUCCAGGAUGCAGAUGUGCAGGAGCCAAUCUAUGCCACCAUCGGAGCAGGUGUGGUCAAUACUGUCUUCACUAUGGUUUCUCUGUUUCUGGUGGAAAGAGCAGGACGGAAGAGUCUGCAUAUGAUUGGCCUCGGAGGGAUGGCUGUUUGUUCCAUCUUCAUGAUGAUCUCUCUGUUACUGAAGGACACAUACGGUUUCAUGAGCUACAUCUGCAUCAUGGCUAUCUUGAUCUACGUGGCCUUCUUUGAGAUUGGACCUGGGCCCAUUCCCUGGUUUAUUGUGGCUGAACUCUUCAGCCAGGGACCCCGCCCGGCUGCCAUGGCCAUAGCUGGGUGUUCUAACUGGACUUCCAACUUUUUGGUUGCACUGCUCUUCCCCUUGGCUGUGGCCUCUUUAGGCGCCUACGUUUUUAUCAUCUUCACCAUUUUCCUCAUUAUAUUCUUACUGUUCACCUUCUUCAAAGUCCCUGAAACCCGAGGCAGGACUUUUGAGGACAUCAGACGGGUCUUUGAAGAGUACGCUCAGGAAGGCCCAGAAUCUGAGAAGAGCCCCGCCGUGGAGCUGAACAGGCUGCAGCCAGAGAAGGAAAUGGCCUCUGGCAUCUGAACUGACUCUCACCUCCCUCCUCCAGGAUAGCAGACAACAGCCUCUCCCCCGGCUCAGCUGGGAGCGAUCUCACCAGGAUGAGCGCAGGACUGCUUCUGAGUGCUGCCUUCCUGUUCCCCUCUUACCCUCCAGGGAGCCCCACUGGGUCAGCCAGUGGACAGUGGCUUCCUGAGUGUUUCAUUUCGCGGACCUUCUCUUCUGUGUAGGAGAGACCAGGUGAACCUACCUUCAUUCUGGGUUUUAUUGCAUAAAUAUUUAAGUGUAUUUUACCAAAUAGUGAAAAUGUAAAGAAAUGGAGAUGAGAGGGAGAUGUUUGAAGAAUGGUUAUAGAUACAGAAGGUUUAGUACCAAAGAAGGGAAAACUCGGGAAAAUGUCAUUUGUCAGUAGAGGGGAUGCAGUGUGGUUCCCCAAGUGAGCACAUGGCCUCAGCAAUUUCUGUGUCUCACAUACAGACUCUUUAAGUUUCAUUUCAAAAAAGACAUGUGUCUGUAUAGGAAAAACUACUACUAGUUUCCAUUGGAAGUUUUCUUUAGGAUUAUAGUUUAUAUAUGGCUCUUUUUCUGGGAUUGUUACUAAAAUGGACAUGGUAAUUAAAGGUGGUCAUGGGUUUUGGUUUUGGAUGUGGUCCAAAGAAUGAAAGAUUAUUUGUAGAAAACCUUCCCCCAACCCCAUCCUCUCUGGACCAAACAGCUCUUUCCCCUACAGUGGAAAGAAUCACAUGUUAAGUAAGUAGUUCACCACAUUCUCACACACACACACACACACACACACACACAUGUGUUCAGUAAGAAUCUAAAAUAUUGGUUCUCAGUAAAGGUUUGAUACUUCACUUUCUCCACUUUGUUUGGACAUUUUAUGUGUUGAUUUUUAUUUUAACUUAUAGCUUUAAAGGAAUUCAAGGGAGACUCCUCAUGGGUAAUUUGGAAUUGGUAACCUCGGCUCCAGGAGAGGAUUUUUCCUGAAAAGUCACUGUGUGCUUUAAGUAUUUUGUCAAUGUAGGAUCCAUGUCUGUUACCAUGUCAAGUUACUCUUGUACUAUGUUACCAUGACACGUGUCAGGUGCCCUGGGGGACCUGAAUCCUACCAAUAGACACGUUUGAGGCAGUGUCAGUAAAUAUGCACUGUUGUCCACACUUGCGAGAGUAGGAAUAUUUGUGUACCGUCACUUUGCUCAGGUGGAAGUAGUUUAUCAGCCACUUGCUUCUUUUGUUCCUGUAGUUUCCUUCCAAUAGAGUCUAUUAAAACUCAUCCCUGUGUAUAUCUCUGGGUGGCAUUUGCACCCAGAGCUUUCAGUUUAGACCCGUUGACUGUCCUUCCCUGCUGGAGAAUGGGGGAAGAACCACCUCCUUGCAUCCUGCAGUUGAAGGUAGGAGGCUCAGUCUCACUCUGGAUGGAGGGAGGCACAAUGAAAAUGGGAGAAUGUGAGACUGGCCAUGUGGCUCUGGGGGAUGCUGGUGUGGGAAGAGGAGGUGUUAAACUUUCAGGGGAAUAAGAAGCAAAUGAAGACUUGCUUCUAAUGGAGGAGUUCAGGCAGUCGCAGUGACAGCAGGACUGACUCCUGACAUGGUCCCUGGCAUUUCCACAACCAUCCCUUCAUCUCUCAGUGCUCUUAUACCUCACACUUUCUUCUCAGAUGCAACUUGAUCUCCAUUUCCCUCCUUGGUGUUUUCACGUCUCAGCCCGUUUGGCCAAACUCUUGCAGAUAAUAGUAUCUCAGUCCUUGGUUCUCACCUUUCCUGCUGCUCACUGAGUCUGUGGAUAAACGUGGUAUAACUAGGGAGGGAGGCUGUGUUGCAAAAGGUGACUUUCCUCAGACUGCACCUCUUCUGCCUCUUCAGUCACGUGGCAGUAAUGUGGGUAGAGUUGUUCCCAUUUCUCAGUGACUACACUGUAAAUAUUUCCAUUUGAAUUUUCUACUAUUAAUAUUAACUAUGGUUCUUUGUUCUGAAAUAAAGAUUCUGAAAGUACAAAAAAGAGAAUACCAUAUAAUCAUGGUAUUUGUGUAUGCUGUUUAAAUUAUCUGUAUUUGAUUUAUUUAAUCAUUCUCCAAUGCUCCCAGAAAAUGAAUACUGUAAAUAUAGGUUUUAAAAAAAGGAAAAUAUCUGUAAUAAAAGAUUUACUUUUCAUGAUUUUUUUAGUUUUCAUAAUAGGUUUCCUUUUUAUGGAGCUCUAGGCUCUUGGGAAAAAAGGAAAAAUUUCUAUAAUUUUAUGGUUAGACUUUGUCAACAUAGUAUAUUUCCUCAUAGUUACUUCUGAGUACUUAAAUGCUGUUUCUUUGCAGCACAAAAAUUUAUUGACAGGUAUUAAUGUAACAUACUCAGAAGUGCUCACUUUUUAGCCAGUGUUCUGGCAUUGUAUGGAUAAAGCUGUAAAAACCCCAGGCAUCCACCCACCAUGCCUUUGAAGAAAUGAAUCACACCAUGGUUGUGGAUCAGAUUUCUGCUUGCCUUUGUUUUUCAUUUAUGCACCAUCAUGCUGUGAAAGAGAUAUAAGAGUACUUAUAAGGAUAUAUAAAAUACAAGGUACAAGCAAUGAAAAGAUGGAUGGAAGAAUAAAGGAAGAAUCAUUGCCAUCAGGUAAAGCCAGGAGCACAGUUAGUGGUAUUCAGGGUCUGAUACUGUUGUAAGUGUGACACUGACACAGAUUCUACUGUAAGCUUUCUCAUGGCCAAAAUAGAUGUGAACUUGACAAGUGGUUUCGUUUAUGAUGACACAAAUAUACAGGCAAAUCAGUUAACCGAGGGAAAGACGUGUUUACUACAAGCUCAAAGAAACAUUUUCUCUUAGCGACCCUGUGUGGACAGUGUGGUGAGGUAAACUGUAUCAUUUAUCACAUUUUUACAGUUGGUGCAGUUCACCAACUUCAGUCUUACAGCAGCUGGACAGUCUUCGUCCAGGUGUACAUUUUAGCAUCUCUAGGAGAGUAGACUGUUCUUCAGAUGAUCCAUCCUGAUUGUUCUUGAUAAUGUUAAUGAACUCAAAUUUUUAUCAUGGAUCAAAUGUCUAAGACAGCAAUGUAGGGUCAUGGUUCUUGGAAGGAAAGAUAAACAACAAAUCAACAACACACACACAACCAAAAACCUUCUUGGACACAUAGGCCAACCAAAAAAAAGCAGAUCUUCUGUUUAACUGGGCUAUCAUAGAGAAAUCUAAAAAAAAAGGUACUAAUAUAAGUAAAACAUUCACUGAACUUGAGAAAUGUUGGCUUGUGUUGUCUCCAAGGUGAAUUACCUGAGAACUAUUGACACUAGCAACUAGACUGAUUUAAUUUCCUCCAUAUUAUUACUUAUGUGACCAACAAACAAUAAAAUAGCUUUGAUUUUUAGGCUACUUGAAUUGUAGCAUCCAAUUUUUGGUCAUUAUCAGCUAGUAAAUUUCUCUUACCAGUCCCCUCCUAGUUAGGGAUUCUGGGAAAACACAAUCCAGGUCCCUGUACACUUAUAGAGAACAUUUCUGACACCAGAUGGGAGGGAUUUUUAUCGCAGUGACCAGUUCUCCAACAUCAGGUGGGCAUCCUACAGUUUAGUUCAAUCUGACACGAUCUACCUGGAGUUAGUACCCCAUCAGUCAAAGGCUCACUCCCACAAGUUAAAGACUGAUUGGUCCCAGUUCAUAAGUCUGGGCUUUUUGAACUUUUGAGUGGCCAUCUGUAAACUGGAAGAUUUCUACAACCUACUGCUUGUAUUUAAUGAUUUCCUGGAGUAGCUUGUAGAAUUCAGGGGAAUUUUUUUUUUACCAGUUUAAUAUAAAGGAUGGGACGUAUGGACAGCCAGAGAGAAGAGAUUCAUUGGGUUAGUGUGAAGGUAGUCUAAGAAUGUCCAUGCCUUCUCUGGGUAUACCACUGUCACAGCACCAACACUGAAGUACAGCAGCUCUUGCUUCUCAGGAAUUUUUGUGGAGUUUAAUUUCUGUUUUCCACCAUUCUUGGAGGUCAGUGGUUGAGGCUGAAAGUUCCAACUCUACAAUUACUUAGUCUUCCUAGUAAUGAGUCUCAUCAUAAGGCUAUCUAGGGACCCACCUUGCCACCUUAUUAGUGUAAACUCAGGUGCAGUGGAAAGGCGCUUGUUAUGAAACAAAACCAUUCUUAUCACUCAGGAAAUUCCAAGGGCUUCAGGAGCUCUGUGCCAGAAACUGGAGGCAAAGACCAACCUAUUUCUUCUUAUACCACAGAGAUGAAAGUAUUCACUCUAUAAACAACGUUUGGCUUUCUGCUCUCUAUAGCAGAACAAGCAACUGUUUCAUCCAAAAGCAGUAUAGGAUCAAUGGGGAACAAUUUGAAAAGGAGAGAAGCCAGAAUAUGUUCACAAUCUUUUAUUGCUUUUGCAUCUUUCCUUUCCUCUCUCCUAAAAAAUAAUUGUACAUGGAGUGCAAGUAACAGGGAACCUUUAUCGCUAUGUUUCCUUAGAAGAGGGGACCAUUGUAGUAAGCCAUUUCAGUCCUUCUGUCCUUAGAAAACGGCUGCUGUUGUUGGUCAGUCAUACUUGAGAAUGAAUUAGCAGGUAGCUUCACUGCAGGAAGCAGAUUCUAGCAUUUUCUCUUUGCUCAGAAGAGCAGCCAUUGCCCUCUGUUCCCUAUUGUCUUGUGGAAAGUCUGUGCACAGGUGGGCAGAGAUGAUAAUGCAAUUUCAGAUUCUCCCUGCAUGCAAAUCAGGGAGAUUUGAGAAUCAAAUUCCCAAAUGGAAGUGGGAAACCUUGCCAGUUCUCCACUGGCCAUUACCAGGGAACUCUGGAUGAUGCUAGCAUUUGACCCACUCCACCCUCUGUUUGUCAGGGUCUCUUUCUAAUAGGCCUAAGGUGGAGUAGAGGAAGGGGAGUCAUGAGUAAUAUCCCUAACCACCAGCAAACAGAGCAAGGACACUGGAGCUGCACUGAACUUGACCCAAAGCAGAAGAAUGUAUGACAGCAUGUUCCUUUCCUUUCUAACCUCAGAUACAAAAUUAAGAAGAUUUUUUCCUCCUAUGAUAAAUACUAAGGAUGCUUCUGUUUUGUUGUUAGAUGUUUUUAAGGAUGUCAAGUUUGAUCACACAUUCUUUUGCCAUUAUCACUGAAUUAUAUUAGCAUAACUGUCAUAGAAUUUUUGAUAAUUUAUUAAUUGUGAUUCCACUACCUGAAAUUCCUACCCCUAUCUCUCCCUCCUUCCACUGCCUUUUGGAAGAUGAAUUCCAGUUUCAAAUACAGCAUGAAUUCCCUGAGUCAAGGAUUUAAUCUUUUUAAUAUAUAUAGUUAUAUACGUAACAAUCAUAUUCAUCAAAGGGCAUUUGUACCUAUACAUGAUACAUUGAUUUCUCUAUUUUUCCUAACCCUUUUUCCCCACUUCAUCUUAAGCAUCCUGCUGUUGUAUCACUCAUUCAUCGUUGGCCCAUUUAUUCAUUUUAUAAAAUCUCAUUAGCUUCUCCUACUGGGUGAGGCAUCAUGGCAGGCCCCAUAUAUUAUGUGACAGUAAAAAUUUCACCCUGACAGAAUUCACAGUCUCUAAUGAAGAUGCAUGCAUUGGACAAGAGGAUUGCUACCAAGUAACUAAAGCGUCAAACACAGUGUCCAACACAGCAACAUUGGUACAUGUAUGUUCAGCCAUAAUGGAAGUAACACGUAGUUUAAUUUUAAGCUAGGCUCGUAGCCUAAAAUUUAACGGACAAGAAGUAGAGAAGAAUUAAUGAACAUUUACUGACUACAGCAUUAUCCUAAAUGCUUUGCACACACUGUUUUACUCAGUACAACCACCAUCAGGUGAAAACAACCUUUAACAUCCAUUUUACAGAUGAGGAAAUUGAGACUCUGAGCAUAAGUAACUUGACCAAACAUCAUCAGGACAAGGAUUUGGACCAAGCUGUUUGAUUCCAAAUCAUGUGAAUUUAAUCAUUUGCUGCAGGACCUCCAGGGAUUAUCAGUUUUGAAUUCCGCUUAGUAAAUUUUGAGCUGGUGAGACUCACAACUGGCUGUCAGCCUGAGCACAAAACAUUCUGUAUUGAAAAUCGAUAAAAAUAGCUUCAUGAAAAGCACAGCAAAGGUGACACCUUCUUUCUUGUUCUUCAGAGAGUUACUGGUUGUCCUAAAGUGUUAGCAGUCAAUAGGGUUUUCCUGAGUGCUACAUCCAUAAACACCUAUGUUCCUUAUAGAUAUUUUCAUGUUAGAUGAUUCUGUAUAGUGCGUUUAUCAGUUGUGCUGGAAGGGAAAUGGUAAGACAGAUCAUGUUGUGUCUGCCCUUACUUCUAGGUUCACUUCUCUGGAAAAACAGCAAGAGUUAAAAUCAUUUUUUAUAAUUACAGUAAGCUAUUUGGAUUAUUCCUCUAGUCUCAUAGUGUAUGACAUUUAUUGCCUAUAUAACUUGCAUUUACAAGACUAAAAUUCAAGAAGCAGUUUAUAUUUUUCUUAACAAUAAUGUAUGUGAAAGUAUACCUCAGUAGCAGAGCCCUUGUCUAGCAUGAGUGCAGCCCUGGUGCUAUCUCCAGCCCUGUGAGAAAACCCACAGCACUAGUAACAGCAAUAAUAGCUUAAAUUGAGAGCCUACUGUGUGUCAGGCUUCCUACUAAAGCUUUUAUGUGCAUUAUUUCUUUUGUUUUCAUUGUUUCAUUUAAUCAUCACAGCAACCUGACAGGAUAAUCACUUUAUAAUCUGCACUUUAUGGUUAAGGACCAAAAACUGGAAAAGUCAAGGUUACAGAAUUAGUAAAAAUGUGCCAGAUCCUAUCGUCAAAAGAAGGUCUGGCUGAUCCCAGUGAGCUCACUGCUUUUCUGGACCACCUCUUUCCAGGCAGUCCUGACCACAGAGUCAAAAGACCACCAAAUGAGAGGCAGUGCCUUGAGUGAAGCAUCAAACAUGCAGGUUUCCCAGAGCAAACUUAUUUGAAGAGGUCUGCGUGGUUUCCAACUUAAUAAAAUUAUUAAAAAUAGUUUUAGAAUACAUUAACUCUGCUAAAGACAAGUUAUUAGAGAUCAUGGUCAUUAAGCUAUCAUUUAAUGUUUUUUUUUUCCCACUAAUCCUUUAUUUUCUUCUAAGAUGACUCUGGUUUUCUUUACCAAGACUAAACAGGAUGUUUUUCCCUAAGCCAUUCUGAAUUUGUUUUAUGCUUCAAACUAAAAACCUCCCUGACCGUUCCCAGCUGCUUUGCUCUAUGCCAGUGGCUUUAAGCCUUUUAGCAAAGAUACUCUAGCAGGCUGAGGCUCUGUUAUUCAGAUCUCAAGUAGAUAAUACAGAAAAGAAGAGGGGCAGAAUCAGCAAUGGUUAUUAAUUGUGCUUCUGGGUCUCUGUUAAUUUAAGUCUAAUGGUUAAAUUUGCUUAUUAGUCACUUUGUGAUAGGUCCAUCUCCCAGAUGGAGUCCAGACACAGAUUAUCAUACCAUUACAAAUGGUAUCCUUAAUUAGCUUCCAAACUCUGUUAACAGUUUUAUCAGAGCGUGGCUUUUAAGUAACAUUUAAAGAAAUUCAAGAAUUUUACCUCCAUCUCCUGGCAACAUCACCUAGAUCACCAAGAAUCACUACCUUGCUUCCUAUAGAAGUAAUUGCUAGACCAUCUAUUUAUUUAAGGGGAAUCUCUUGGUCUUCAUUGUUUUAAUAAGGAAAAAUUGUCACUUGAGUUACGAGAAAUUACAUCAUGUUGUCAUAGAGGUUGUCAGGGAAGCAGAGUAACAGUGCUUGGGUUUGGGCAAUUCACUUCUCUCUAUGAAAGAUUAACAGCUACAGGAAUUUCCCCUUAGUUGUAAACAAUUAGAAAACUGGGCCAACUAUAUGGAACAACAGUUCUCAGACAGUGAACACCAGGAAGCGUAGGACUGUGGUUCCUGAGAAAAGGGAAGCAAAUGAAGUAAGAGCCACAAUUUCCAUAGCUUACUAUGUAGAGGCAAUUUCCAGGUCACAGCAGAGGGAGGGAGUGAGAAGGGAAGGGAGAUCCACGGUCUUACUAGGUUAAGGGGACAAAAACUAGAGUUUGUAGAAACUACAAUGGUAACAUUUUAGGUUCAAGUUUUGGAGAUGAGGAACUGGACAGAGGGAAUAUUCCAGAAACCUACAGAGCCAUUACUUCAUACUUCAGAAGGAUAUUUAUCUGUGCUGCAGAAGACAAACUACCCAAGGCUGGCAAAAGAAACACCAGAAAAUAGGCCAAAAAAUUUCUAGAAUUCAUGGUAAGAUGAGAAUAACUUAUAUUCCCACAAGCCAGAUUGGGCAGACCUUAUGUAACACAGAGCUUUGGCUACUCAGAAGACCCAUUUCUUAGCAGUGAUAAACUAGAUUAUAGGAGCAUCUUUAUACCAAAAUAAAGACUGCCCUGGAUUCACUGUAACAAAGGCUUAAAAAAAUCUCAAAGGGGGGAUUCCUGAGAACAUGGCGGACAGACAACAGCAACUGCUGAACGCUCUCUAAAGGCUCGGCUCAGAGGCCAGGAAUGAUGCGGACUAAGGAGAUACGAACCAGUAGAGAUAUGCUCUGCUGACUCAGGAACGAACUGGGCUGAGAGAAUCCAACUUGGAAUACAGCCCUGGCGCUAAAAUAGGAACAGAAAAAUCUCGGUGUGGAGACUCGACUCCGCGCCAUCGGAAACCGCGGUUUGGAUUUCCCGCCGCGCGGCGGCCGGCCACCUCCACAGCGGCUCGGCAAGGAGAGACGCGACCCCCGAGCUCUGGGAACGGGCGUCUGGGAACGGUCUCGGAAACGCGACGGGCAGGAAGGAAGGCUGACUGGUGGCGAGGUGAGCGAGGAACUGACUCCCUACCGCAGUCUGACUCCAGCGGAGGAUUUUCUGGGCGCGGGCAGUCCUGUAAGAGCAGGGCGCGGUGGCAACUGCAGCCGCGCAUUUCCCUCUCGGACGGGAUUGGUGAAAGGUGCCUGGCCGGAGGGACGCUGCUCGCGGACUCCCUAGGCUGGCCUAGCCCAGAUCCCAGAGCCUGACGGUGGCCCGGAGGAGCGACCGACUCCCGCGUAGGCUGCUUCCUCCGCAACUCCCUGGGGCGCAGCGGUGAGCGGGAACAACUAGCCAGCGCAAUUCGAUCAAGCUGUAGCUGACAGGCAGGGAAGCCGGGCCUCCUGUGUAAGAUUACAUUUUAUAAGGAACAGAAAAUAUGGGGAAGGGAAGCAACAAAAAAGGCUCCUCGACCCCCAAUCCUGAGAAUCAGGCAAUAGUGGACACUGUACCAAUAUACAUUAAGCGCCAUUUAGAGAGCCUCAUAGACCAAUUCAGGAAUGAAGUUAUCAAUGACCUGAAGCUAGAAGUAUGCAGAAUAGUUAGAGAAAUGCUAAGCACCACCCAGGAAAAAGCAGAUGGUGGAGUGGAAGAACAGAAAAAGAGGGGAGAAUUGCUUGAUGGAGAAAACAGAGAAAGCAUUGAGUAUGUGAAGCAGGUGCAAAGGGACUAUCAAGAAAUCAAGAAAUAUACCCAAGACUGGCAUAACAGCUUGAAAGAAACUAAGGACAGACUAUCUGAAUUGGAGGGCAGACUUGAAACAUGGGAGAAUGAAAUGAAAAACUUCUUAAAAAUAACAAAGAAACACACAGCAAUAAUACAAAGACAAGAAGAUGAUAAGAGGAGCCAUAACUUAAGGAUUAAGAACAUAAAAGAAGAAGUAGGGACACAAACAAGUGAACUACAAAAGCUACUCACAGAAAUAAUCCAGGAGAAUUUUCCUAAUUUAGCAAAAGGUAAAGAUACUCAAAUGUAUGAGGCAUACAGGACCCCAGCUACCUACAACCCUAACAGAGAAACACCCAGGCAUAUAAUAAUAAAAAUUCCAGAAAUUCAAUACAAGAACAGAAUAUUAAAAGCUGUAAGAGACAAGAAACAGAUCACUUACAAGGGAAGACCCAUCAAAAUUACAGCAGAUUUCUCUUCACAAACCAUCAAAUCACGAAGAGCAUGGGGAGAAAUAAUUCAAGCUUUGAAAGAUAAUAAUCUACAGCCAAGAUUGAGAUAUCCUGCACAACUGUCCCUGGAAAUUGAUGGAAAAACGAGGUGCUUCCAAGAUAAAGAGGAACUGGGGGAAUUUGCAACCACCAAUCCAACCCUACAGAAAGUAUUGCAGGAUAUUCUAAAAAAAGAAAAAUACAAAGAACCCAGAAAUAGGGGCGGGGAGGCCACAACGAAUAGAGCAGAGACCAAAACGAAGAAGACAAACUGACAGCUACUGACAGAAAAAGAGCUCAACAGAAAUGAGACAGAGAAGAUUGGAUGAUAGGAACAGCUUUUUUUGGAGAAAAUGACAUCUUAAUAGGUAAUGCUGAUUUAGUACCAUCUUGUUUUGAGGUCUCAUCUAGCUUUUGUUCUUCUGUCUCCAAUGGUCUAAACAGGUUGUAUCUUAUUGGAUUUUACUAUGUACGAUAAUAUAAGAAAAAACCUUUUAAAGACAAGGAGAUUAUACAGAGACCAUUGUUCAUUUUCUGUUGGUCGAUUCUAAAAGCUCUGUAAUGCUGUUAUUCUCUUAAAUGGAUAUACAUUGUUUUGAUAUACUUAAUGCUACAGUGUAUGAAGUUGUACUCAAGGACUUCAGGGAGGGAGUCAAUAUGGUAACUAUUUUUGGGUCAGGAUUAGCUGGUGGUGAAACACUGUUCUGCUUAAAUGGUUAUGUUUUGAUCUGCCCUGUUUCGCUGUUAUGCCCUUUUUUUUCUCAAUCUCCACUCCAUUAUUUACUUUUUUAUUUUUACCCAUUUAAUUACAGGGAAAAAUAUAGCAGGAUAUAAUAUAGUAACCCACUUCGACUUUCUAUUAUCUCGAUUUGAAGCCCUGUAUUGCUCUCACCAUCUUGUUUUUGACUGAGGUUCCUAUAUUCUGUUUUGCUGGAUAGUAUCAGGUUCGAAAGUUUAGGCAUCAGCUGAGAAGAUAAUGAGAUUCAUUACAACGCCCAUUCUCGUUAACUUUUAUCUACUUUUGAAGACCUACAAUGUCUCCAAUGUUUUGGUUUUGUCGGUUUUAUUCUUUACGGUUUUGUUCAAUUGUAUUACAACUAAUGAUAUAGGCAAUUCUAUUAGAAAUAGCGGGAGGCAUUAGGGUAACCAUUGUUGAUCACCUUGUAAUAUGUUUUUAUAUUAUCUAUUAUGUCCACCCUUUUGACUUGACCGAUUCUGUUCUGUUAUGUCACAUUUGGUUUUACUCUCUUCCAAAAAAGCAACAAGAACCGUGGGAGCAAUGAAACCCAAAAUGUGUAAUAGUCACUGUACAAAAGAGAGGAAAAGAAAGUGCUCUAAACUAUAUAACUGCAUGUAUAUUUAAAAGUAUAAGAUAGAAAAUGAUAUCACAGAGUUUUAUUGGAUCAUUGAACGGAACUGUUUGCAGUAUCAUUGGUGGAAUGUCCACUCUACAAGCUUUAAUUUUGUGACUUGAACAAUUAUUUCUAAGAUGGCAAUAUGUAAUCCAUUAACUAGUGAUUUCCUACUGCGCAUUUUUUUAUUCUGUAAAUCUGUAUAACUUGUACCCCUUCACUGUUUUUUUUUCUUUCUUUUCUUUUCUCCUUAAAUAAAAAUUAAAAAAAAAAAAAUUAAAAAAAAAAAAUCUCAAAGGAUCAAGUUGGUUUGAAAUUUAACUAUACACCAACAUCAAAGCUAAUACUCUUUGAAGAAAUAUGACGCAAUCUAGCACUGAAUAAUGUUUACAACAUUCAGUAUCUAAUGUAAAAUUAACAAUUUUGCAGGGAGUCAGAAAAUAUGACCCCUAUUUAGGGAAAAAUCAAUUUAAUAGAAACAUGGGAAUGACAGAAAUGCUGGAAGUAGUAAAGAAUAUUUUAAGAUAGCUUUAAAACAGCUGUCAUAAGAUCUCAUACAUAUACUUAAGUGUAUAGAAAAAUUCAUUGUGGCUAGACAAGGUGUAGAAGGUUAUAGAAAAUACCCAAAUGAGGUUUGUAGAAAUUAAAAGCAACCAAGAGUGGGGAUGCAUGCCUGUAAUCCCAGCUCCCAUGAAGCUGAAGUAGGAGGUUUGCUGUGAGUUUGAGGCCAGUCUGAGCUACAUGGUGAGUUCAGCGCCAGCCAGGACUGCAUAGCGAGACCGUCUCUCAAUAAAUAAAUAAAGAGAAAUUAAAAGCAUACCUUCAGUGGAAAUCAUGCUGGAUAGAAUGAAUUUGAAGGCAUCACAAUAGAAACGUUCUAAAAUAAAAUACAGAGAAACAAAGACUUCCUGAAAUUCCAGCCAACAAACCAGUUGGAGCUGGGGAGAUCCCAAAACAAUCUGAGUAAAUAAUGUGUGAGCAUUUUUCAGAGCUGAAAAGUAUAUACCCACAGACUUAAAUACCCAGUCCCAAAUACUGGGAUAAUAAAGUCAAACAAAAAUAUAUUAUAGUAAUAUUAUAAUGUAAUAACCAAAACCAAUAGCAGAUAGAAAAAUUUUAGGGAAAAAGAAUCAUUGAAUAUAGAGGAGAAAAGAAUGGCAGCAGAAUUCUCAUUAGAAACAACGCAGCCUUUAAAGAAGUAACACCAGUCUUGAAAGUGCUGAAAAGAAAUCUACAAUUCUAUAUCCAGAAAAAAUAUCUUUCAAAUGUACAAGUCUUCCUCCAGUGCUGAUGGGAUCAGAUAUUUCAAAACAGAAUUUUUCAGAUUUUGAAAACAAAUGGGGUGUUUAAGCUAUAUUUUAUAACAUAACACUUAAACACAUCUGUGCAGCAAAACUAAAGUAUACAUUCUUGAGGAGAUAAAGUCUAUAAAAAUUUUCACAUCAUGUCAGGUUUUAGUACUAAAUUUUUAAAGUAAGACUCUUACUUUGGAGGACUUUUGAGAUUUCAGAGUUACAGAUAAGAAAGUUUGUGCUAGUUGCUUUUCUAGAUGUUGUAACUGUAUUACUUUAAUCCUUACCAUGCAUAUGUUCUUGCUAUCCCAGUUUUACUGAAGCUGAAGCUGAGAUUAAGUGAUGGAACCACUCCCAAACAGAAGGAAUUCCUCCUGUUUAGACAGCCAAAGGAACCAAGGGAAGAGAGAGAACUGCAAAUGCAGGCUCCUACUGCAAUCACACUGUCUGCUGCCAUUAUGUAAACCAAGGACUUCAUUUAGUGAAGCCCAGGAGACGUCAGUCCUCAUAGAAUCCCUCCAGAAGAGAGGAGUAGCCGGCCUGCUGUGCUAAACUCUGGGUUACAGCAGGUCCUCCUGUGGCUUCAGGGCUCAUACUGGCGCCAUCUUUCCUCUCCUGUCCGUGCACCUAUGAAUACCGACAGAUGGCAGGAAAGAAGACAGAGUCAGGGAAGAGAGGUGAAGGACACUAAUGCAAAAGGCUGUGUGUGGCAGGACCAGAAUGUAGGCUAGAGAAUCAGCGGGGUUCAGGUAGCCAGUGCUGAGGGGGAGUAUGGGUGUUUUAGACAGGACAGUGCCAGCGAGAAUCUGAGCUUGCAGUGGGCAGUUGUACAGCCUGGAAGACAACGGCAGAGGACGGUGGGUAAAUGCUCAGUACCAAUGUCACUUCACAAGGAAGUGGUGAAGGGGAAGGAGAAGGAAUGGAACAGAACUCCAGAAUGAUUGAGAAACUGUCUAUUACAUUUACUUGGAUUACCUUCUGCUUCUAGAAACAUUUCCAGCUGUAAGAAAAUAACAUUGUGUUUUCACAUAACAGAGCCCAUGGCUUUUAAAUUUAUCUAUUACACAUUAAUUAUGUAAAGCCUAGUUCCUCAUUCAUUAAGUGGAGAAAAUAAUAACUUCACACAAUUGUAUAAGAUUUUGAAGAGAGAGUUACAGGAAACAACUAUAUGUAAAAGAAAAUUUCAGUGUGAAUGUUAGGUAAGCUUAGGUUUUCAAACUGUUGAGAUUUCAGUUGUUUUAGGAAAAUGACUCUGGUCAUCAUGUGUAUGAUGAAUUAGAGAAGGGAAAGCCAGUAGGAGAUCAGUAGGAAGCUUUGCCAUCUUUCAGGCAGCUAGGAAAUAAAUCGCAGUGCAUGUGAAUCCAAGAGCCCUUCCAGUGGUAGAAACAUGGGGAAGGGGAGGAAUUAGGAAGGAGUUAAAGAUGACGCUGAGUUUCCAAGGCUGGUGAUGUGAAACUGGGUCCUCUACUUUCCUCUUCUCUAGAGUGGUGGUGAAAACUCAUACAUAAUUUAUCACUUUGUGGUGAGGCUGGGAUGUAACUAAAGCCAACCAGGAGGAGAGUCUGGAAGGACAGCAUUACUGAGCGCAGCCAUUUCAGCUUUUGGUGGGGGGACAGCGCAGCAGGAAAAGCACUGUUCACUCACUGCCCAGAGCUGUAGAAGACAGCUCUGAAAUGGAACUAACUCGCUGGUGACUUUGAGCAGGGCGUCAGUGUGUUCAUUUGUGAAACAAGGAACUGCGUAAUUAUUAUAGCUCUUAACCCUUAUGUGGUUCCCAAAAAUUUGCUACAGAAAAGUCAAAAAUGAAAAUAAUUUAUUUGCAGAUAAUGCAGCAAUCAGUUAAGUUCAGCACACUUUUAAAACAUCAUGGUGCCUACCCUAAUACUUAUUUUCCCCUGCAUUUUAAAGCACACUAGGAAAUUUAGAAGUGGCAAAAGUAAAAAAAUACUUUCUGAAACUUGCCUCUGGAGAGUUUUUCUUUUUUAAGUUUAGAAUUUCAAGUUGGAUAUGGUGGCAUGCACACAUAAUCUCAGCACUUGGGAGGCUGAGGCAAGAGGAUUGCUAUGAGUUCAGGGCCAGCCUGAACUACACAACAACAAGACCCUGUGUUGAAAGAAAGAGAGAGCGAGAGAAGAAGGAAAAAAGGAAGGGAAAAUGGAGGGAAGGAAGGAAGGAAGGGGAAGGAAAGGAAGGGAAGGAGAAAGAAAACUUCAUCUGUCCUUCUAAAUUCUCUGCAGGAUUCCAGACAAAUGUAGGUUAUCUUCUCCUUUUUCCUGCCAUGCCUGGUUUAGUGACACCACCAACAGCUUUCUGAAACCUUACUUUGUUUGCAAGAAUAGUGUAUUUCAUUUGCCAGGAUUUCUGCUUAAAAGGAAUCCCAGUGUCCCUAAAUAGGAUACUAAUUUACUGUUACUUUUUCUGUCUUCUGUAGCAAAGUGUAACCGUUUUCCCAUUAAAUUGCUAGAAAUUUUUAUUAAUCAAGACAUGAUAAGCACAUAAACAAGGCAAGAUUUGCAUUUGACAUAUUUGAGAAGAAACUGGGAAGAUACAAAAUGACCUGUUAAUAGCUUACACCUGCUCUCUUGCUUUUUUUUUUAAUAGAGUUCGUUCAUCCUCAUUAACUUCUUUUAUGCAUUUCUGUUUUUCAAAAUUUUAUAUUCACUCAUGUACUGAAUAAAAUUAUCUUCCAUCUGUAUACUUCUUAAGUGCCAGUAUGCAAAAUAUGAUUGAAAUAAUGGAAUAGAGCAAAAUAAGUCACCUAUAAAAUCAAAUUAGUUUAUUCCUUUAUAUUUGUGUGGCUUUCACAUGCUGAAAACUUUUCUUUCACUCUCUCUCUAUAUAUAUAUAUAUAUUUUUUGUCUUUUUCCUUUUUAUCAGUACUGGAUCGAACUCACGACUGUCUGCUUGCAAGGCAGUUGCUUAUGCCGCUGAGCUAAAUCCCCAGCCCCUCUCUAUAUAUUUUCAAUGUGUUAAGCUAUCAAAAACUAGACAUGAAAUACAAAAAUUGUGUAAUUGUUUAUGCAAUAUAUUUUUUAAUUCCUCAUGUAGCCCGGAUUCAAAUAUUAAUGAAGAGAAACGAAAGUCUUCAAUUUAGGAAGCCAAAUCUUUAAUCUCAAAUAGAUUCCUCAAAGGCUACUGGUGCAGGGAUGUGUUGCAUGGCUGUGUGUGUGUGUGUGAGAAAGAGAGAGAGAGAGACAGACAGACAGAUAGACAGACAAGACAGACACAGACUGAAAGAAAGAUGGAAGGAAGGGAGGGGACCAUGGGAUAUGUUUUCCUUCCUAAAAGAAACUUAUAGGCAAAAUGUAGCAAUAUGUCAUGAAUUACUCAUGUUUUAAAAUUUCUGCUAUCAAUACCAGUUGAAAACCACCCAGACCCCCUAGUCUUUGUUGUGUGUAAACCUCUAAAGCGGCCCCUGCCUGGAUAAUGUCAUGGAAGACCAGGGUCCUCACUCUCUUCUUUGUCAAGCCACGUUUAUUCUGUGGCCUUUGGUUUGGUUCUUCAUGGGGUGACAGGAAAAGGUGAAAUGCCAGCUAGGCGAUAAAAAAACUUUAAAGGAAAUCUGAUCAUUUGUGCUUGGAUUUGGACUGUUAGAGUCUCUUUAUUUGAGAAUAAAAUUCUCAUGUUUGGAGUAGAAAUCACUUUCUACUAGUGAUCAACAUUAGCUUUUGCCUCAAAAAUACAUCUAGCUUAUCAGGAAUCUUGUGAUACAAUAAAUUAAAGGACCUGGUUUCAAAUCCUGCUUUGCUCCUAUCACUAAGGAACUGUCUCUAAACCUAGUUGAGAGAUGACAUUCUGAUCUUUAUAACCACUAAGAUAUAUUCUGUUUCCCACAUUUCAUGAUUCUGUGGCUUUAUUUCCCUCUUUAUUUUAAAAAGACAAAAAUAAAACAAUGGUGCAGAAUUUCAAAACAGGACAAUAGGAAAUUAACAGUGGUUAAUAUAUUUAUCGUUAUCUUCAAAGUAACUGCUCAGAUUAUAAGGCAUGGGCAUGCAAGGUUGAUCAAUGCAAGCACAAACAGAUCCUUUCAGUAAACUAAGAGAAAUUAGUAGUAUAAUUAUAUUAGCUAUUUUGCAUAUAUAUUCUUUUCUUUUUUCCUUUUCCCCAUCCCAGUUGUUCUUUCCUUUUGAGUGGUUUCUUUCCUUUUCACAAUAUCUAUUGUAAAUUUUGGAUUUUAUUUACUCUUUCAGUUUUUCACACAAGGGAGACAAGAUGAAGUUUGUAUGUGUGAGUUUGUUUUAAUUCACUUAUGAAUAUGAUCCUAUAAAAGCCUCGUUUAUCUGUCCUAUAAAAGCCUCGUUUUUCUUUAUAUCUGAGGAGUACUCUAUUAUAUAAAAAUAUCACAUCUUUUUUAUCCAUUCCUCCAUUGAUUUGAAUUGUUUCCAAGAUUUAGAUUAUUACAAAUAGUGCAGCUAUAGGGCUGGGGAUUUAGCUCAGCGGCAUAAGCGCCUGCCUUGCAAGUGUGUGGUUGUGAGUUUGAUCCCUGGUACCAAUUUAAAAAAAAAAAAGCAACAACAACAAAAAAACAAUAGUGCAGCUAUAAACAUGGGUGCACUCAUAUUGCUGUGGUAUGAUGUAUUCAGUUUUUCUAGGAAAAUACUCGGAAGCGGAAUAGCGGGGACAAAUGGGACCUCUAAUACUAAUUUUUUGAGAAAUCUCCACACUGAUUUCCACUAUAGUUGUACUAGUCUACUAACAGUGGAGAAGGGUUCCUUUUCCCUCACAACCCUGUCAGCAUUUGUUAUUGGUUGAUUUCUUAUGAUAGCCAUUCUUUCUGGGGUGAGAUGGAAUCGCAGUAUUAUUUUAAUUUGCAUAUCUCAAAUGACCAAUGAGGUUGAACAUUUUUUCAUACAUGUAUUUGGCAUUUGUAUUUCUUCAUCUGAGAAGUGUAUGUUCAUCUCUGGUGUUCAUUUUUGGAUUGGGUCUUUGAAUUUGGGGGGCCUGAUUUUUUUCAGUUCUUUAUAUGUUCUUGAUAUACGUCCUUUUUCUGAGGGACAGUUGGCUAAAAUUUUUCCCCACUCUCGGUUUUCUUUUCACUCUGCUAGUGGUACUUUUGAUAUGCAAAACUUUUUAAUAAGAUGAGACCUUAGUUGUUGAUUCUUUGAAGGAUUCUCAUAUUUUGGUUUUUGUUCAUGAACUCUUUGCCUACCCCUUUGUCUUCUAGAUUUUAUCUACAUUCUUUUUCAAUAAAUUUAGUUUUCUGUUUUAAUAUUUAGAUCUUUGAUCCAUUUUACUUUAGUUUAGUGCACAGUGAUAGACAUAGGUCUAGUUUUAGUCUUUAGCAUGUAGAAAGCCAGUUUUUCCAGCACCGUUUAUUAAAGAGGUUAUCUUUCUUCCAGUGCACAUACUUGGCCUCUUUAUCAAAGAUAAGGAUCCCACUUGGUCAUCGUAUAUAACUUCUUGAUGAUUUGUGGCAUUCUGUUUGCUUGUAUCUGACUGAGGAUUUUUGCAUCUAUGUUCAUUAGAGAGAUUGAUCCAUAGUACUCUUUUUUGAUUGAGUCUUUCUCUGGUUUUGGCAUCAGAGUAAUACUUCUCUCCAGACAUGAAUUAGGGAGAAUUGCUUCCCUUUCAAUUUCAUUAAAGAGUUUGAAGAAUGUUUAUGUUAAGUCUUCUCUAAAUUUCUUGUAGAAUUCAGUCACAAAUCCAUCAGGACCUGAGCUUUUCUUCAUCGGUAAGUUUUUAAUUACAUUUUCAAUUCCAUUAACUGAUUUUGGGUUGCACAGAAUUUUUAUAUCUUCUUGAUUCAGCCUUGGUAAUUCAUACAUUUCUAGGAAUCUGCCCAUUUCUUCUGUGCUUUCCAUCUUCUUCAAGUAAAGAUUUUCAAAGUAGGUAUUGAUGAUCUGAAUUUUCACAGGAUCUGUAGUGUUUUCACCCUCUUCAUUCUUUAUUGCAUGAAUUAGAGUUUUUCUUUCCUUUUUUGAUAAGGUUGCCUAGGGCUUUAUUAAUUUGAUUUGUUCUUUCAAAGAACCAACUUAUCAGUUCAUUAAUUCUUUGUAUUGUUUUAUUAGUCGCAAUUGCUUUAAUUUCUGCUCUGAUCUUUAUUAUUUCCUCCCUUGUAUGGGCUUUCGACUUGACUUGCUCUACUUUUUGUAGAAGCUUGAGGUGCAGCAUUGCAUUAUUUGUGCUCAUUCUGUUUUACUGAUAUGAGAAUUCACUAUCAGUCCUUUGGUGUAGGGCUGUGGUGAGGUUAUUAUCCCUGAGCUUCCCAGUAUUGUUACAGGAAGGGAGAACAACUGAUUACAGCAGAUAUGACAUCCUAGCUAAGAUAGUAAAAUGUAACAAUAACAUCAAGCACAAUUUAGAAACUGAAAAACUGUGGAACUCAUAAUUUUAUACUUUAAACCAUGGGAGCAGAGUCUAUAGUUAUAUAACAGAACCCAUCAUAAACUAGAAAUUUGGGGCUAGGGAUUUAGCUCAGCAGCAUAAGCACCUGCCUUGCAAGCAGGCGGUCGUGAGUUCAAUCCCCGGUACCGAUAAAAAAAAAAGAAAAAGACAAAAAAAAAAAAAAAAAAAAAACUAGAAAUUUGUAUGAAAAGUUGUUUCCCUUGUUAAUUGGUCUUACCCUGUUAUGGGGAAAUUUACGGAGGAGAGUGAAUAACACUAAGAUAACUGGAAAGCAAGUAGAAGCAACCUAGAGGACAAGGCUUGGGAAACUAGAGAAGUGGGUAGAAAAGAAACAAGGAAAGAAUAUUCAAGGGAUUAUCUGAACUUGGUCUCUGGGUUUGGGGGAUGAAACUAGUUUUCUGUGACUGGAGUUCUCCCCAGCCACUUAGAAAACAGAGAAAAAAGAAAGAAGAAUGAAGGAGAGAGAGAGAGAGAUAUAAAGAGAGGGAGAGAGGGAAAGAGAGAGAAGGAAGAAAAUAAGAAGAGAAAAAGUGAAAAGACAUGAGAACAGGGCUGGUUACCGAGUCCUUGGUUCUUAUCCAUCGCCUGUUGGCUCAUGUUGUUAUUGUGGCUUCAGAUUUUGUGCCCCACUUGUCUCCUUCGGUCCUGUGCACCUUUGUUGGAACCCUGCUAUGUCUCUGGCAUUCCCUGUGGUCUCUGGGCCUUCCCAAGAGCAGUUCAGGGUCCGGGCCAUAGCCAAGGGAAGGCCGGUUCUUUGGGCCUUCAGGUGGUUCACCCAGGUCACCUAGGUGGAGAUGGUGGCGGGAGGGGCCACCCUCUUCUGUGGUGUUCUCCUGAGUUUCCACGGUGUGGAUUUAUUUUCACUUAAUUCUCCAAUCCAGAAAUUUACCACACAGAUCUGCAUGUAGCUUUGACGCAUAUUCAGUGAUCCAUAAAUACUUGUUAGAAUAAUGGUGUGUUUUUGUUUCUGUUGAGUUGUGAAGUUGCUGUGGAUUGUUUUUAUAUUGGGUGUAUUACUCAUUUUUAUUUUUGUUGAAUCAUAUUAUUGUUGCUUUAACAUUUACCUCCUCUCUUCUAUGGCUUUAUGCAUGAUUUAGAGUUGAUUUUCCUGUGUUGCCCCUAAGAUGUUUCAAAAAGAAGCUGCAGGAAAGACUACUCCAGUAUACCUGAUCUUGGUCCCUAUAGAAAGACAUAAAUAUCUUCAUAUUCCUAAAGUACUUAAGAAAGUGAAUUUUACUUUUAUUCAACCUGAUUUUGCUGGUGAUGAAAAAACAUGUGAGAGAUACUGGCAGAUUUUUCCCAAACUGUGUGACCUACGAAAAGAGAAUUGUUCUUCCUCCAUCUGUUGGAAAACUAUUGGGAUAGAAACAGGCAUUUCAUACCCUUUUUUGGGGAAUAUCCCCUUUCUUCUGAGAGUCUAAUACGGACAUAGAAUAGAAAAUAUACAAGAAAAUUACUGCUUCCUGCUUCAUGAUGGAAUUUUAAAAUUCCAAACAUUUUGCUCCCUCAAAUUUAGUUCGUUUUACUAUCUUAUAUUUUAAAUUAUUUUUAAAUGGAGAAUAAACUAAUUAUGAGGUAGACAGUGUAAAGGAUGUGUUCUUUUUAAAAUGCCUAGGGUGUCUAUUCAACUUCAUCUGUUUUCAAUAUUUAACACCCUAAUGACAUUAGUGACUAAAUAUUCCACUUAUGAUAGACACUUAUGCUUAGGAAAAAUCAAAAUUAGAGCAUUUAAUCCAUUGUCUAUUACUACUUACCCUGAGAGACUAUCUGAAAAUUUAUAGUGUUUGAUUUUGAACCCCAGAAUAAACAAGGGAAUCCAAAACUUCCCUGGUGUUGAGUAAAAUACCCUUGCUUUCAGGCUUCCUAUGAAUAGCAGUAUUGUCUUUUACCAUUAGUACAGGACCAGGACCUUACCAUUUCACACUUGGGCUUGUUUUUAUUUUUAAGGAAUGCUGGAAAAUUGUGGAAAUGAAUGUUUUUUCUUUUAUUUUUUUCCUUAAUACCUCAUGGAUCCUGACCUUUUCUUUUAAACUGGCUUAGAAUGUGUUUCUCUUAAAACUGGUCACUGACCCUAGAAUAAGUUUGAUUUUCUUUUUCCAUGAUCUCUGCUAAAGAAUUCUGUUAAUAGCAUACUAAACUGGAUUACAAACUUACUGAAUAAGUGCUUUGAAUUCUGGGAAUAAAGGGUAUAGAGAAAGUAAUACUGCAUAGAAUGAAAUUGGGUCCGUUGGUGUAAAGGAAAGGAAUGCAACUGUAUGGUUAAUGUGAUCAACAUCUUGGAGUAGCUUUAUUAGCAAUUUAAUGGAAUAUGGUUUUCAGCACAAUAAUGGCUUCAGUUGAAAUGUCUGCUCUUUUUCCCAUACACUGUGGAAUGAGUAGAAUGUGACAGUUGAGCUUUCAACAAGCUUCAUGAAUUUUAAAGCCUCUUUACUUAUAAAAUAGAUUACAUGGCAUGUAGUCAAUGCAGACAAGGAGUUGGCAGCCUCAUCGGGUGUUACGAGCUAUCCAGGGUCUUCAAAAUAAUGAGGGGCUCAGGUGGACCAGGUGCAUUCCGGUCUGCUCUGCACAUCCACAAAGAACAGACAACCUCUCUGUGUCCAACAUUUCUUAAUUAACCAUUUUGCGAUCAUAUGGUUCCUUUCCCAGCAUUUGGUGCAAAAAUUUUAAAAUGAUAUAUUUUAAAGAAGAAAACCUCCACUAAAGUCUCAGAACAACUUAUUUUGUUCUUUCUUCUUAUCCAUGUGUAUUUAAAGAAGGGAUCUCUAAAUUGUGGCAUGGAUUUGCAUUCUCAAAUCAUAACACAUAUCCUAAUUGAUUCUGAAGUACUUCUUUAAUUAUUGAAAUGUUUUAUAAAGUCAUUCAAAAAUUCUGUUGCUACCAUAAAAGUCUGAAUCUCUUCUUCAGAUUAAGCCUUAUUCUAAAUUUCAUUAUAAGGAGAUUUAUUUAUUGUGUUUGGAAUUACAACAAAGGCUUUUCAAAAGAUAGCUUUUCAGAAAAUCUAAAUUAACUUCAAUUUAAAUACAAUAUUAUGUAUUUACUUUUAAAUCACUUUCUAUCAGUGCUAUGUUUUGUUUAAGUUUGGAGUAUGUAUGUUUAUAGUAAAAUUUUAUAUUAGUAUGAACAAGAAGUAUUCUCAUAAAGAUACUUAAUAGGACUGUCUGAAAAUUCAUGUAACAGAUUACUAACUAUACAUGGAUAUUUGGGUUUCAAAGAUUUUAAUGUUUUUAUUUUACUCACCUUUACUUCCUAAUUUUUCUAGAUUGGAUGUUAUCUUUUUUUAACCUCAUGUCCAGAGAGCAUAGGCUGUAAAUAAUAAAGCUGACAUAAAUUCUUUGCAGUUUGGAAACACUAAGGACAAAUGUCUGGAAGAUGUAGAGGAUUAAAAAUCAAAUGCUUUAAUAGGAAGCAAAGAAAGCAUACAGUAGUAUUGGGUGUAACUGCAAUGACAAUUCAUGGACGAAGGAUGUGCAGGUAUUUGUAUAUACCAAAAAUGACUUGUGUAGGACAAAAAGUUGGACCAGGGAUGUUUCAAGUCUAGUCCAAGACAAGAGUCCAGGAUGCGUAGGAACAGUGAUGACAGUCUGUGGAGUAAGCCACAGGUGCACCAGGGCUGAUAAUUUAGGCUAAACAGACUCCUAUAAUGCAGCUCCAAGUGCUCCAGUAUUCUGUGUUUGAAGUCAUAUUUGUAUCAGGGUGUUUAGAAUAAUAGAGAGCCUACACUGAUUAAGCUAUAUGCUAUAGGCAUAGAUCUGCCUUAGGAACAGCCAGUGAUUUUUAUAGUUGUAGAAGUGAAUAAAUUUUAAAUAUUCCAGCUACAGGAUCCCACAUAUUAUUCAGCUUCUACCAUCAACUGUUACUCACCCACAGCCCAUAGCUCAUUUCACUUCUACACAUUUCCUUUGUUACCAAAAAUAUUUUUAAAUUUUUUUGUUUUUUAAAACUUUUAAUCCUAGUUUUCUGUAUAAUUUCUAACUGCUAAAUUUAUCCACUUUCUCCUUAUUCUUAGAACUAUCUCAUGGUUCCUCUUUGGGUCUUUAGCAUGAUACUUUUUAGUUCAUUGCACAGAAACUAUGUGGAAUUGAUCACUAAUAAAGUCUAAUAAAUUUUGCCCUGAAGACCUGAAGGAAUUAAUCUACUUUUUAAAGUUCCUAAAGUAUAUCCAGAAGAACCUGAAGAAACAAGAAAAUCUGGCUAAUGAUAUAAUGUAAAUAAAAACAUUUUGGUCAUACGUUAGCGUAGUACUAAAAAGCAUUUAGUUUUGUAAGCAUAAAAAGGUAUUUUGUUCACUGAGGAUUAAUUUCAAGAUUUGAAAAUUAACUUAUAUGAUGUUAAAUUUAGUUAAAUAUCAGAAAGCUUUACAAAUUAUAACCACUAUUAAGCUGUUUUUUUCCCAAUGUGAGCUUUGUUAGUCUCUAAGCUUUGUACAUUUUGUAAAGAAGCACAUUCCUCUUGUGAAAUGGAAUGCAUCUGAUCUAUAAUAAAUCUGCUUGAAAGACAAUAGAUUCUAGCUAGUGCAGCCCUGGUUCAAGGAAAAAAGACAAUAAAUAAGGGCAGUGACAUUUAUGGGAAUCUAAUUUCAUCAUGUUCUGCCUCAUAAGAAGUGUAUCUACAUUGUAUUUGAGCUUAUUAUACAUUGGGAACUACUUACAACCAAGUAUUAAGUCUCUUCUGUGUUAUGUCCCUGGUGACUAGUCCUCAAUUGAUGUUUUAUUUUAAAAUUAGUUAAUCUUUAGUGAUAAAUUAGAAGCAGAAAUAAAGUUCAUUUUGAAAAGAAGAAAACUACCGUAAAGGGAAGAAGCUUAUCUUAUUUUUCAAAAGUAAUUUGGGAAAGGCAAAACCCAUUAGCUAGAUAAUAAUUAGUUUUCCUUGGUAAAACAUUGACUGGAAUGUUUAUAUUAGGAAAAUAUAAUUGAACUGUUCCAUUCUCGGCCCAGCAAAGAAUGCCCAGAUUUGAUAACAGAGAAGUGAAAUUAUUCACUAUUUUUCUUACCACUGUGUUAGGACUAGAUGACUUUCAAAUCCACGUGCAUGUUUUUGGUGGGGGCGGAGUAGGGUUCAAAUCUAGGGCUUCACAAUGGUGGGGAAGUGCUGAACCACUGAGAGACAUUCCCAGCCCUCAGAGCUAGCCAUCUUAUACACUGUAAAGGGAAAUAAGCCUUCACUGAACAUCCAUAUUCAAACAAAUAGCUGGUAUUUUGUCACUAGCACAUUUGCAAUAAAAUCUAAGAGAAGCAAAUGUAUGAACAUAUGAUGAAGAGGGAAUAUUUAUAAAAUAAUUUGCCAUGCUGCAGCCUGAAAUUAGAAAGCAACUUCUUGGAAUGAAUUACUGUGUGCUCAACUAAUCCUGAUGGGAGCCUUUCACAACCAUCUCUAUUGAAGGCUGUAGUCUCAGUUUGUUGAAAAUUUUGUAUUAUUAUCUGUUUGUUUCUUCUCUGGAAAUAUCUUCUUGCUCCAUGUCUUGUACUCUGAGUAACUACUUGGAAGAAAAUUACACACAGCGUAUUAACUAUUGUUGAGACUAACAAUAAUAUAAUUUUGUUAUGAAAUGUUUUAUUUUUUUUAAUUAAAAGGCACUUAAAACCCCAGGAUUUGGAAUAAAAAAUAAGCACAAGCAUUCAAUCAAUCAAUCAAUCAAUCAAUCCAGUCUUCUAGCUUUCCUGCCCUCUAAAGGCCAACUGUUGGGCCUUGUGGCACAGUCACAAAAACAACAGAUUGCACCAGUUGUGGUGAAAGGUUGUUUUCCUUGGCAAAGAGGAAUGCAAAUUUACUCAUUUUUAGCAUAUGCAGUGGUUAUGGUAAAUAUACCAAUAGAGGGUUUCUCAGUAAAAAUAUUCUCCUACUUGAAUCGUGAAUAAGAACAUGUUUUAAUUUGCCCAGCAAGCAUUCAUUCAGUCCUGUGCUGUUAGAUAGUGAGAAUACGUUUUGGGCUGAUUGAUUCAAAAUGUGUUUGAAUAUCGUGCAUCCUAUUACCUUGUCAUUAACUUGCUUAAUUAACUGUCCUGCUCAAGUGAUCACAAUUUCAAAAUUGAUGAUUUCUAAAAGAUAAAAAUGUUCUGCUAUGUUUUUAGCUUCCACAAAAUCGAAUGUAACAAUGUGCAUAGAAGUAACACUUGAAUCCUUCAGAUGCCUUCAGAUGCCUAUUACAUCCAGAAAAUUUAUUACCACCCAUUUAUUUUUUGUCCAGACCUUUUACCUAGCUGGUAGCUGUGCAUCUAUAAUGGACGCGUAAUUAGUCUCCCUUCCCGGACAAAGGGGGAUUUUUCUAACCAUUUCCUCAUAUCUUACAAAAGCAAUGAAUGCAAAAUGUCUCCUGGAGUCUUUCUUAACAUAUAAUCAUUAAAAGGGAUGCACAAGGCAAGUUGUCUGCUGUCACUUCUUGCAGGUCACAGUCUGAGGUAAUUUUUCUAAUGUCUGUUGGUUUUAAGUACCUUUUUUAUGUCAUUGGCUCCUAGUUCUGGGACCGAUUUUGACUGUUUUAGUUUCCUGUACUGCAAGUUAAUAUAUUCAGAUGUGCUGUCAUCUCCAUUUGAAUUAUCCAGAAAUCAUUUCAGACGCAGCCUGGUCAAAACAGAAUUCCUAAAUUAUCUCUCCACACUUGGUUGUUUUCCUCCUUGCCUUUUCUGUAUUAGAAAUUGGUGCCCUCACUGGCCCAGUUAUUCAAAACAAAAAUAAGAGCCAUCUUGAUUCCCUUUUUUGCCUUACCCUCACCAGCUCCUGCGAAUUCUUCCUUAAAAAUACAGGUGAAACUGAGACUGGUCUUUAAAGGUAAUUAGGUGAGAAGGAAUUCACAUGGUGGCCCUAAUCCAUAUGACUGAUGGCCUUGUAAAACUACAAGGAUAUAGGGCAAGGAUACUCAAAACACAGGCCAAAUUCAGUCUUUCUUUGUCUCUAUCAUAGCUCUUGUGCAGACUACCACCAUCCUCCACUGGGACCAUUGCAACUGCUCUUAACUCAUUUUAAUCUGUUACCUCUUUAAAAGGCUCAAUCUCUGAAUACAGCUACCUUCUGAAGUACUGGGAGUUUUGAACAUAAGAAUCAGGGGCAGAGGUGGAUACAGUUCAUCACAUAACUCUUGCCCUCUCAUUUUAGGACCAUACUUGCUCUUUCUGUUUCUUGAACAGGUUAAGCUUGUUCCUAUCUUAGACCUUUGCACUGCUAAUAGCAUUGGUCCUUUUGGAUAUUCUGAUUUCAGUACAAAUAUUACAUUUCAGAAGGCUGUUCCUGACCUUCCAAUCUAUAGGAACUAUCCACAUGUUUUUAUAUUAAAGUUCCUGAGUUAAACUUAUGCACAGCAUUACCAUUAAGUAUUUUUCUGUUUAUUAUUUAUUAUCUGUUUCUUCAAUAUGUUCCAAAACCUAGAAUAAUGCAAAGUAUGGAUAAAAAUUUGUUGAAAGACCAUUUUAAAUAAAUAAAUGAAAUUUAUUAGAGAAGAGAGGGAGUUAGUGAUUUGGGGGAACAAGUAGACCAAAGCUAUUUUCUCACUUGGAAUUCUUUAGAAAUUUAUCUCAAACCUUUAAUUGAAUCUGCUAACCCCUGAAAUGCCUUUAGUUGUUUAGAAGAGGCCAUGCCACCUUAUGACUCCUUCUUAGCUAAACAAGGUGGGCAUUUUUUGCCCCAUACAUACAUUUGUUUAUAACAUUUCUAUAAACUAUUUCUGAUUUGCAAAGUUACCUGGCAUUUCCUUCAGUAAACAUGGAGAGCCUGCCAGGGACCAGAUCUGGUGUUAGCUCCCAUGUCCCCAGGGAUGUGGCCGCACACAGAAGGAAUACUUAAUCCAGCCAGGAUCUGCAGUUGAGGUUGAAGCAAAAAUGUGUUGAGUGGUUUCUAGGGCAGCUUAAUGCCUACAGUGUACUAAUUGUGUACUGGGUACACAAAAUCAUUUCCACACUUUAAAUCUGUUUGCCUUUCUAUUAAAAAUGACAGCGAGGAACUUCUCUGAAUUCACAGAAAACUGUGGGCAUUUUGAGUGCUAUAUCUUUUGCUUUUUUGGAUAGCAUGCAUGGCACAUUUUUGUGCUUUUCCACUUUCUGGGGAAUUGGUUUAAAAAUUUAGAAACUUGUCACUUCCCUGGUUUUUAACAUACUAAAUUUUUUAAAGAGAAAAAGAACAACAAAAAGUGAUACAGAAUUAAAAACCAUAAUAGGCAAUUAACAAUGGUUAAUAUUCUGCACGUUGUUAUGUUCAAAGUAAUUGCUCAAAUUACAAGAUAAAGGCAUGCAGUACUGAUUAAACAAUAUAAGCACAAAUGCUUUUUUUUCCAAUGAACUGAAAGAAAUCAAUAGUAUAGCUAUCUUCUGUGUGUAUAUGCAUAUAUAUUUUUUCUCUUCCUUCUUUUCUCCCUUCACGCAUCCCAAUUGUUCUUUCCUUAUGAGCAGUUUCUUUCCCUCUCACAAUAUCUGUUGUAGAUUUUAGAACUUACUUACUUUGUCAGUUUCUUCCACUAGGGAAACAAUAUGAUAUUUACACAUGAGAGUUUUAUUUCACUUGAGUAUGGUCUCUUGUUGCAUCCAUUUACCCAUUAAAACCUCAAUUUUAUCCUUCUUUAUACUCCAUUACAUAAAAAUAUCACAUCUUUUUAUCCAUUCCUGCCAUGAUGGGCAUUUGGGUUGUUUCCAGGAUUUAGAUACAAAUAGUGCAGCUGCAAACAAGGAUGCACAUAUAUCACUGUGGUAUGAUGCUUUUAAUUUUUCUUGGAAAAUAUGCAAGAGGGGAAUAGCUUUGUCAAAUAGGAUCUCUAAUCCUAAUUUUUUUGAGGAAUCUCCAUACUGAUUUCCACAGUAUGUGUACCAGACUACAACAAUGGAGAAGUGUUCUUUUUCACCCACACCCCUAUCAGCAUUUGUUAUUGGUUGAUUUCUUGAUGAUAGCCAUUCUUCCUGGGGUGAGAUGGAAUCACAGUAUUGUUUUAAUUUGCAUAUCUCAAAUGAUCAAUGAAGUUGAACAUUUUUUUCAUGCAAUUAUUUGGAAUUUGUAUUUCCUCAUUGGAAAAAUAUAUCUAUACAUCCCAGAUGCCCAUUUUUGGAUUGAGUGGGGCUGAUUUGUUUCUUUAUUAUUACAUUUUUUUUAUUUUAACAAGAAUAAAACAAAACAACACAACAGAGCAAAGCAGAUCAGAACAAAACAAUGAAAGUAACACAGGAUUUCAAAAUGAGACAAUAGAAAAUUAACAGUGACUACCAUAAUGUCUCUUGUUUUCUUCAAAAUAGUUAUCCAUAUCUUCACACACAAUGAAUUCAACCAAGACAAAAUAGUAUAAAUUGGUCAAAACAAAAGAAUGACAGCAUUACAGAUUUUCAAAGCCAGACAACAGGAAAAUCAACAAUGGCCACCAUAAUGUUUCUUGUUCUCUUCAAAAUAGCUGUCCAUACCUUCACACAUACUGAAAUUAAAUAAUACAAAACAGACUAAAACCAAUCAAAACAAAGAAUAAAAGCAUUCUGGACUUCACAAUAAGAUGACAGGAAAUAAUCAAUGGCUGCCAUAAUGUCUUAUUUUCUUCAAAGUAGUUGUUCAUACCAUUACAUGUAAUAAAGUCAGUUCUUGUAAACUCUUUAGAAGUUCUAGGCAUGCAUAAUCCUAUACAUGUACAUCUAACCUUUCCGUAUUAGAAGGAAAAACAAAACAAAACAAAUUACGAGAAAAACAAGAAACAAAAGAGGUAAAUUAAUAACAAUAACAAAGAGCCCAAAACAAUGACAGUAUAGGCUUUCAAAACAAGGUGGUAUAAAUGUAACUAAGGUUGUUAUUUUGCAUAGUUAUCUUCAAAAGAGUUACUCAGAUUACCAGAUAUAAACAUGCAAAACUGAUCUAAUCCUAUGAAUGUUAACUGUUUUGUUCUAAGAACUAAUAGAAUUAGUAACACAAUCAUCUUUGCUAUCUUAAAUAUGUAUCUACAAAUUUAUAUCUUUUUUCUUUUCCCUUCCUUCCUUUCUUCUUCCCCUGACUUAUUUUUCCCCCUUUGAGUAGUUUCUUACCGUUUCACAAUACUUAUUGAAGAUUUUUUAUCUUAUUUACUCUUUCAGUUUCUUACACUAGGGGACAAUAUUUACACAUAUGAGUUUGAUUUAUGUCACUUAGAAUAUGGCCUUAAGUCUUGAAUUUUUUCAAUUUUUUAUAUAUUUUAGAUAUAAGUCCUUUGUGUGAAGGACAGUUGGUGAAGAGUUUUUUCUACUCUUUGGGUUUUCUUUUUACUCUGUUGAUAAUUUCUUUUGAUGUGCAAAACUUUUUUUUAAAAAUGAGAUACCAGUUAUUAAUUCUUUGAAGUACUUUUUGUGCAGUUUGGUUUUUGAUCAUGAACUCUUUGCCUACCUCUGUGUCUUCAAAAUUUUUAUCUACUUUCUCUUCCAGUAUUUUUAUGUUUCUAUUAUAAUAUUUAGAUCUUUGAUCUAUUUUGACUUUACUUUAGUGUUCAGUAAUAAACAUGGGUCUAGUUUUAGUCUUUGGCAUAUGGAAAGACAGUUUUUCCAGCACCAUUUACUGAAGAGACUUUCUUCCAGGGAACAUGUUCUGCCCUUUGGUCAAAGAUAACGUGACUGAGUGUGUUUAUGGUUGUGUCAGCAUCUUCUCAUCUGUUUCACUGAUUCUCAGGUCUGGUUUUUUUAUUUUUUUUAACAGUACCAUGCUGAUUUUAUCACUGUAGCUUUGUAAUAUAAUUUCAUACCAGGGAUUGUGAUGCCUCCUACCUUGCCUUUGUUGCUCAGGAUUGCCUCUGCUAUUUUAUGUCUCUUCUGGUUCCAAAUGAAUUUUAGGAAAGCUUUCUCUAGAUAGGUAGGUAUGCUAAUGGUAUUUUGAUACCUGUAUCAAUGGGAAAUAUGACCAUUUUCACAAUAUCUCUAUUAUUUCUGCAAGUAGUUUUUUUAUGUUGUGUUGACUAUUGCUUUUUUAUUGACACCAAUUAUUCUUAUUUUUCUUUGAGUCAUCUUGCUGCUGUUGAAUUGUUAUUUCCUGAUGUUUUGUUAUUUUCAGAAGAUCUUUCCUUUCAUGAUCACUAGUUGUGAUCCAGUCUUCAAGGUCUGAAAGUCUGUCUUCAGUUUUGUUCAACCUGUUUUGUCAGUUUUCAAUGGAAUUUUUAAUUUCCUGGAUAUAUGUUUGAAUCCAUCUCAUGAAUUCUAUUUCUUUCCUAAGUUGGUCACUUGCUGUUUCCAUCCUCUUCCUAUCACCUAUUUUUUCAUGUAUCUCUACUCUAGAUUUGCUGAACAGUUCAUUUAUAAAUGUUGACAUUUCUUUUUUUUACCUGAGAGAUUAUUUCUUAUCUGAUUUCCUCUAUAGCCUCAAAAAUUUUUUCUUUAGUUGUUUCAUUUCAGAAAUUUGUAUUUCUGAAAAUAGGGUGUGUAUUCCUAUUUAUUUUAUGUCAAUGUCUCCUGGUCUUGUUCAGGUUGGAGGCCUGAGAUAACAUUUUGCUUUUUUAUCUUGUCAUUUUCUAUUUCAAAACAUUUUUCAUUUCAUUUUCUGUGAUGAUCCUUAUGGGUUUUGGUGGUAAAUAGCCCUAUCACUAGUGUAAGACCUCUCUAGGAAAAGUCUGUUCUUAAGAUAUGUCUUCUGUUUAGGAAAUUCCUUGUUUGUGUCUCUUAUAAGAUCUUCCAAUUCAGUAAGAGUGAGAUAUUGGUAUCUGUUUGGCUCAGUCUCAGGUCCUUUGGUAUUGGACUGUGAUGAAGUUAUUACCCCAGAGUUUCCCAGGAUUGUCACUGAAAGGAGAACAACUGAUUACAACAGAUAUGACAUCCUAGCUAACGUAGUAAAAUUAGCUGUAACAAUAUCAUCAAGCACAAUUUAGAAACUGAAAAACUGUGGUUAACUCUUGAUUUUGUACUUUAGACCGUAGGAGCAGAGUCUACAGUUAUAUAACAGAACCCAUCAUAAAGUAGGUGUUUGUAUGCAAAGUGUUUUCCCUUGUUACAGUGGUUUUACCCUGUGAUGAGAAAAUUUAGAAGGAUACUGUAGAAAACAAAGAGAACAACAAGGAGGUAGAAGCAAGGCUGGCAAACAAGGAAUGAUCACUUAAGGUUUGAGCAACUAGAGAAGAGGGUAGAAAGAAAGAAUGAAGUAUUCAAGGGAUUAUCUCAACUUGUCUCUGGGUUUAGAGGGAUGGGAUUAAUUUUCUGUGUUUGCAGUUCUCCCCAGCCAUUUAGAAAAGAAGGGGAAAAAAGAGAGAAACAAAGAAACAAAAUACAGGAAAAAAAAAAAAAGAUUUGAGAGAAAAGGCAGGAUUACCGAAUUCUGGAUUCUUCCGGAGCCAGUUGCUGGUCCUGCAUGGGGUCUCAGUCACCUGUUGGCUCUGUUGUCAUUGUUACGGCGGACUCUUCUGACCACUAGUCUCACCUCUCCACCUGUGUGCCUUAGUUGGGGUCUGCUGUGUCACUGGUGUUCCUUCUGGUCUCUAAGCCUUCCAAAGCAGUCCACCUCAGUGGUGGGGGGCCACCCUCUUCUGGCAUGGCUCACCUGGUUUCCUGCAGUGGCUGAGAGAACUAACAUAAUAAAUCUUGCAGGACCUUUGGCAGCUGACACUUACAUUUGGCAUUUGAUGAUAAAUCAUAUUUCUAUUUGUCCUCAGCGACAGAAUGUCAGUGGCUCUUAGGUACUCAAUACAUGUGUUGUAUCAUUAUCAUCAACAGGGAAAUGGACUGCCUGAGUUAAUAUGUUAUAUGUCAAGCAAGCUGACAAGACCAGCAGGACUCCUGCCUUGCUUCCCACUUAAAAAACUAAAUGUUGCCUUCAGCUUUCUUCUGGGAAACUGCCUUGCAGUGACAUGUUUGUGGAGGAGUCUUUGAGCAUCAAGAACUUUGGCACGGUGUCUUCUGUAGAUAACAAGGGGAAUCUUUCCAAGUUUUGCCCAGAGUAAUUUUUAUUUCCCCUAUGUACUCUGGCUCCACUGAUUUUUAUUCUGCAGUUUUACCUGCUGUCCUUGACACCACAUGUCCUCCGAUCUGAGCACUGGUUCAGAGAUGAGUGUGCUGAAGUAUUAACACCUAGGUCUGACACACAGCUGCAACAGUUGCUUUUUAGCUCUACAGUCAUGGAGGUAUAAUCCUGGGGUGCUUUAGCUUUACAAAUGAUUUGUGACCUACAGCUUUAGAUAAGCAGAUGGCAUUAUUGUUAGAAGUCAUUAUGAGUAGCAUUUGAUGAGCAUUCUUACUAGCCAAAAUAACAGAUAUUAUCAGGUAAAAUCACUGUUGCAUACUAUAUAAUUUAUGACAUGGAAACUCAUGAUUUAUACGUGUAGAAAAAAAAUAUCUUCCAUUAAUAGUCAUUUCUGCAUCCAAAUUUAAGGAGUCUUAGUAAUGUUGUCUGUUACUGACCCUGGAUGCUACCGGUCAGUUUUGUUAUAUAAGUAAAUGAGUUGCUUUUACCUUCAGCUGACAGAAAGCUCGAGUCAAAUUGGUUAAGAAAAUGAAGUUUUUUUAUAUAUCAAGAACUCAAAGGGCCCCAGAAUUGGUAGAUUCAGGAACUCAACAAUGUUCAUCAAGGACUGAGAUUCUUGGCUGUGUUCUCAGAUCAGCAUGAGCUCUAAGAACCAUGUAUAUAUAUUAUAUAGGACAAUGUGCCAAGGAAGAAGAGAGAUUACACAUUUUUCUUUCUAUGGUUCCGGGAACCUUGCAUCAAAUUUUCCCUCACUGGCCAAAACUGGGUCACUUUCAGGAGAGAUGGAACUGCUAUGAUUUAUUUAGACUGGGAGGCACCUGAAGGGAUAUAGUGAUAAUUAAAUGACACAAUCAGUGCUAAAUCCUUUGGUACUUAAAAAAAGCUUGAUAAAUUUUAUGUAUAAUUAAAUGAUGAAACAUCCGUGUUGUUAAAAUUGUUAAAAAUAUCCCAAGUUGAGAGUAGUUAAGAGCUUCUUGACUCUUGUGGAAAUGAGUUUUGUGAUGAGAAGAGAGUAAGUAUCAACUGUAAUUUUCUCAACAGUGCUACUUGUGUAGACCAAGACCUGAUGCUUAUGGGAAUACAGGGGAGGACUCUUACCAUAGGAAGGGACUGGAACAAGUUACUAGCACAAAACCCCAGGGGAAAAAAAAAAAAAAAACAAAGCAUAAGUGUUUGAUAGGAACCCAGGUAUAUGAUAUAAAGUGGGACAAAGCAGAAAAAAAAUGACUUGAUUGUAGAUCUCAGAGCACUCACACGGAAGUUUUUAGAUUCAUCUUUUCUCAGGCUAAGACUGAUCCUGGAAAUCUGUUAGGGAACGAAGCUAGUGUUGAUGAAAUCUAUCACAUAUGUGAAUAUGAGAAAACGCACAAGGUUAGCAAUUAAGCAAACCCUGACAUCUGUCUUCUUAUAGAAAAGCCACAGAUGCUCACCAUUUGCGGGUAAUUAACAGCCUCAGAGCAACUGUGUGAUUGAUUAUUCCAAAAAAAUUUUAAGUUACUAAGUUAACACUCGCAUACCUUGUUUUCUAGAUACAGGUUGUCCUUCUGCAUCAGAAUCCUUGUCUGUCUCUGAGAUCUCGCAUCUUUCUGGAAUUCUUAAAUUCACUUCUGAAUUUGUCCCAUCUUUCCUCUUGCUUCUGAUUGAAUUUGGCUAAACACCAAAACACUUUACUCAUGAAUAACCAUCUAGGGUGUUUUCAGUAAACAUUAUGGGUAGGAAAUAGGAUUACACAUUCAUGAAUGCCAGAAAAUGUUUUGAGACUCAACUCUCAGAAAUCCAGAUCUGAAUAUGACCUCAUUUUAAAAUCUGUUCCCUCCUCUUAUAACUAUGGAAAAAAGUGCUAAAUAUCCUGAUAAAUUUUUAGUACUUGUCACUAUAAGUAAAUCAGUACGUUUAGAAAUCCAAGAAGUCAAUGGGGAAAAUGCAAUGGAUAUUUAACAGUCUGUAGGAAAUGUUUUCAGAGACCUUAUUCAUGUAGCAAAUAUCCUUAUAGCUGGGUGUGGUGGCUCAUGCCUGUCAUCCCAGCACUCGAGAGGCUGAGGCAGGAGGAUCAUUGUGAGUUUGAGACCAGCCUGGGCUACAAAGUGAGCUCAAGGCCUGCCCAAAUUGCAUAGAGAGUCCCUGUCUCAAAAAGACAAAAACAAAACAAAAAAAAUUUUUAUAAAAAUGCAAUGAGGGAAAAUGAACCAAAUGUUUAUAAAAUUCUCCUACACAUUGACCAUUCUAUAAAGCUCUGAGAAUAAUCACAAGAUUAAUGACAUCUACUUGAUUCUAUCUGAUAACUUGAAAUUUUCAAUGAUUAAGUAAUGUCCAGUAUUAUUGACCAUUUUUCUAAUUCAAGAAACCCUUCAUUAGUUUAUCGGAGACUAAGGUGAGAUGUUCACAAUCUGAGGAUCUCCCAGGAAAUUCAUUUGUUUCUUAGGAAUUCUGGAUGAUAUUCAGGCAGGACUAGAUACCUACAUACUAUUAACAUUUUGAUUUCUUAACUUAAAUGUCACUUCAUCCUCAGAUAAGUAUACUUAUUUCUCAAGCAGGUGGUAUCCCACACACAGUAGUGUUCCUUCAUUGUUCUUACGAUUUCUACCUACAUGACUUGUGUGCAUAUUUAAUUUCUGUCUCCACAUAAGCAUUAUCUGGCAGAAGUCAUACCUGUUUUUGUGACCACUACCUAGCAUGAUAUCUACCUCUCAACAAAUAUUCAGAAUUUACUGAAUGAGUAAAACUGAAGUGAGACUGGGGUGACCCAAGAUAUAUUUUUGCUUAUUAUUACUACUUACAUGUAUAAUUUUAUCAUUUUAAUUUCUAUGAAAAUAUAUGAGAUUUAUAACCUAAACAUCAUUGCACCAUGUUUUCUGCAUUUUAAAAUUUAUCUGUGCAGGGGCUGGGGAUUUAGCUCAGCGGCAUAAGUGCCUGCCUUGCAAGCAGGCAGUCGUGAGUUCGAUCCCCAGUACCGAUAAAAAGGAAAAAGAAAAAAGAAAAAAAAAUUUAGCUGUACAACAUUUCAUUAAGGAAUGAAUUCAGGAAUUUAGUGUGUCUAAGACCCAGCAAAUUUAAGACUAAUUUAAAGUAGUUUUCUUCCUCUAAACAACAUUGUGAAGUCCAACUUAUUCUGAAAGAGAAGAGAUCUCUUAAAAAACUAAAAAAAAAAAAAAUAACAAAACAUAGUUUUCUUGGGAAUUUCAUAGGAACAUUUUAUGAAAUGGUGCACAAGAUUCUGAACAAACAAUUUAGAAAUAAACAUUCCAUUUAACUUUCUCCCUUCUGACCAAAGACCUUUACAAGUACAUGCUUAAAUAAAAUCUGUUUAAAUUUUGAAAUUUCCUGUAUUCUCUAUUGCUGUGUAAUAAAUGACCUAAACAUAGCAAUUUAAAAGAUGUCUGUUUAUUUUAUGCAUUUGUAGGUCAUCUGGCUAUGGUGCAUCUGGCUUCUUUCUUUAGGGUAAUACAAGGCCACAGUUAAGAUAUCAGCUGGUCUGUGUUCUCAUCUGGAGCUUUGGUUCUCUUUCAAGCCCAUUCAUGUUGUCAGCAGAAUUCUGUUUCUUCUGGUUGUAAGACUAGUAACUUUUUUAUCCCCUAGCUAUCAGACAGAAAUUGUUCUCAAUUCAUAAAGGCCGUCUGGAGACCUCCUUCAUUGGCAGUUCACACCAUGACUAAAUGUGUUUUUCAGAAAAAGCAUAAUAAUUGUUUAAUUUUCUCUCUCACUCUCUCUCACCUUCAUAACCUUUUUAAGAGCCCCCCUCAUUAAGUCAGGGCCGCAUGGUCUAAUCUCUUUUGACUAAUUUAAGUCAACUGAUUAGUUGCCUUAAUUACAUCUGCAAAACACAGUAUCUGUACUUGAACUGUGUAAAGUAACCUUUUAAAAGGAGUGACAAUCCCAUAAAAUUCACAAGUCCUUUCCACACUCAAAGGGACAAGUUUAUACAAAAAAUAGAUAUCUAUAUCUAUAUAUCUAUAGAUACUUACCUUGGGCACCAUCUUAGAAUUUUACAUUCUACCUACUAUACCUUACAGUGUAGUUAAAUACCCUUCUCAACUUUCUAAACUUGUUGGAAUAAUGUGGAGUAUAUAUAGUGUCUUGUUUUGGAGGGUAUCUACAUGUCCAUUUGCUUUUGUAAUUAUGCUGUAUUUAAAAUACAUUGUUGACUAAAGAUUUUUCCAUAAAUAACUCAUUCUCAAAAUCUGAUAGCUAAAGUAAUCACUUCCAAAAUUCAUUUGCUCUAUUUUGGUUAUGCUUGGAAAAACAGAAUUCAAUAUUGCCAGAAACCAAGCCCAAGUAUUGCAAUUUAUAAACUCUUCCCAUCCAUUCCUCCAAAAAAGCCUAGUCCUUCUUUUUGUUCAAAUAAAUAAAUAAAUAAUGAACAUAAUCUGAUUUUGAGAGUAUUGUAGCUCCCAUGACCAUUCUAACAUUUCAUUCCAUUUGACUGCAUAGCACAUGCCUAAAUUGUUUCUGUUAGUAACAAUAUUGUCUGGAAAAGAAUAACACCAGUUUCAAAGUACAGCCCUCAAAAUUUCAAUCUCAGCCCUGUUGCUUUCUUACUGUGAGACUUUGGGCAAGUUACAUUCUGCCUCAUCAGUAAAAUAGAACAGUUUUUGUUUAUGUCUACCACACUAGGUUGAGAGCAUCAUAUAAAUGACUGGCCUAUAGAAAUAUAUAUAUAUAUAUAUUUUUCUUCCUAAAAAGGUUUUUCCUAAACUCAAAAUAUAAAAAAAGGAUUCCAGAUGUUUUUAUCUAGAGUUAAGACUGACUUGUUUAGUACACUAAACCUCUCAUUGAGCCUCCUUUCAUUUGUAAUUUUGGUUAGUUUAGUAAUUUAAUCAGCACAUGUGGAAAAGUUAAGAAAUGAAGCACUGAACAAACUCAGGCCUCCCACAAUGGAAGAGCCGUGGUUAAUAUGCAGACCUUCCUCAGUAACAUUCCUGGUGUGGUUUGAACAUUCUAUUCAUAUUACCUAGUGUUCUUAUUCACUGUGUAAUUUCACAUCCUAAGCUCCUAAUAUAUAGAAAUUUCAUUUUUAUCUCUGACAUGAAGAGAUUACAGAAUCAAAAUCCCUUUUGGCACAGGAUCUUAUAAUAUGCCGUGGAUGUAAAUAUAUGGAAUUAGAAAGCAAAACGCAGGCGCACCAGUUCUGAUGUGGCUGAGCUCUUAGAUGAGGUCUCAGGGGAAUCGUACUCACACAGCAAUGUGAACUUGGAGAAGGGCUCUGGAGGCUUGAUCUAGCAAGUCAACAAAACUCCUUGAGCCUCAGUUUACUUGUAUACAAAAUAGGCACCCUGAUACUUACCUUUCCUGCCUUUUAGACUUACUGUGGACAUUACAACAGAUACUCCAUUUCAUUAUCACUAUAUAUUUACAAGUUGUAUCUGCCCUGACUAAAUUGUUAACUUCUUGGGGCAAAGGCUGUGGAUUAUUUUUUUUGUUUUGUCUUGUUUUUUAAUCUUUAUAACCUGGUAAGAGUAAGUUGACAUCCACUAAAUGUUUGUUGAAUUGAACACAGGAAAAAGCACAAUAUGCUAAGCAUUGAUAUAAAUUAGCCAAAUAUUCCAGUCCAGGUUGCACCAGAUGUACUGAUUAUCAAAGAAGAUGAAAGUGCCAUAAAGAAAAAAAAAAUGUGGCUUUUUGAAUGUGACCAGGGAGGACAUAGUGUGGUUUUGAUGCAUCAGCAAGUUCCAAGCCAGCUGUGCCUUGACGUACUAGAGACAUUACAUCAGCUCCUCGGGUAGCUUCCUCAGCGUUGUCCGCAUGUCUGUUACACUGAACAUCAAAAUGCAUUACAAAAUCAGCAGCAAACAGAGAAAAACCAUGUCACCACCAACUAACCCGUCUUGCCUCUAUUUGACCAUUUUAAUGGGAUGACAGUAUAAUUUUAAAAGCUUUUAUAUGGUGAGUUAUAAAGGGACUUGGAAAAUGUAAGUGGCCAUUGUAAAUGAUCUGUCUGUUAGCUUUCCAUUACAGUAAUAAAGACCUGAGAUAAUCUACUUACAACCAGAAAAGGUUUCUUUUACCCAUGGUUCCAGAGGCGCCAGCACGUGAUCGUUUGUUCCUGUUGUGUGGAGCUUAUAUUCAAGCAAGCAGGACACAAUGACCAAAGCAUGAGGUGGAGCAGGAUUCUCACCCCAUGAGAUGUGAAGAAGAGAAAGGGGCUAAGGGCUUAAUAUCCCCUUCAAGAAUAGGCCUCACUGCCACUAGGCCCCCACUUAAAGGUCACAGUAGCUCAGGCCUUUAACACAUAGGCCUUGGGGACAUGCCAGAUCCAAACUACAAGAGGUGAUAAUGGUGGUGAUGGAAGAGUUUCCAGGACAUGGCAAAACCAUGAAUGACUAAGGCACAUGUCGGACACAAAUGAGCCAACUCCAAGGGCUCAUUGGUAGCUGUAAUAUCUGCAUUCCAUUGAGCAGAAACAGCCCAAGGAAGGAGACACGGGAAUAUAGCUCAAUGGCACAGCACUUGCCUGGCAAGCAUGAGGUCCUGAGUUUGACUCCUGGUACCAAAAAAAUUUAAAAAGCUGUUAGUUAAGCAAGAGGGCUUGGACACAGCUCAGAACUGUUCACCGGGCCUCAUGAUUACACAACACCUUGGGUGAUGAUGUGAAAAUUAAGAAUGGCUGUUUUGAAAAUAUACAGCAAGGACUGAGGAUUUAGCUUAGUGGUAUAAGCGCCUGCCUGGCAAGCGCUAGGUCAUGUAUUCCAUCCCCGGUACCAAAAGAAAAGAAAAUACACAAACAAAGUCAACUGGGAAAUAUUGCCUCUAGAUAAAAAUAUUAACUUAAUUACAGUACUAUAGCAAGAUUUUAUUAACAUAGCUUCUUAUUGAAACUAUAAGCUUUUUAUAUUUGAUUUGUUUUGCUUUAAAUUAAGGAGGGAUUUAGGGUUUUUGUUUUGUUUUUAACUCAGAAGGAGAUUUUGCAAGAAAUAAAAGGAGAGUUUGGUUUAAAAGAUGUUUUAUUUGGUGCUGAAAGUGGUAUGUUUUAAUCUUUGCUUUCUUUUUUGAGUGUAGCCACAAUCCAAACCAAUAGCUGAGCUGUUUUAGGGCAAAAUAAUAUUCAUGGCAUCAAGUACCGAUUUUGAGAACAGUGUGACAGGUAUUGGGCUAGAUGCUUCACACAUACUAUCCUAUUUGUUACUGACACAGUGCCUCUUGGAAAACAGAGGUUAACUCUUUCCCGUUCACAUCACUUGUGUGUGACAGUAUUCAAAUCCCUGGUACUUUUCACUCACCGUGGCCCAAGAGGAACAAAGUGAGAAGAGAGAAUGAGUGAAUUUGAUAAGAUAGAUAAGGAAGCAGAAAUGAGAACUGUAAAAGGAGGGAGGAUGAGAGGAGGCUGGGAAAUAAGGAAGGAGGUGGGAGUGAGAAAGAGGAGGAAUUCUUGUACUGACUGUGACGUUUAGAGUGGGACGUCCUCAUGACCUACUCGUCCUGCAUUGUCUUGGACCAUCUGAGUCCUGUGGGACGUCCUCCAGGUAGGCCCACUUCCACCUCAUGGAAUACCUGCAUGGGACAAGCUCAGAGUGGGGAUCACAUAAGAAACAAACCUCAUCCUGCUUCCAGGAGCUGGAAGGAAAUCAAAAUUGAGUGGUUUAUAUUUAAAUGUGUCCUCCAUUUAGUGUUCUAAGUUUACACUGGAUUUGCAGAAAAGGCUGCAAUCUUAGUUUACUAGAAAGCAGAUGGAAUCUGCCAUAGGGUGGUAAAACAAACGAAAUGUAUCCCAAAUGUAAGAAAAAAACAACAACUUCUUACUUGUGGGUCACUUUCUUAGCACCACUAUCUGUUACUGCAUGCAACCAAGCUGGUGUUUCAUCAAAAUAAUAAAAGUUGUACCUAAUAUUUAUAGAUCAUUUACAUUUUUGUGUGGUAAGAGUUUUACAUCUAUUUAAUGAGAAGGAGGAGCCUAACAAGUUGGUACUAUUAUCAAUAAAUAACCACUUUAAAGAUGAGCAGACUGAAGCUUAGAAUUUUAAACAUCUGAAAGUCACUUGGCUGGCAGAACUGGGAUUUGAACUCCAGGCCCUUAAUACCAUGCUCUAGCUUUCCCUAAGCAGGGGACUCUGAAUGUGGAACUCCAAAACCGCUACAUGUUUUAACCAUUAAUACUCCAGAAAGAAAGAAAUGAAGAGAAGAGGAGAAGGAGGGAAGGGAGGACACUGUAAUUACUCGGAGACCAUAACCACCUUGAAGAGCAAGAGGCUGAAUGAAUGGAAGCCGCAGAGGUGGUCUAAAGCCACUGUGGCCAAGAAAGGAAUCUAGGAUAAAGAAUAGGAGAGGAGAAAAUGAGACAAAAUAGAUGGGAAUAUAAAGUAUUAAAAAUGAAAUUGAAGUGCAUGAAGCAUGAAAAGAAAAGGAGGAACAUGAAAAGAUUUAGAAUAUGAAGCCUUUAGAAUACGGAAAUUAGAUAAAGGUUUACAUUAAUCAGGGUGGUUUCACUAGUUUAACCUUUUUAUUUUUAAUUUCAUGGGCUAACAUGACCCACUCAGCUCAGCUUUUGGAGCGAAUCCUGUUUGUUCUGAUAUUUCUCUGAGAAACACAGAGUUCCACUCUGCAGGGUUAGUGUCCCUAUGAAAGGUGGGUGUGUUGUUGGUCAUAUUUUUCCUCUUGCAAGUUAAUUAAGUUAACAUUAACUGUGGCUAUAUAACCACAGAAUGGGCAGUUUCUUGAAGGUUCAUGGUUUGGAUUUUGUCCUGCAAAAGUUCCCACUUCUGUAGCUAUAUUUAAUGUUCUCACUGACUGAAUAGCUGGCUUGCUUUGGGCCCAGGCGUCAGGGCAGUCCUGGGCCUGUUUCCGGCCAGCUUGCUGUACUUUGCUGGAAUUUGUUCCCAGGAGAAUGCAGUUCUCAAUGAGCAGCCUGUGGGCUUCAGUCUCUCUUCUUUCUUCUCCAGAAAUCUCCCUGACCUCAGUGCCGCCAGUUUGAUGCCAUAUAGUCCUACACUUCUCAAAACUGUUCAUUUGAUGUUUCAAAAUUUUAAAUACCUUGCCCAUCACUUAACUCCAGAAGUCAUGUGGCACCAUCAGUGUUUGUGGUACACAUCUCUACUGGUGACUUUGUUUAUGUAGAUGUGACUGAACUUUUUUUUAAAAAGUAUUCCCCUUGCACACAAUGUCAGCGCAGCUGUUUUCACUUUUAAGCAGCUACCAACAUUUUAUCCCCUGACACUUUAAUUUAUUUUGAAAGACGUAGAACCUUAAAAUACAUGUAUAGCAUUUCUGAAACUCGUUUAUAGUAGCCUUCCUAUUUCUGUUCAUUCUUAAGAGUUGAAUAAAAAUCCUGAGCGAGGCAUUACAUAGUUUCAGAUAAACUUUUCAGCCCAAAAUUCAUGCAUGUAGACUUCCCAGUCAUCUUCAAAAUGUUAAGUUAUAGUAGAAGCAGUCACAUUAGCAAUAGAAACAAAAGAUAGCAUAGCACUUCUGCUCUCUCUGUAAGCUCAAUGAAUUUUCUAUCAACAGAGAAAAUGGGUGCCAAAGGCACAGUUGUGUGUUUCCCCAGGUUCACAGUAACCCAGUGAGUCACAGUAAAUGUUGUUUUGCCCACUUUGUAUGCUAUAGCAACAAUUCCACUUCCUAUUGCAUAGGAAAACCUAUGCUGCUGUUAAAAGAAGUCUGGGUAUUCUUACUACAACGUUAAGACAGUUUGUCCAUGGAAAUACUUUUUAUUGUUCUGAGUCAGUCCACUUUGUGGAAUUUUAAUAUGAGUUCCAAGACAAGGAUGAGAUGAUGUAUUUAUUUUACUUUGUGUCCUUUUUAAUGUUUUGAAUGCAUGACUGUUGACCUUGUUGUCAAAGCUUUUCCAUGUUUUUAUUACUUUAGAAGUGACUGCUGUAUCGAUGUCUCUUCAUUGACAGUUCACCCUGUCCUCAGCAUGCUAUAUUUUGGCAAGAUUAUCUGCUUUGCCUAGUGUGAUGUGAUCUCUUGUUUUUCUCACAGACCUAUUGUGUCUUCUCAGUGUAUGUCUUUGUCACAUUAAAAGUUUUAACAGACCUUCUAAAAUACUUGACCUGCUGGAAGAGCUUGAAUUCAAUCAUAAGCUUCAAAGAAUAUAUAUGUAUAUAUAUAUCCCACUAAGAGCACCCCUAACUCAGCCAGAGGAUCUCUGCUUUAGACACACACCUUGGAAUGAAAAGAGACCCUGGACUUCAUUUUCCAAUAUUCUUUUGUUUGAUUUCAGUUGUAUUGUUAAUUAUCUCUAUGGAAAUACAUUUUAAAAGACAAUGAUAUUAACUCCUUAAACUUAAAUAACAAUUUACAUUUACAGGGAAGCCUUGGAUGUUGUGGCAUUUUUUUACAAAAUAUUUGAAUUGAAAAUAAUGACAAUAGCUGUGCUUCAGGAGGCUGAAGCAAGGGGAUUGCUGCAAGUUCAAUAUCAGCCUGGGCUACGUAGUGAGUUCAAGGCCAGCCUGAACUGCAUAGAAAAAGAGAGCGAGAGAAAGACAGAGAGGCAGAAAGAAAAUAAUGACUAGACUAUGGGUUGAAAUGUUAAGUUACUACAUAUUGAUAUUCCUUCCAUUGUUUGUCUCUGUGUGUAAUUCUGACUGACUACCUUGACUUAGGUUUAAAGUUAAAUACUUUCUGGCAAGGACAGGAGGACUGCGUGACAUGCCUGUCACCUUCUGUGAUUUAUGCAUCCUAACUAGUUAGCCUCCAUAUACAAAAUGGUCUGUAAUAUUGACUCAGCCUUAGACUAGAAGUGAACAAAAUGGGCAUUGUCUCUCAGAUCGUUUGUUCUCUUAUGAAUGAUUAUAGCUUAUCCUGCCUCUAUCACAGGGAUGUGUGCCAAAAGCAUGUGUGCUAUGUGUGUGCGCAUAUAUUCACAUAAGAGUGUGAUUUAGUGUUCAGGUGGUUUAGACAGUUUUCUUAUUGGAAAAUUGUAGACUAUUAAUAUGAAUCAUUUUAUUUUUAACAGGUUGACAUGAUGAAAGAAGCAUUAGAAAAACUCCAGCUCAAUAUAGUAGAAAUGAAAGAUGAAAA